AGCUUCUUCCACUUUUCUUCACGCAAAAGUUCGGCUUUCACUCUCUUGGUCAUCAGGUGUGUGUGCGUCAUACCAUCUAUUAACUCAACAGCUCAUCCCAACACAACUUCCUGAUUUCCAUCGCUACCCAAAGCCCAUUUGUUCUGGGAGGUAAGAGUCAAAUUUCAAAGCAGAGGCAUUCUUCCAGAGCACGUUGGUCCAAGGAAAGAAGGGUCCUUAGGGUGAAUGUAGGAUUUGGGGCAGAGGCGGCAGCCCAGUGAUGAUGUCUUGAAAAGGUAUCCAUAAAAAUCUAGGUUAGAUAGCUUUUGAAGGAAUAAGAGGAUGAAAGUCUUCCCCUCUGCUUCUUUGUGGGUAUGUCCCUCUAUUUUUACUUUGGGGGGCUAAAUGGAAUAUGCAAAUUCAUACUGUGCCCAUCUGUCCUAAUCUCUUGGCCAUUGCAGCUAAAAUAGCUAAAACGUUAUGUAUUUUUGGCUUUUGUACUGUAAAUAUAUGCCCUUGAUCCUCAGGCAAAGGGUGGUAUAUAACUUUAAUAAACAAAAUAAACCUCCAGAACCAGAGGCGGUGUAGCUUUGAGCUUCAGGUACCAGGUGUAAACAACAGGGAGAUGCCAUAGGUGAGCUUCUUGGAGGCCUGGGGCUGGCCGAAAUUGUGCUGAACAAAAUGCCAGACUAGGAAUUCUUUUGGCCCCAUCUAGCUGGACUUCUUACAUUCUUAACUUGCUGCUCACCCUGGAAGGGAGAGAGUCAUGGCUUGGGAAGCAAACUGAUUGGCUCGGCUCGUAUUUCCCCCUUGGCUCCAUUAUCUUCCACUGUCACAGCCCAAGGGAUGAUCUCUUUCUCUUAGACUCAGGGCUCCCAGGCAAAGCAGCAUGAGCGGGAGCCCUUGGUGAGCCAGAAGACAGCGGAAGGGAGGGUGAAGAGGAGAAAUCACUCCCCAAACUAAAACAGUGCCUUUUAGGGUGGCCAUUUGAACGUCAAACCCCCCAGUCCUAAGGACACAGAAUUGCAUAAAAACCACACAAGAAAACUUAUAUGUAUAGGUAGCAGUCUGGAAAACAUUUGCUAUUAUUUAAAUGGAAACGCAGUCCAUCUCACGCUAUUGUGGAAGACUUUGACCAGGUGGCCUGUUUUUCUGCCUGCUCACUCUCCAGGAGCUAUUGAUGAGUAGCAUCAGGGCCCCUGCUCUCCUUUCUUGUAGGAACAUAGGAAACCGACUAUUACUGAGUCAGACCAUGGGUCCAUCUAGCCCAAUAUUGUCCACCCUGACUGGCAGUGGCUCUCCAGGGUUCCAGGCAGUGGUUCUUCAGAGUUUCUAUAUUUCCGAACUGAAGAUACCAGGAACUCAAUCUGAGACCUUCUGCCUGCAAAGCAGAUGUUGUACCACUGAGAUGUGGCCCAUCCCAAAAAGACCAUGUGGUUGGAUGGACGCCUGUCACGGAUGCUUUAGCUGAGAUUCCUGCAUUGCGGGGGGUUGGACUAGAUGCCCCUCAGGCUCCCUUCCUACGAUUCUGUUUAGCUCUUCAGCUAGAGGACUCCUUCAAAUAAAGGACUGUAAAACAGGACACAUGGCCACCCUAAUCUCUGUGUCUGUCUGUCUCCUCCCCCAGAGUCCAUAAUGGAAGUGAGCAACAGAAGCAUGUUAAAGGAGGGAGGACUGAAGACCAAAGCAGAAGAGGGAAACGUCACCUUAGGCAACCUGCUCCCUUCCCCAGCCAUCCUUGGUUUUUGUGCAUCCAGGUUAGUCUUCCCCAGUCUAGUGCCCUCCCAUGUCUGGAACCAAAACUCCUCUCAGUCCAAGCUGCUUUGGGCUGAUAGGAGUUGUAGUUUGAAUGCAUUUGGAGGGCACCAGGUUGGCUAAGGCUGAUACAGAUUUCCAAAAGGGAAUCCUGUUCAGGAGCAGUGUCAUCACCUGGUUGGAAGAAGGCAGGUAGGCAGGAGCUGGCUGAGGGCAGAUUAGGGUUGAGGGGCGGUGCUCCAUUCACCAUAAUGGGCCAGCCUCCCCUGCAUUCUCUGUCCAGGCAAGCAAGAGGCAUCAUCAGAUUACCAGGGAAACAGCCUGGGGGGGGGGAGCAGGGUGGCCUAGGGAGACUUCUGAGGGCUAGAUGGAGAGGCAUGGAGGGCCCCAUUCAGAGCCUAGGCCUGAGGCUCUCUAUUGCAGCCUUCAUCUUCUGUGUCAGACCCCAGAUCUCCUUCAUCUCCCUACUUUGAUCUAAACUUUUUUUAAAAAAUAAAAACCCCACAUCACUUAUAGGGCAGCUUCACUUGUUGCAAAACAUAGAGCAAUGAGACUAGCCAAGGAAGUAUGCUAGAUGCUAGCUAGAUAAGGCUUGUUUUAGUUUUCACAUGCACAAACUGAAGGAGCCGACUGAGAGUGAGGCCAAGGGCCCAAUCCACGGUUAGCACACAGAGUCCUGGAAUUUCUGUUAUCCCCUCAUGCGACCCUCCAGAUGAUGGUGGACUCCCAACUUGCAUCAGUUACAGUCAAUGAUCGGGGUUGAUGAAAGUUGUGUGCAGAAAAAUCUGAAGGGCCACAGGUUUUCCAACCUUGCUCUAUGGUGAAACAUAAGGCUAGCUGGAGCUGAUUGGAGUUGUAGUCCAAACCAUCUGGAAGUUGAUAGUUUAACUGGCGUAAUUAGUUUGAGUGUUGAGUAGCAAUGGGCGAAUCUGUCAAUUUCGGUUUCUCAGUUUUUUAUUUUUCCAAGCUUAGGUUCAGUUCUUCACAAUUUGUUUCCAUUUAACUCAAAAAAGUCAUGAAAAUUCACCAGACUUUGUGCACCAAUUACUCCAAAUAUACAUGUUUUUCUAAAGCAAUUUUUCCUAAUGCAAUGCAUUUUUGUAUGUCAUUCUCACUAAUUUAUACCUUUUUAUGCACACUACCCCAUGUACAUACUUUUAUGUACAUUAUUUGGCUAAAGAGCUGCGUUGCAAAAUUCGGAAAAGCACCGGUUUCGAAGGUUGGCUGAGUUUCAGUGGUGUAUUGCUUUGGAUAGUGCCCAUUAGAUGGGCUCACAAGCUGAAUUGCAUUUCUCCCUGAUCUAUAGUGUUGAAAUGUGUAUGUGAAAGACAUGGUGCUUUCAUGAGUGGAUCUGCAGAAAAGUGUUCACACAGAAAAGUGCAUCAGAAAAGGGAGAGGAGGAUUCAAGGACUUUGUACUUCUUUCUUUGCCUUUUUGAAUGUGACUGUUGGUUGGGCUCCUACAGAUGCCAUGGCUUUUUGACUGUAUACCCCAGGGGCUGGCUGUGUCUUGCCAUAUUAACUUGAGAGGUGAGCAGAGAGGGGGAGUCAGGAGAUAGUAAAAAUAACUGUUCCUUCAUGCCAGAGGAGGUGAGAAGCAACAGCGUUUGGCUCUGCUUCUGCCUCUCACUUCAUUCUUUCCAGGAGUGAAACUCCCAAGGGAAAAACAGAAGUGGCCUAUGGGUUGAUAUUCCAGCACUGAUUAUAAACAGCCGGCAUUAAUGGUGUAAUUUAUAUAGGCUGUGUAUACCUGAAUGGUCCAUCUUGUCCAUUUAUAGAGGGAAAACAGGAAGGAACAUAUCUGAUGAUAGAACAGCAUGUUCCAUGCCCUUUGAGUUGUGGUGAGCACCCUCUGGCCUGACAUUGUGACACCAGGUGUGGAGUAGGCAAAGAAGCGGCUAGGCCAAAAAGGGAUUUGCAUUCACCCACCAAAUACUGUGCAAUGCCCAUCCCCCACCCCCGGGUGCUGCUCUUUGCAAGCCUGGCAGUCAGCUGAUCAUUGGGGUUUGCAUAGAGCCAUAUGCAGCUCUUUGAAGCCCCAGCAACCAAUUGAUUGUCAGGGUACCACAGCACAGCACAGUUCUAUGCAAGGGCUGACAAUCAGUUGAUGGCACUUCAAAGUGCCAUGCAUAGUUUCAUUUAUCUGAAAGGCUUUGGGCGCUGAGUGGUUAGAAGGGUUGUGUGUCGGUGACCUACCUAACUGCAGUUGGUUACAAGUCUGUGCCCAUUACAGACUUGUCGCCCAUUACUAUCCUGUCAAUGUAUCAUGUUGCACACUCACAAUCAGGAUAAUUUAACUUUUUUUAUGAUUCUUUUAACAAAUUAAGAUAUGCAUAUACCACUUUUCAGGUGAACCUCACAAAGGAAUUUGCACAGAUAUGUUCGAAAAAUAAGCAUCAAUUAAAACUGUAUACAGGUAACAAGUCCUUUUGAAAUCCAGCUCUCUCCUCCCUUUGGACAAGAUGAUCCUUAGGUAGCCCUGUGGUGAAAGUUGAUGGAGGGCAAGGCCGCUUCAUUUGGAUCACCAGCUACUAGAUGGUGGACCAUCAACAGACUGAAGAGGUGGCAGAUGGAUCCCCAUUUCAUAGGACCAUGCCUCCAGUGGCCAUAAGAAAACGAAGGACAGAAAUGUCACACACAAAUGGUAUAUAUGGCACUGCUAGGAAUGUUGACUGUUACACAUAUAGAUGUGGUGGUUAAAAUGAGAAAGGGAAAGAAAGAGGAAGGGAGGAGGGGACGGGAGGUUGGUUUUUCCUGUUUUGGCUGUAAUACGUGAAGGAUGUGUGCAUCCUCCAGUAGCAAGACCCAUGAACAAGAGUGAGAUCUACAGAUCCCACUUCAGGAAAGAAGAGGUAUGAGUCUCUUGCAUGCCUUUUCCCACUCCGACAUGAAGGAUGAACCAGCUUAGCUUGUGAAUAUUGAAGUGGGGGAGGCAGUUUUUGAAAAUUAAUGUUAUGUAGGAAAGUGUGGCCGAUCUAAAGGGAAGUUUAGCCAGCAUGUGUUGACAGCAGUGCCAUCAGAGCAGAUUUAGGGGCAAAAGUACAGGGCCUUGCUCCUCAGAAUGAGGAAGGGCCAAAGCAUCUGCGUUUGUGGUAGAGCAUCUAUGUUGUAUGCGGCCAGCAAGAUCCCCACCACCCCAUUCCAUGCAGAGAAGCUGACCAGACCAGUGGUUGAAUCUUACAUCAACAUUGGUAGUGGGUCAGCGUCCUCUACUGCACCUGACGGAAGCAGGCUACCUCAAGGAGAACAGGGGAGAUCACAUGGUACACACACAACUCUGUCCUGCAACAUCUUGCCACCAAUUCCCAUCCCACAGCACCUGCCACUGAGAAGGCUGCCUCCCUCUGCCUAAUAGUAGGGCCAGCCCUGCCAAUCAAUACCAAGUCUGAGAAAUUUUGUUCCAGGUGUCUCAUUAUGAUCACCAUGAAAAGCCAACAUAGCAUGCUCCAGAAGUUGGACCCCAACUUCCAUCACCCCAGGCUACCAGGGAUGAUUGGAAUUGGAGUUCAACAUCUUGAAGGCACCAUGUUGGCUACCCUAUAAUGGGCAUCUUUCUCCUCCACUUUGAAAGUGGGUGCAGUCAGGUCAAGGUGAUCUUUGAACCUGAAAUCCAGAUUGUUGCCUUGAAUGUCCACUCUAACUUCCAUUGGGGUGCCUUAGUUCUCAGGAGAGCUAUUGUACGGUUGCGUUGCAUAUUUCUGCUUGAAAAUGUAGGGGUCAUGCUGGCGUUCACACAUGUUAAUGUGAAUUGUGAGAUGCAAUCCUCAACUUGCACAGCAACCUUUGCUCCAAUACCUCUGUCAUCAAAGGAGAUGCAAUUGUGUUGUGCAUAAGUUCUUUGCUGAACCUUUUGAGUUGAGUUGCAGUCCAUGCAUGCAGAAUAUUUUUUCUCAACAUGCAUGCCAACUCUGAUCUGAUUUUCAGAGAUCUUGCAUUAUAUUGCAUUGCAUUUUCUCCCCUCCCCAGCUGGGUUGAGCUGCCCUUCAAAUCUAAACCAUAGAGUUCUGCUCCGAACAGGGAUCCCAAAUGUCACUGUGAUAUCUGACUCUUCAAGAGAAUCACCAUGUCACAGUCAAUGGAAUGCUGGAUGAAGUCAGUUAGGAACAUAGAAAGCUGCCUAUACUACGUCAGAGCAUUGCUCCUUCUAGUUCAGUAUUGUCUCUACCAGUGUUUCUCAAACUUGGGCCUCCAGCUGUUGUUGGACUACAACUCCCAUCAUCCCCAGCUAGCAAGACCAGGGUGAUGGGAGCCGUAGUCCAACAACAGCUGGGGACCCAAGUUUGAGAAAUACUGGUCUAUACUGACUGGCAGCAGUUCUCUGGGGUUUCAGGCAUGUCUUUCCAAAUCUUACCUGGAGAUGCUGGGGAUUGUACCUGGAACCUCCUGGCUGCAAAGCACAUGCUAUAUCACUGUGCCUCUUCCCCUGAAAACUUAAACACAAGGCACUCACUUUGGUCAAGCAAUUAAUCCUCCAAUGGAAAGGGGAACUUGAAGAACUCUGUGGCUCACAACAGACCUGGGCUAUGGACGAUAGCAUUUAAAAUGAACUCAUUAGCUGUUGUUUCUGUUGUACCCUUCAACUCUCUCUUCCCAUUAAUCUGUGGCAAAGGAAUAUAAUCAAUGCUGUUAGGUAUAUCCCAUCCUGCAUCCCCCUUUUUCUGCUCCCAGCUGUGUUUUUGAUUUACACCCCAUCACAUCUCUGCUCUGUGGCCCCUGUGGUCCAACUUGGCUCUUGUGGCCUCUCCAUCUCUCUUUCUCUCUCUCUUUCUCUCUCCUGCAUUGCUUCUCCACCUAGUCCCAACUCCCCGCUAGCAGAGCCAGCUAUUAAUAGAGCAGUGGAUUUAUCGAAAGAGGCAAGCUGACUGCAGCACUCCCCUUGCAAGAGAGUGCCCUGAGCUAAUGGCAGGCAUCCAUUGGGCAGCAGCUGAAUGCGCAUGGCCACUCAGAGGGCGGUGCAAUGUGGCUGGCAGGUGUAAGAGAACCCAUGCAUGGUGGUAGGCCAAAGGGCAUCUGUUUCAUCAGAACACAGAAUAACCAGGAGCUGGAGAAUGAGAAGCACAGCCAGUAUUUGGAUGGACAGGGCCAUAAUAUUCAUGGGUAGCAGAAGGAUGCAGAGUUAACAUCAAGAAUGACAAGACAUUCAUGAGGAACAUCAAGUUACUAGAUAUUCAUGAGUAGCCCAUACCUUCACAGGUGUCAGACAUUCAUAGCCUGGAGAUCUGUGGAUAACUAACAGCAAGGUUUCUGCCUCCAAUUUUUUAAAUAGUAGCAGCAAUAAAGGGAUUUUAGAAGGGAAGAAAGAGAAAAUGUUGAGUAAAAGGGUCCCUCCAAUUUCCUCAAAUUUACAUACAAAUUGCAGAGGAAAAAUGGGGGUGGUCACCUGAUUUUUUUAAAAAACAACCUUCUCCUUUUUUUCUGCCUUCACCCAUUUUUUCCUAUAUGUCCACCCUUCUAGUUCCACCCCAUUAAUGUUGGGCUAAAUCUCUUGGCCCAACCAAGAUAUCAGAUCGUCCUGGUCAUCCCAUGGCAUCAUGAGGCCCUGCCCCAAGAUCCUCAGUUGUUUGGGGCACCAGAGACCUGAGAACCCUCCUGCCCACUCCUACUGCAUGGAAUGCUAAGCAGUAUCAGACAGAUAAGUGCCCUUUGGGGUUUCUUGGAGUCUAGAGUACAGCAGGGAGGAAUUUCUCCUUGUUCCCUCGGACUGAUGGCCAUCGAAAUGGAAUUUAUACUUGCCUGGCCUCUUCUUUCCUGCCUGCCAAAAUGGCCAAGGAUAGGCUUUCUUAUUCUCUUCCAAGUCUGGGCUCUGACAUUUUGAUACUAUACAGUCCCAAAUAUAUCCACCAAAUUCUACCCGUGGCCAGUGAGAUUCCUGGUUAGAGCCUCACAUAUGCUAAUAUAGAUGUUGCUGGACCACAACUUCCACAAUCCCUGAACCAUUGACCAUGAUGGCUGAGGCCCAUGGAAGCUGGAGUCUAGCAAUACCAGGGGCUAGAGAUUUCCCCAUCUUGUUCUAGGACAACACUGACUCUUUGGGCUGGCUUGACUGCCACCCUUCAAAAUGGGUACGGGGCCAUUUAGUUUAGCAUCCAGUUCCCCACUGUGACCAACCAGGUCGAUCUCUGAAACCUAGAAGCAAGGCUUGAUAUCAGUAACUUUGUCCCCAGCAGCUGAUCUUCAGUGGCCUAGCGUCUCUGAUUCUGAAGGUUCCAUAGAGCUACCAUGAACAGUAACAAUGGAUAGAUGGAUUCUUCGUGAAUUUGUCUAAUCACCCUUUAAAACCAUAUGAGAAAAUGCCUAAUCCUUCAUCUCAUAUCAGUGAAGGAGCUGUGUGUGUCUGAGAGAGAGGUGGGGGAAAUGGGGGGGGGGGAGAGAUAACAGGAGUUGGAAUACAUAGAAGUAGCCAGCAAAGCUCCCUCCAGAUAUUGCCCAACGAAAACUCUCAUCAGUCCCAAGUAGCAUAAGCAAUGGUUAGGGAAGAUGGGAAUUGUAGUACAUCAACAUCUGGAGGGAGCUAGAUUGGCUACUCAUGGACUUGAGCAAGGCGGAAAGCUGAGUUGCCAGGAGAGGGAGCAGUAAAGUGGCUAAGAAGCCAAGCAGAAGUUCUUAAAGUUGCUCAGCUAUGCGCCAAUAUGACCAUCAAGAGUACAGGGACCUCUUGGUAGCACCGGAGGAGGAUUGCAAGCAGCGAGAAAGCCUCCUUUGAGUCAUCAAUGCUCCUGACAGAUUGCUCCCCUCUUGAGGUUGUUUGCAGAUGGCCAAAGUGUUUGACCGUGGACCUGCUGAAUAUGAUUAUGUCCUCUGCGCAAGGAAUUCAGAACCCUUGAAGGGGGGAGAUCGGGCAGCCAGCUAGUUGCUGAAAUGUGGCUACAGCCCCCUGGAGGUUAAAUGGCACCUUAAAAGAAAUGUGUUGGUUUUUUAAAGAUGGAAUUGGAUGUAGCAGUAUUUGCCAACAGCUUUGCUUUAAGACUAGACGAGAAGAUCACUAUUAGGCCUCGGAUUCUCUACACAUCGGCACAUUGAGCUCCUGAUAUCAGGCAAAAAUGACUAAGCCUCCCCAGAUAUAGCUAAUCUAAAGCAAGGCAUGGCAGUUAUGUUCGGUCAUCAUCUUUAAAUGGUGUGUGUUGGAUUUUGUCGGUUUCGUCCCCCUUGAGCUUCUCCGUGUGAACACAGCAGAACAGACUGUGUUACACGUCGCAGGUCACUCGGAACUCACAUGGGAUUUGGUGGGACUGUAGGAAGGAAUAGCAAGAAAUAAAAAGAUGCAGUACUUCCUCAGAAGUUGAACAAGUGAGACAUGCAACAAAAUCUUGCAGCCCAGAGUGCUCCUCUUCACUUUAGAAGCCAGCCAUACCCUAGUCAGUAUUUCAUGGCCACUGAGCAUGCUCAGUCCUCAUGGAACUAUUUUUUGAGCGGUGUUUGUUCCACCUCUCAUGUUUUUCUUUCUAAAUAUUUGUUUCUGUGCCUCCUGCAAACCUUGGGGUUUCCCCAAGCCUGUUGAAACUUCCCGCUUUCCAUGAGGACCAACAUCUAGCCUUAAACAGCAGAGAAAGAGGGAAUGCCAUUUCAUAAAGGCUAUGAGAGCCAGUGCAACAUGGUGCCAAGAGUAAGAUCCAGGUUUAAAACCCCACUCAGCCAUCAAGUUAAUCAGGUGACUCUCCUAAAUUUCUCCAAGGAUGAAAUAAAAAGGUAAUUACAUUUUAUUUAGAAUAUUCUCAAUGAGACUUUCUAGACACAAUUUCCAAAAUUUGUUCCUUGGAUCUUUUUUUCUUUCCCCCUUUUCUGUUUCUUCUUCUCUUCUCUUCUCUUCUCUUCUCUUCUCUUCUCUUCUCUUCCUUCUUGUGGCUGAUCUUAGGGCUCAUCAUGCUUCAGUUGAUUGGUGAAUGGUCUGUUGGCCUCUUGAUUAGUGGUCAAGCUGCUGCAGGGAACGAAAGGCAGCAAGUUGCUAGAAAGUGACUCUCUCACAGUGCCACCCCUCUUAACCCGAGGUCUUAGUGAGGGUAGCUUCAUGCUCAGAGAACAUAAUGCUUUUCUGGAGCGGAUGGUAGGGCAGUUUGGCAGUGGGUGGGUGUGAAGAAGAAAGUCCUCAGCCACCAAAGGCCUGAGAAAUUAGCUGUCCCCACAGUCUCAGAUAAAUGGUCAAGAUGAUGGACCAUUCAGAUCUGAGCAAUCUUCACUACUGUUUGAUUUAUUUAUCUAAGCAGGGUGGUUUCCAAAUAGCUUGUUUAGUCAAUACAAGGAUUUAUCCUUGUGCAACAGAACUUCCCCCCUCCCCUCACGAGCCCCUUAAAUCUAUUCAGGGUUCACCUCUAACCCUUAAGAGCAGGUGUAUAUUUGGAGAAGGCAUAUAGAGGGGCACGAGUCCAGUUAUAUAAACAGAAAUCCUUAUCCUGGUGGAACAUGUUAGUUGGAAACAACCUCUAAUUCAUAUCCCACACAUUCAACGUAACUUUUUGUUCUAACAGAUUUGUAAAUUGGGGUGUGUGUGUUCCAAAUACAUGAAAUUAGCACUCUAAAGCAGGGGUCAGCAACCUUUUUCAGCCGUGGGCCACUCCACCAUCCCUCAGACCUUGUGGGGGGCCGGACUAUAUUUUUUUUGGGGGGGGGAAUGAACGAAUUCCUAUGCAUCACAAAUAACCUAGAGAUGCAUUUUAAAUAAAAGCACAUAUUCUACUCAUGUAAAAACACCAGGCAGCCCCACAAAUAACCCAGAGAUGCAUUUUAAAUAAAAGGACACAUUCUACUCAUGUAAAAACAUGCUGAUUCCCAGACUGUCCAUGGGCCAGAUUGAGAAGGUGAUUGGGCCGCAUCCGGCCCCCGGGCCUUAGGUUGCCUACCCCUGCUCUAAAGCAGCGAAAGCCCUUUCAAAUAUACAACAAAAUCAGACUUCUCUAAAUUCAAGAAUGCUCACAUUCUUGUGCAAAUGUUUGUUUCCCAUUUUUUCGUGAGUACGCAUAGCCAGAACAAACGAUUUACAAACAGGGCAGGUCCAACUGUUAGGCAAAGGGAAGCAGUUGCCUCAGGCAGAUGGUUUUAUGUGUCCCAAAAGGAUAGCAGAUGAUUAGUUAUUUAAGCUUUUAUUAUUGGGGUAUUUUUACUACUUGGAAAGGGUCGGUGCAUUUGUGGGAUGUUCCACCACAGAUACCAUAAUAAUGUGACUAACCUCAGAUACCUUCAGCUCAGUGGGGGUGACUUUCAUUGCUCUGCCUUAGGCAGCAAAAUGUCUUGGGCUAGCCCUGGUUAUGAAGGCUGUCUGAGGAACAUCAGGAUAGUAAAAUUGUCAGAUGUUCAUUUGCUUGAUUGCUUGUUUGUAAAAAGAACACUUCCCGCCUCGUUCAGAAUACAGAAGGUGCCCUCUCCUAUUUUAAAACAUGACAGCAUCAAAGAAAAAAAUCCACAGCUCCAGUGUUCCCCUGUUUUCAUUGGAUAAACUUAUCGUUUUUCCACCCAGAAGCAGGACAUAGGACUUAGAACUGGUCAAAUCCCAGGCCCAAGGAGCUUCUAGAGACAGCCUUGCAAAAAGUCCCAGGAGAGGUAGAAAUGGCAGUAGUCAAACUGGGAGCCCCAUAUCCAAGCAGAAAACCAACCCACCCAGCCAAAUACAUAAACAGGCACCUAGAUGUACAAUACAUGCUGGGGAAAAGAGCCCAGCAAAAAAGAGGAUCUAGCAAAAGCCCAGUCGCUACACUUAGUGUUAUGAAAUGUGAUCCGGCAUAGACAGGCAGUGCCUUAUGUAGUGUGGCAUAGAAAGUGAAACUAGAGCUAUGACUAGAGCACAAGUCUUAGUGUAUUUGCUAAUUGCUUUCAGACAAUAAGAGUUACUGUUAACGUGCUACAAUCUCUGACAUUCAUUUAACACAGGAUGCAAUUUGGUAAGCAUGUUCAGACCUAGGGAUGACAUUGUCAUUUUCAGCUUCUCAUAUUUCCCAUCUUAAAUUCAGUUCUCCACAUUUCUGCAGCAAUUUUCAAGCCGCUCACCAGAUGCUUAUUAAAAUUCAUUCUCAUGCACAAAUUGUUGAAUGCAAUUUUGACUAAUAUACACAUUUUUGCUAGGAAUUUCCCCAAAUGUUUUAGUUUGCUAAAUGCAUGCAUUUUUAUGUACAAUUCUCCCCAAGAUAUAUGCAUUUCUGUACACAACACAUUAUUGAAGAACUGCAUUGCAAAAUUCAGAGAACUCUGAAUUUCAAUGGAUAAUUGGGUUUCGGUUUGCAUAUAGGUUUGAGAAGUGCAAACAUUUUCAUUAAGAUGUAAACAAGAUUGAAUUUCUCCCCACCCCUAUUCAUAACACAAGUCUCUUACCCGUUUUCCAAAAGGGAGGAAAAUGCCAAAGACUGAGACAAUGGGAUAUUGCCUUUGAAAAUAUUGGAACAAAAGCCGAACAGCAUUGUGUUUAGAGAGCAAAGCUCAGCUCAGCUUCUGCACAUAUUUACAGGGAGUCCACGGACAAUUUUGGACAUAUAAAUGGUAUUUUAGAAGUUCUGCUUGAAUUUAGGAAAUGGUGUAACUGCCUCCCCACACUCAUAUUUCAGGGGUGGGUGGAGUGUCUUUUGAGAGUGGGGGGCUGAACGUCACUGGUGUUCCUGUGGCUCUUUGCUCUGCCAGCCACCAACUUUAAUAUUCCCACAAUGCACCUGGAAUUGUGCUAUAUCACAAUGUAGCAUCAUUCUGAGGGGCAUUCUGAGUGGGGGGAUGACAGCCCAUACUGGAGGUUGAAAAUUUCUCCCAAGAAUGCUUCCCAGAGUAAUGCUAUGAAGCAAGGAGGUUACUCUGGGCAUGUUAAAGACAGUGGCAAUGAACCAGAGGGAUGCUGUUCGUUCCACAGUUCCCCUAGCUUCAAAAUUCACCCACCUCCUAAAAAUACUGGAAAUAUUCCUUUCUCACCUGUAUGGCUUCUGAAUACAGCUAUGAAAGCUAUUUUGCCUCACUGCUAGUGUAUACAGUGAGAUACUUUCCUUGAAGACAGGAUCAUGAUAAAAAGUAGCCUAUCUGCAAUAAAACAGCAAUAAAAACAGCCAGAUAUUUUUUACAAUUAAAAACAGCGCUGCACAGCCGUCUGUCACUGGGAGUUUAUGGAGAUCAUCCAUGCUGUGUGCUCUGGUGGUGCCACCUCCUGUUCUGUGCGCUGGUUCUCAGCCUUUUGCAACUGAGUCACCUGAUAGCCAGGGGAGUAUUGUGGAGAUGCCAGUGUCCAACAAUUCCAGUGGUAUCAGAAAGUGCGAGAGCGAGAGGUGUCCAAACUAAAAUAGGGUUGCCAGGGCUUUAACUCUGGGGUUUGGCAGCACUCUUAUCCAGUGGUUUAGAGGUGAAUUUAGAAGUGCAGAAGCUCAUCAUGAAGCCAUUGCCCUUAACUGAGUUCCCAAGGAUAGUGCAGAAAUGCAGACAGCCAUGCAGAUCCAUUUUAUGCACACCCGCACACCAACAACAGCACUCAUUGAAUAGUAAGCCAGGCUCAUGCUCUGGCUUCUCCUCUGCUAAAAAAGGCAAAGGGACCCCUGACCAUUAGGUCCAGUCGCGGAUGACUCUGGGGUUGCAGCGCUCAUCUCGCUUUAUUGGCUGAGGGAGCCAGUGUACAGCUUCCGAAUCAUGUGGCCAGCAUGACUAAGCCGUUUCUGGCAAACCAGAGCAGCACAUGGAAACGCCGUUUACUUUCCUGCUGGAGUGGUACCUAUUUAUCUACUUGCACUUUGAUGUGCUUUCGAACUGCUAGGUUGGCAGGAGCAGGGACCGAGCAAUGGGAGCUCACCGCGUCACAGGGAUUCAAACCACCGACCUUAUGAUCAGCAAGCCCUAGGCUCUGUGGUUUACCCACAGUGCCACCCACGUCCCUCUGCUAAUAUGCCACAAACAAUGGUAAACCUUGAAAGCCUUGUCAUCCCCUCAUCCACUUGAGUGCCAAUCAUCCCCUCAUCCACCUUGGUGCUCUGGCAGGUGAGAUCAUUGUUCAUUACCUUGUAAGGCCAGAGGCAACAAGUUGGUGAAGCAGCAGAGAUUACCCUUAACCGUUGUUUAGUAGGCUGUAUCCCAGCCCCACAAAGUCAGGGGCUUCUUUCCUCCACAUUUUUCAUCAGAAGUAAAUCCGUUCAGUUCCGUGAGGCUUACUCCCAGGUAAGUGGGCAUAGAAUUGCAGCCUAAAUAUGCUUUUAAUAUUUAGCCUGCUUAGAAACAGACUUUUCUAGCGCCUCUGCAAUGAGCUGAAAUGCCUUUGGCAUAUUGCAUUUUCCAAAAUCGCAAAAAUAAAACAAUUAAAUAAACAUAACAAGCAGCUGCAAACAGCCUCUAAUUAUAAAAAUAAGAGAGAGUGCCAGACCAUAAAAUGUGUCAAUCAAAACCAAAUGCCUUUGCAAAAAUAAAAACAACUUUACAUAUUGCCUUGAAGCUUGUACUGUGGAAGCAAUAUGAAGCCGGGAAGAAGGGAUGCCUAGAAGCCACCACUGGAAAAGCCCUGUUCUGUGUCGCCACCAAUCAUUUUCAUGAUGGUGGAGGAACACAAAGAAAGGCCUUUGCCAGAGGUCCCAACAAGUGGGGAAGUUUAUAUGGGGGAAGACAGAUCCCGGUUCCAGACUUCUCCAGUCUGCGCCCUCCGGCUGUUUUGAACUACAACUCCCACCAACAAUGAAAAUUUCCUAUGCUGGCUGGGACUAAUGGGAGGUGUACUCCAAAACAUCUAGAGGGCUCCAUGUUGAGGGAAGAUUCCUUAGUCCAAUUCAUUGAUGCCUUGAACCGUGCCCAGGAACAAAUCAGGAAUCAAUGUAGCUCAGACAAGAAAGCAACAUCAUCCUUACAUUAGGCCCCUGAAAGCAGUCUGGCUGCAGCAUUCUGCAUCAACUAAAGUUUUUAAACACUUUUCAAAGAUUGCCCCAUAGAGAACUGCAGGCUUGGAAGUGGCAGCCAGCCAUCGCUGCUCGUUUCAUAUGCAGUAAGCCUAUCCAGACCAUUUCUAUUUUAGCAAGGCUAUCCAGAUGUAUAAUUUAGUUAUGUAAGCCUGUCUUAAACUUUUGCUGCUUUUAUCUGUAUCUUAUUGAUAAUUUAUAGGGUUCUAUGUGCGCCACUUAAGGAAUUUUUGAUUAAGCGGUUUUCUAAGCUAAAUAAAGGAACUAGUAGCCAUUGAUAGCUUUGUUCCGCAUUUGUCUACGCCCCUUUUAAAGCCAUCAAAGUUGGUGGCUGUCCCCACAUCUUGCCACAGAGGUUUACAUUGUUUAACCAUGUGCUGUGUGAAGAAAUGCUUUGGUGCGUCCUGACCCUCUCGCUAUACGGGUUCAUGGAGUGUGCAUGCCAGUAGUCUAAACUGAAUGCAAUCAAGGCAUGAGUGAUAGCGGUCAGUUCUGACUUCUGGAGAAGUCAGACAGGGUGCAACGGGGGUACCAGACAGGGUGCAAUGGGGGUACCAGACAAGGUUGUGCAAAGGCACCCCCAUGGGUGCCCAUGCGCUGAAAAAUCAAGCAAGGGUGGUUAAAACAAGAAACAAACAAAUGUAAACGCAGCAGCCAGCUUUACCCAAUCGCUAUCCUUAGGCUUUGAGGUGGCAUGUCUUUUAAAACCAGUUGUUAUGGACUUCCCAGAAGCAUCUGCUUGGCCACUGUAGAAGCAGAAUUCGGAUGAGUUGGGCUUUCGGUGGGAUCCAUCAGGGAUCUAAUUCUGUUACUAAGCCUCUUUACAGGGAUAAAACCUGCCUUCAAGAGACAGGUAUGAAAUCUUGGUGUGGGGGUGGGGAUUGGGCUUUGUUUCUGCUAGAACAUUCUCUGCUUUUGUGUUCGGAUUCUGUGCCAAAUGAAAAGCAAUUCUGCGAUCAGAAUGCAUUGUGGAAGUGUGCAUGACGGAACCGCGUCAUGAAAAGUGAGCCUAAUCCUAAAUGCACACUGUUCUUCCCAUGGGAAGGCAGCAUCUAGAUUCUAGACAGAUAGUUGUUUUCUGUGUGUGUUGGCAUAGGGUACAUCUAGCUGACUGUUCAAGGCCUCAUAAGGCAGUGUUGGUCUUCUGCAAGAGUGGCAUCUCCAUUCUCUGCCACAAGCCUCGCACCUUGCCUUAUAGACUUCGCCCCCAGGCACCCAGAAAUUGGCCCCUGCGAGCUGUGAGCAGGGAAGGUUGCUCUUUACUUGUUCGGUCAGUGAAGGGCAAAUCCUUUUGGGAAAGGAAGGAUCCCAAGAGAGAGAAGGUACAAGCCAACUGUGCAUGCUUUGCAAAGCGACAGCUCUUCUCAUAUUAAGCACUUAGGGGGCCUCCCCACCCUUCUUGAUGUAGCCGCUCUGUAUAUGGAUUCUACAUACAAUUUGUUCUUUCUCAAAGAGAAAUAAAGCAAAAGGCAGUCAUUCAUCUGCAUAUGUUAAGGGUGUACACAUUUUUUUUUUUUUUGAAGAAAAGUCCAGUUUCCGCAUUACAGAUUGUCCAUAUGCUGGCACUAAAGCUGUGUGACAAUUGUGAAUGGAUGAAAUCCGUCUGCCGACCAGACUGGCCGUAAGAAAAAGCUGGUUGCAACUCCUUGAGCAGGACCCUGGUGCAGGCUGGGGGGGCGGGGGCGGGGAAUGCAUAUAGGUAUGACUCAAACUUGCAGCUUCCAGUGCUGCAGUGGAGAGAACAGCCUCCAGACUACAGGCCUGGCCUUCAGAGAAUAAUCUUUCUUGCUCUCCUCUUGCUGGGACCUGGGCCAGUGGCCAUGCUGUGAGCAGGUGAGAGGCAGGCCUGCAAGCAGGCAGCGCCUUGUGCAAUGCAAUCCUAUGCAUGUUUACUUGGAAGCAAAUCCCUGUGUGUUCAGUGUGCAUGGGAUUUGAGCCUUCAGAUGCAAUAGGCAAGCCCUACUGAAUGUGAUGGGACUUUUAAGUAAACAAGCACAGGAUUGCACCAAAAGUUUCUCAUGCCAUUGAUUGGACAAUCUUUGCCCAUGUCAGAGCUAGAAUCUGCUGCAAGCGGCAGCUGAUUUUGCACAGGGUAUGUAUAUAGGAAGCUGUCAUACACUGAGUCACAACUUUGGUCCAUCUAGCUCAGUGUUGCCCACACUGGUUGGCAGCAGCUCUGCAGGGUUUCAGGCAAGGGUUUCUUCCAGCCCUAGCCAGUGAUGGUGGGGGCUGAACCUGUGGCUUUUUGCACGCAAGGCAGAUGCUCUAUCACUGAGCCAUGGCAUUUCCCAUGGCUCAGAAUUAUCUACACCAGGGGAGUGGGGUGAACCUUGGGCCCUCCAGAUGUUGCUGAAUUCAACUCACAUCAGCCAUAGCAAGCACAGACGGGCAGCGUUUCUCCAGGCAUCCUUCCAAGUCUGAAUUUGUUUCAAGAACUUUGCAACUUCCAUUCUUGUAUCCAAGUAUGCAAUUUUCAGGAAUGGCGAAACUUGCCAGAAAAAUAAGAAACCAAGAUAACAAACCUUUUUUUAUAAAAGAAUGGAAAUGGUUUAUGGAAUAUUUACAAAUAAACUGUAAAGGGAUAAGAACAUUGGCAGGAUUAUUGCAAUAACCUGCAGUUUUAUAAGAGUAUCUAUUCAAAGAAGAUGAAUAAAUGAGUAAAUUAAGUUAAUUUGGAUAUGCAGAAAAGAUUAAAAAAUAAAUUCAAGGAAGUGCAGAAAGAAGGGGGAGGAAGUUGAGUUUUGAAAUGUUAAAAUGAUUGUAAAAAUGUAUAAAACUGAAAAUCAUAAAAAAGAACUUUGCAACUUCCCCGCUGAGUUACACUAACAUGCUCUCUGGGAAGACUGAGACCUACCUGCAGAUCACUGGGUGAUUGCUAGUAGAUUGGCAAGGGUUUCUGAUAGUGUUGAGUAAAGUUGCAGCUUGUGGGAGGAGGGAUCCUUGUGCCUGUGGGCCUUCUGUGCUAAUUGCUGCUCUCUCAGCCCCUGUCUACUGGGCCAGAUCAUUGGUCCAUCUAGUUCAGUGUAUUGUCUACACUGACUGGCAGUGGCCCUGCAGGAUUCAGGCAAGGGCUCUCCCAGCCCUAGCAGGAGAUGGAGGGGACUGAACCUGACUUACCACUGAUUCCCAAAGCAAAGAAUACAGCAUACAGCCUGGUGUGUAACCGUGGAGUGAGAGUCUCUGAAGAGUCCCCUGGUAUGGAAAUAGGGGGCGUUGAAUGCUUGUGCCCCAGUUUGCAUCUUUGAAAUGUUGAAAGGUGGGGAAGCAGGGUGUAUUUGGGGAGCCUGCAACAGCUAUUUCUGUGAUUGUGCGUGUGAGGUUGGAGAGAGAGAAAGAGAGCGACAGAGAGACGGAGGAAUUGGCAGCUGGCUGCCCUGUCGGUAACAAGCAGCCGGUCCAUUUGUAUUCAGAGGGUGGUGCAAGGAGAGAGAUGUCUGGCUACUUUGCUACGGGCGCUGCAAGAACGGAGGAGGGAGACAUGGGGAAGCUUGAAUGGGAUGUGGCGAAAAGAAAAAGCGGAAGGGAGACCAAGCAGAGGAAGAGCUGGGAAGAGAGGGAGCAAGGGUGGAAGUGGGACCAACAUAGUUUGCUGUGCAGCUACAUCCACAAUCCCUUGAUAUGUUGCGUCAUCAUCAUCAUCAUUUUAAAAAACCUGUCAUUCCUUCAAGUGGCUGAGAGCAGUGGUGCACACAGGGUUCGGCACAGCUUAGCUUCACAACCACCCUGUGAGGUAGCACAUUUCAGAGAGGGAGCCGUGUUAAACAGUUCCAGGAAUUCCAGAAAACAAGAAACAUGUGGCAACUAUAACAACCUGCUGAUCUCGAGUUUUGCAGCAAGUUUGUUCCUAUUCAUUUAGGACUCAAUCUAAAUGGAAAGCACAAGAGUGGAGGAGAGUGGCUCUUUGGUGCCGGGGUCCUGCUUAAGGGUUUUGCCUGUCAUCUGGUUGGCCACUGUGAGGACAGGAUCCUUCAUUGCAGGGGGUUGGACUAGAUGAUCCUCUGGGUCCCUUCCAACUCUAUGAUUCUAGAGGGGUCAUUGGCCUGAUGCAAAAGGCCCUUCUUAUGUUCUUAUGCUAAGUAAAGAGCAAGAUCCAUGGAGUAGGAAUGAGAGAGGAUUUACUCAGUUUUGGUUCUCAUUAAAAGUUUACCCUGAUUAAUCCACACUUUCCAAAAUAAGAACAGAAGCACAACCGUCUUUUGAAAUUCGCACACCUCUGAGUUUUGCAGUGUGGUUCUUCAGCCAAACAGUGUGUACAAAAAUGCAUAUGUUAGUGAAAAUAACAUUCCCAAGUGCUUUUUUAUUAGGGGGAAUUGCUUUGCAAAAAUGGGUAUAUUGUGGUCAAAUGUGGUGAAACUCAUGCUGGUAGCUUUGAGAACACUGUCCAACCAUCUCAUCCUCUGUCAUCCCCUUUUGGAGCAAAUAGUAAAGGUAAAUUGACCCCUGACCAUUAGGUCCAGUCGUGGCCGACUCUGGGGUUGCGGCGCUCAUCUUGCUUUAUUGGCCGAGGGAGCUGGCGUACAGCUUCCGGGUCAUGUGGCCAGCAUGACUAAGCCGCUUCUGGCGAACCACAGCAGUGCACGGAAACGCUGUUUACCUUCCCGCCAGAGUGAUGCCUAUUUAUCUACUUGCACUUUGACGUGCUUUCGAACUGCUAGGUUGGCAGGAGCUGGGACUGAGCAACGGGAGCUCACCACGUCAUGGUGAUUCGAACCGCCGACCUUCUGAACGGCAAGUCCUAGGCUCUGUGGUUUAACCCACAGUAACCCGCAUCCCAUGCAAACAUGUAUAUUAAGAGAAAUUAACGCUAACAUGCUGGUGAAUAUUCGUGAGGAGUUAUUUUUAUUUUUAAGAAAAUUGCAAGCAGAUAUGGCGAUCAGAACUUAAGACUGGGUAAAUACAAAUCUGAAAGAAAACCUAAGCCAACACGUUCUCCCAUCUGCAGUGCAUGCAUAUAUAGAGAUCAAUUGUGGGUGGUGGUGGUCUGGGGACCACAAUAGCAUGAAAUGGGGGUGCAGGGAGAAUCUAGCAUGUAUCCCCCAGAUGCACCAGCAGCUGCCUCUCCUGCCUCAUUUCCGCCUCUCUCAGAGGUUAGUCAGCCCCCAAAGUUCAGCUUACACAAGGCAGGCUUGACAUUUAUAAACAUCAGACAGUCCCAGAGAAUCAAUAGAGUUUAAUAACCAGCGAGCAAAGCAGAGAGAGACACAUCAAAAUGACAUUGGCCUGUUCAGUAAAUGUUAUUCUAAAUCAUACUCACUGGAGUUUUAUUACAUUAAGCAUAUAGCAGAGAGACAGAUUCCAUCAAAGGCCAUUUUGCUCAUAAAGGUGAUUGGCAGCUCAGCAGCAGUGGGCCUCACCUGCUCCCCUCCCCGUUUCAGGGAAGAAGGGGGGGGCAAGAGACCCACAACCACCACUGUUUGUUUCCUCGGUGCUUCAUCAGCUGCGAGGAUUCUUGGUGUAGCGCAUGCUGAUGACUGGGCUGUCAUCUGAGAUUUCACUCCCGACAUGCAAACGCAGAUAUCUUUGGCCACCCAAGCAGGAAGCAGAAGAAUCUCUGCAUGUCUUACCCACUCUGAACAUUUCCCAGAAGGAAACCUGUGCAGUAAAGGAGAGGGGGCCCCAAAGCAAGAAAGAGGGAGAAGCUAUUGUAGAAGGCUGAUUACUUUGCUCCAUUACCCUAUCCAAGUCACAUGUUCCGAAACAAUACGCAAACAAGAGCAUGCAACAAAAUAAAUGCUAAAUAGAAGCAUAUUGCUGCAUUGAGGGUUGUAGAGAGCUUUAAAUGUGCUUUCAGGAGUUGCUGUCAUUUGCUUUCUUCUCUUACAAAACAAAAGCCUAUUUCCCUGCCCUCCCCAACCAGGAAUCUUUCUUAACCCACACAAAAUCAGGUGACAUUUUUCAGUGGAUCAGUGUUACGUUGGUGCAAGAUAGCCUUUGUCAACCUGGUGCCCUCCAGUUGUUUUGUACUACAACUCCCAGCUAAUGGCAGUUGUAGACCAAAAACAUCUGAAAGGCACCAAGUUGGCAGCGUUUGGUGCACAAGCACACAAAUUUCUAGUUUUGUGGAAAUUUUUGUCAGAAUUUGCACCCACUUUCCCUUUGGAAUUAAGCAUCUCAAGUUCCCCCAACCCACAAAAACAAGAACAAAUUUUGAGAUUUGCAUGGCUGUUUAAGGUAGCAUCUUUGUAACAAGAAUUGUUGUUCUCUGACAGCUUCUCCUUUCGAAUAAAUUUGUCUUUACCUGAAAUUUUCCCCAGUAUCUUUUAAAAUUCCCCAGGCCUCCCUAUUCCGGCAUCUGAUCAACACACUAAGAAAUUGAAUCUCCAGUUUUUAGCUCCCUACACAGACCUUUUGUAAUCCUGAGCCUCAAAGAGAGAACUUUAAGCCUUCCUUACACUGCUUCUGUGGUGUUUCUGAGACAUGAAUUAAAUGAAAGCCCCAAUCCAGAUGUCCACAUGAUCUCACAAGAUAUUUGCUCCUGGUUCAUCCAGGUAUAUAUCUAGGAUUUGGGCUUGUUCCCAAGGUAGCUGUGGUAAAAAAUAAUCAGAACUUGCUUCGACCUUGGAAGUUGAACGGAAUCUGUUCCAGAAGUCCAUCUGACUUCCAAAAUGUUCAAAAACCAAAUCACGGCUUCAUAAUGUCUGCAGGAAGCUCCUGCAGCCAAUCAGAAGCCAUGGAAGCCCCUUGGACGUUUGGGUUCCAAAAGAACAUUAGCAAACCGGAACAAUCACUUCUGGCUUUGCAGCAUUCGGGAGCCAAAACAUCCAAGUUCCAGGGUGUUUGGGAUCCAAGGUACAACUGUAUUACAAGAUGGCAUUCACCACACCAGGGCAAAUUGGUAUCUUGUUUUGCCAUGGCAAAUGCAAAGAUGCAUUUCAAAGAAAAUAACUUGCAAGACAAACGGCAUCAGAAAUAGGCCCCAUUCUUUUCAACGGGGCUGACUUCAAGAUAAGUAUGUAGACUACAACCAACUUGAGAGGGUCAAAUCGUAAUACAACAGUGAAUUUGCCACACUAAGAGGUAACUUGUGACACCCACACCAUUUAGUUUCCAGGAAUGUUUCUCUAUCGUUCCUUACGUUGCUGUUCUUAGCCUGGCAUGUCUUUGCCACUGAUUCCCUGCCAGCACUUUCAGCGAUUGACUGAAAGUUGUCAUCCUCAACUUGGGAUCAUUGACCACAGUCAAAUAGUCACAUAGAAUCACAGUCACAUAGAAUCACACUGGAUACUGGCGAGGUGCCAGUUUGGGAAAGGGUUUAUAAUACAGUGGUACCUCGUGUUAAGAACUUAAUUUGUUCCGGACGUCCGUUCUUAACCUGAAACUGUUCUUAACCAGAGACACCACUUUAGCUAAUGGGGCCUCCUGCUGCCACCAUGCCGCUGGAGCACAAUUUCUGUUCUCAUCCUGAAGCAAAGUUCUUAGGGAAAGGGAAAGGUAUCCCUGCCCUUACGGGCCAGUCGUGUCCGACUCUAGGGUUGCGUGCUCAUCUCGCUCUAGAGGCCAUGAGCCGGCGCCGUCUGAGGACACUUCCGGGUCAUGUGGCCAGCGUGACGAAGCUGCAGCUGGUGAGCCAGCACCAGCGCAGCACACGGAAACGCCGUUUACCUUCCCGCUAUAAAGUGGUACCUAUUUAUCUACUUGCACUUAAGAGUGCUUUCGAACUGCUAGGUGGGCAGGAGCUGGGACCGAACAACAGGAGCUCACCCCGCUGCGGGGAUUCGAACCACUGACCAUACGAUCGGCAAGUCCUAGGCACUGAGGUUUUACCCACAGUGCCACCCGCGUCCCAAAGUUCUUAACCCGAUGUAAUAUUUCUGGGUUAGCAGAGUCUGUAACCUGAAGCACGAGGUACCACUGUAAUGGAAUCUGCUUCAGUGGCUAGGAUUCAGUUUGCAUAUACUGUAUGUAUUCAUGGAAGGAUAGGCGCAUUGUGAGCGGCUGCCAAGAUGAUAUCACCAUCUGGAAAGGAGGCUCCGCCUACAAGGUAUCACGCAUCCAUCCACCUUAUUGUGUGAGGCUUCCUGUCCACUCCCCUUUCAGCUGUGCUUUUGCUCUGUCAACCACAGUCAAGACACUCGCUCAAGGCUGGGAGCUGUGUGCUCCAUAUCCACAUACAAAAAGCCAUCUUGUACAAAUCAGUGCAAUGAGCUGAAUAUCCCGCCAUUCAACCCUACCCAUCCCUGCCUUAAUGUUUAUAUUGCACUUUGCUGUUUGUGUUUUAAAUUGCCCUGAAAGUCUCUGUACAUCUUUGACUUUCUGGGGUUGUGUGUGUGUGUGUGUGUUUUAUUCGCAUUAGCCAACAGCCACGGCAACAUAAAACAAGCAAUAUAUACAAAUAAAAAGACAGCAAUGGGUAAAAAGGGCAAUCAAAUGACCAAGAUUAUUGUUCAGAUAGUGGCCCUUAAUCUCAUUGUACCCUCGAUAAACCUAGCAACCUUUGCAUCUGAGGAUGGGCAAGUCUGUCUGUUUUGGUUUCCCAGAGUUUCUCAUUUCUUCAGUCUUAAAUUAAGUUCUCCACAUUUCAACCUCAGUUUGAGCAUUUAUUUAUUUAUUUAAAGUGCAAUUCUCCCCCCAAUAUACACAUGCUUUUAUGCAAUUUUGUCUAAUAAACACAUUUUUUUGCAAUGCAAUUUCCCUAAUAUAAUGCAUUUUUCAUAUUUUCCCCAGUGAUAUAUGUUUUCAUGCACACUUGACUCUAGUAUAUACAUUUUUGUACACAUUGCACACCAGAAAAUUUUGAAGGUCAGCUCUAUUUCAGUUUGCGUAUUAUUUCGGAAUGCGUGGAUUUGUUAGGUUUUCCUUUAAAUGUGAACUAAAUCUAAUUUCUCUUCCCAUCCAUCUCCCAUCCCUAGUUACACAUAGAUAAUGUGCGUGCUGAAUUAAAGUGUUCACAAUGUACUUAACAUCAUUUAAUAUGCAUAAUUAAUAUAUUUAAAUACAUAUAAUUAAAUACACAAGAGACGUAAUAUAUUAAAUUAUUAAACAAAUCCAAUACACAGAUGCAUGUGCUUUUGCUAACAAUGCAUGACACACAAUAUUUUUUAAAAAGGCUUUAAGAUGUUUUUUCUUGAAUGUUGCCGAGGGCCGCCAAAAGAGGCUUUGUGGGCCACAUACAGCCCUUGGGCUGUGGGUUGGAUCACCCUUACACUCCUUUAAUGUCUUUUCCCAUCACUGCUGCAGUCCCUUGUUGACACCAGAAAGCAGCUGACCAGGUUUCUAUUCUCCCCUCCCCGCCCCGCAUAUUCUUCUUUGUUGGCAGGACUGCGUGCACUAAUUUGUUUAGUUUUUCUUGUAUACGUUUACACCCCCACUUGCCCCACGAAAUCUUGCGGAAGGGCCCUAGCUCAGUGGGUGGAGCACCUUUGCUUUGCAUGCAUAAGGUCCUAGGUUCAAAUCCCAGCACCUCCAGGUAGGGAUGAGAAAAGACUCUUGCCUCAGACCCUCAAGAGUUGCUGCCAGUCUUUUUUUUUUUUUUUAUGUGCCAUAAAAACACAGAGCAAAUAAAGAGAUUACAGGUGUAAAAACUGGGAAAAGUGAAUUCAAGUUAAAAGCGUAUGUGGAUGACCUAGUGAUAACAGUGGAAGAACCUAAAACUUCACUCUCUAAAGUAAUAGAAAAAAAUCAGAAUUUUUGGGAAGUGGCAGGAUUUAAGCUAAAUAGGAAUAAAACUAAAUUAUUAGUUAAAAACAAUCCUGAGCUGGAUAAUUUAAUGGCCUGUCUCUGUAUAAAGCAGCUUCUUCGGGAGUGAAAAGGCUGUUAAACAACUCCCGGGCAAGGCAACGCCUUUUCCAUCUCUUGCAGCAACUAAAAUCCUGCACAAUACGGCUUGCCGUCCUGGGCAGCUUGCUUGGUCCAGCUGAUUAUUAUGAUUUCCCUUCCACUGUGUGUUUAUUGGCCGCUGACUAUGCAUUGUGCAGCUAAAGGGACACCCGGCGUAAUCUGAACCAUAAUUCUCGGCACACUUUUCCCACUCCACCUGCGCCUUCCUGGACCCCGUUACCCCCGACUCCGCCCGAGGACCCCCGCAAUUAUAAUCAGCUCACAAAGUAAAUUGUUCAUCUGUGGCUUGCCUCCCCGGUUGCCAUGGCUACCCUUAUCAAGCACACGGCACGUCUCCAUGGCAACGCCAGGGAAGCACUGGCUGUUGCCUGAGCAACGGAUAUAAUUGUAGUGCUUGUAGGAUGGGGAGGGAGGAUAAAGUGUGGGGGGGAGAGAGAGGGGGGGAGAGAGGGCAGGCGACAAAGCAUGAAAUUGCUCGGUAGGUUCAGCAGAAGGAACAAUGAAACAGCAAAAGAGCCACGUCCCCUUGGUGUGUGUACAACAAAAGAAGUGACAUCCCCUCGAUGUGCCUGUGUUAUGUGCCUACAAACACAACAAGCAGCAUUCUUCUUGUGUGACAAAAUUGGAAGCCUUCUGUUCAGUGGGCAAGCGACCUGCUGGGGGAGCGGUUUCGGUUCUAAUAAAAUAGGGUUCUUUUCAGAAUUGUGAUGUCAGUUGUGCGAAGUUCUGUGGGGCUCCUGCCCUGGUUUCUGGUACAUUCUGUAGGGCCAGGAUUUCUCUGGGUUUCACUGGGAUUUUGCUGGGUUUCAGGCAUCCUUCUGAAUGGAGGAAGGACAACGAACUGUAGGGAUGGGUGGAUCUGUCCAUUUUGGUUUUUCAGAGUUUUUCAUUUCCCCACAUUUCCCCAUCUGUUUGCAAUUUUCUUUUCAGUCCUCAUGAAAAUUCACCAGGAUUGCAAUGCACAUUUCUCUUAAUGUGAAUAUUAGGCAAAAAUGCAUGUCUAAUAUUCACAUUUCCCCAAAACAACUUCCCCUGAUACGAUGCAAUUUCAUAUGCUAUUUCCAGUGAUGCAUGCAUCCUUACACACAUUUUAUCCCAGUAGAUGCAUUUUUGUACACAUUUCUUGGCACUGCAAAAUUCAGUGAAGUGUGAAUUUUUGAAAGAUGGGAGUGUUUAGGUUCACAUAUUGUUUUGGAAAGUGUGGUUGUGGAAGAGUCACCUUUAAAUACGAACCAAAUCAAAUUUCUUCCUCAUCCUUACCUAGGAGCAGGCUUGGUGGGGAGGUGGGUGGUAACACCCAAGCAGUGGGCUGCAAUGUAUUUGGAAGGGAAUGGUGUAAAAUGUCCCGUGUGUCUUUGAUAUGUGGCUCUGUGCAAUCCUCAACUUAUCUGAUCAGAAGUGAGCACCAUUGAGUUCAUUGGGGCUUACUCACAGGCAAAGUAGGUGUAGGAUUGCAGCCUGUGAGUCUGUCAGUGUGUGUGAACAGCAAAGUAAAUGAUCAUAUCAGGGACCUAGAAUGAGCCAGUAUGGUUGGACUAGGACCUGGGAGGGUUCAAAUCCCCACUUAGCCAUGAAGCUCACCGGAUGACCUUUGGCCACUCAUGAUCUCUUUGCCUAACCUACCUUACAGGGUUGUUGUGAGAGAAAAAUGUAGAGUGGGAGAACCAUGAGUCCUUUGGAGGGGAAGUGGGAUAUACAGGAGGUGGUGAUUGUGAUAGAAAUUAGGUUCACAGCAGUGACAGGCUUUGAUUAAGACAAAGAGAUACAUAUAGGGAUAUCAACCAAGACAGGAUCUUCACCAAGGCUCUGGAAUUUGCUUCUUAGGGAGACGACACCUGCUCUGCUUUUCAACAACUAGUAAAGCUGAUGUUUUUCCAUAGUGCUUUUUGUGGUAAAAGAUGUUGGCAUGCUUAUCCUCUGAUUUUGUGUAUUUAUUUUCCAUGGUUGUGUUUUGCUGAUCUUAGAAGAAUUGUUUUACUUUUGUGCUUCUUUCUUUAUUGUAGUAUAAUUUAUUGUUCAAUACUUCGUGGGCCCUGGGAUUGGGGGGGGGGGGAUAUAAAAACGCAUAACCAAUCAGCUUCGACAAACAAUGGCCAAGGAACCCAGUUGAGGUGGCCUUUGUCUUUUGUGUCUUCAAGGCAAUAGGGAUUCAGGGUCGAAAGAAUUCUCCCUGUUGGAACAUGCAGGGAGUUUACUAUCUAGCUGGUCAGUUCUGGGCACCUUAUUUUUAUACUGAGAAAGUUUCAGGGUUAUUGGGUUUUUUGGGGGGAGAGGGGUCUUGCUUCUGUUGCACCGUAGUUCAAGAGUGAACCUCCAGAUGGUUGUAGUGCUGUGACGCUGGGGAAGUAUUACAGAACAACUAACAAAGCAGAACGAUGCAUGGUUGGUCAGUAAAAGAUUUACCACUAUUGUGUUAUUAUUGCACCAAUGAGAUAUUGCUGGAUGCACUCCGAUGUUGUGGUGGCAGCACCUGGGGCAAGGCAAGCCUCCUCAGCACUGCUGGCUGAUAGCAUGGAACAAAGGGGCAAUAGCUCAGCGAUCUACCUGAGAGGCAGCCAGAGCACCCUGUGAGCAUCAAGUACAGCAGAGAAUGAACCUGGGGAUUGGUCGGGAGCGAGUAAAAAGGUAAAGCUAAAGGAACCCUGGACGGUUAAGUCCAGUCGAAGGCAACUAUGGGGUUGCGGCACUCAUCUCAUUGCCGAGGAAGCCAGCCACAGACAGGGCAUGUGACCAGCAUGACUAAACGGCUUCUGGCGCAACGGGACGCCGUGACGUGUGCCAGAGCGCGUGGGAAUGGGUAUCUUUCUAAAGCCCGAGCAGAAGGCACCCUAGCAACUGCCCGUCUCCCAAAUCUGCUCCUCAGUCUGCCCAUACAAACAUUGGGAGAUUUUCUGCGUGGGAGGAUGGCACACUAUUUUUUUAUUUUUUAUUACUACUUUCUCUUUUUUGCUUCUGAAAUUUUGUGUCCCUAAGAACUUUGUGCCCAGGGCAACUGCCCCUGUGGCCCUGUCCACGCUACGCCCCUGGGUGGUGGUGAAUCUGGAGAGGCUCUUCUGAGGGCAACACUGAGACUAAGAAGGGGGAAGCAGUGCGAUCCACUGAAUUGGAGAAGGCAGGCCAGUGAAGGCUGGCUGAUGGUAGACUGAUGUUGGUGGAGCAGGGCCUUAUUCACUCCAGAGGACCAGCCUCCACUGGAUUCUAGCACAAAUCCAUCUGGAGUAAAAGGCUAUGGAUAUGUCUGAAGCCCCUUUAUCGCUACUUUUCCUUGCAAGUGCAGUAGAUUGGCCUGCCAUCAGUCAGGAGCUGCUUGGGCACAUUUAGGAAGAUAUCUGGGAACUGCCCAUGUUGGCCCCCUCUUUGCCUUCCCAUUGCUGGGGCACAGCGAGAGGGAAGAUUGAUAGUGUUAGCCUUGGAGAGUAUGUCGCACGGUGUUAGCUCAUUUGAGAGCCAUUUAUCUCAUUUCCUGCAGGGCAAUACAGAUCUGCAGAGGCCCACAUGGCAGGCAGGUUAGAAGAGCAUGCAUUGAGGAUGCGCAAGCGCCAUUAAUGAUCUCCAGCCACAGCAGGCCAUUAGGAGACUGGCACGGUGCCCUGAGCCACUAGGGCAGUCCCAGGCACAGGAAGGACCCAUUGGACAGAGCUUUAUCUCGGGGUGCUAGCACUACGAAUCGGCUACCAGUCUCCUUUGUUAUCCUCUGUUUAUCCCAAUGUAAUUUAACCUAUUCCAGGUGAAGGGCAAAAACCAGUCUGACUUGUUGCAUCAGUAUAUUCAUAACUGCCAUGAGCUCCAAGACUUUGUGUGCUGCCUCCUCUGGAAAGGGAAGGUGUAGGGAUUGCAGUUUUGUGUCGUGGUUGCUGUGCAAGAAGGCUCAGACGCACACUCUUAAGAGUGCUGAGUAGCAAAGAACUCUUUACCUUGGUCCCUCUUAUACAGCUCUAUUAUCAUUAGCGCCAACUAGCAAGACUAACUGUAAUUGCACUCACUUUACUACUACUACUACUACUACUACUAUUAAAAAUUGUAUACCGCCCUAUACCUGCAUGUCUCAGGGCGUUUCACAGGAUAAAAUCACAAUAGAAACAGACCCCGUAUAUUACAUGGGUAUGUUCGCAACACUAGCUGAUUUCCAAAGGUUAACAGGGGCACUGAAUCUGCAUGGAGUCACUGAGAAGUAUUCUGUUUCCAGGUCUGGAUGCAGAAAAGUCCAUUUCUCGUUACAGUGGAGCUCAGCUUUGCAUCCGAGGAAAUGGACUCCGUGUCAUGAUGUAGCACCAUUAUGUCCACGGGGUGUUUUGCUCAGAGGGAUGUUACGCAGGCUGCUUGGUGUGCACCCCCCUGGCACUUUUAAGCCAGGGUGGGGAACCCAUGGUCUUGCAGAUGUUGCUGGAUUGCUGUUGUUGGAGUCCAAUUACAUCUGGAAGACCAGAUUCCCCUCCACCGAGGUAAGAAAGGAGAGGAAGAAAAACAACAACACAGCACUCAUAUUUGAGAAGUGAGACAUGCACACCUCUGAAAAGUAUUAGAUCUCCCCCCCCCCCCCCAUGAAAUGAAUUGUAGAGUUGGAAGCAACCACAAGCAACCUUGCUGUUUGCUGUGAUGAAAUUGCAUAACUUAUGUAAUUAAUUAGGUAAAUUACAAAAGUUACAUGGUCGUUCCACUAUUCUGCCCCAUGGGUUUCAAAGCAAAGGAAACACAGUGCAUUUGGGGAGAGGGGAUGUAAUCAACUAUAUAUCAUUUGCAAACUGAAAGCAACAGCAGCAGCAAAUACCAAUCGUAUCUGCUGGAUUGAUUUCCGUGGCAGACAUGGGACAAAUAAGCAAACAGCAAUUUCCACUCCCAUUUAUGUUUUCAACAGAAUUCUCUGGACUCCCUACUCCAGGGGCACGCUCACCCCCACAAAAUUCUGGGCUGAAUUCUUCAAUCCAUCUGGCUCUGGUUGGUGGACUUUGGGGUUCUAGAUAAUAACGGCAACCACCACCACAAACCCGUGAGCAUGACAUCUGUCUUAGGAGGCCAGAGAUGGGUCUGUUUUGUAGAGUUGUGCCUAGGAUCUGUACAGAGCUGUCAACGUUUUCCUUUUUUUAAGGGAAAUUCCCUUAUUCCAAAUAGGAUUCCUCGCAAGAAAAGGGAAAAGUUGACAGCUAUGGAUGUGUACUUAAUAUUGUUAAUCAAUAUGUUAUGUUACCAACACCAGUGAGGAUCCUAAAAUCAGCAUCCAUGGUCCAAUACACGAGCACCACCCAGGCUCCACACCCGAAGAGGCACAAGCAAAAAUAGGCAGGCAAAGAAAAAUGGCAGGCUUUGCCCAUCAGAGUGAGAGGGAGGAAACAAGCAAACUGGACCACUGGAACACAAGAGAGAAACAAAUCAUUAAAAGUCCCUAACUUUAUUUUUGGAAAUGUCAUUUUCCUUAGAGUCGCCCAGUGUCUCAGGCUUCUAUUGGAAGGUCCUCUGUUUGAAGGACUGUCCUGUCCAAGUACGGUUUCAAGCACCCUUCCCUGAGUGGUGGGACUUUGGAUGGUGUUGGGUUGACUCCCAUCAGCCCCAGCUAUCAUAGCUGACUGAGAGGGAUGAUGGGAGUUGUGGUUCAGCCGCAUCUAGAGGGCACCAGAUUGGGGAAAGUUGGCUUAAAGAGAAGGAACACUCUGAGAGGAGAGAAGGGGGCUUGGCGCUCCCCAUCAGCAGCUGGACCCUGAACAGCAGACUGAGAAGGCACACAGCUCACCUGGGCAUGGUCUUCUGCGUUAUGGCGAGAAGUAUUGUAUUUCUACUUACACGACAGUUACUUUCUAAAUUUGCAUUUAUAUACAUAAAUUAACCCAUGCAAAUUUCAUGCAAAUCUGCAUCUUUUUAAAUCUUUUUUUAAUCCUUCUCAUACUUUAGCAAUGUAUUCCCCCUUUGGGAGGUGGAGUAUGGCAUUAGUGGCAGUCUGAAACCACUGAUAGAAAACACUUAGGAACAAACUUGUAAAUAGUAAACUAAAAUAGAGUACCCAAAACAACCACUUUUUUUUAAAAAAAAAAGAUUACACAGCUUCUUCGUACAGUAUAUCUUCAUCCUGUAGAGUGUUUGCAUUUUCUAUGUUAAAUCUUUUAAAAGACAGAAUGGUGUUGGGAAAAGAGAACAGUGUGAGUCUCUUGUUGUGGCCAUAAGUGCAGUCACAUAGAAGCUAACUCUAACUGGACCAAUUGCUUUUCUCCAUAUAAAGCAGUGGUGGGAUAUAUCCUGAUUUGCAGACCUGAAUUCUCCCUGUGCUUUAGUGUGCUGUCUUGUGUUGCUAAAGGGCUGCCGGGCUGCCUCAUCCUCCUGGGGACUAUAUCUUGCUGCCAAUGUAAUCUCUGUCAACAGGAUUUGGAAAAUAUCCUCUGGGAACACAAGAGCUGGAGAAACAAACACAGAGAGAAAUAAUUAUUACUGAUUAACCAUUAGCUACAUCUCCACAUGGUGCUCUACUUGCAUAAGUUUGCCAGGGAGAGGAUGGGGGAGAUCCCAGGUAGGGGUUUUGCCCUCCCCUUCCCCAAGCACACACAUAUAGCUUGAGCCGCAAGAGGGCCUACCCCCUCUCUUGACGUCUUUUGCUGACAGGCGGUGUUGCCUGGUCUCCAUUGAGGCUGAUGGAGUGGGAAGCAGGGAGCCCAAAAAGUAAGUUGCACCAGAAACAAUUACAGGCACAGCCAACUAGUUUUAAGGGUGCUCCACUCCUCUGUCCAGCUGGGGUUGGCUGAGUGCACAUUGGGGGUAAUGAGGCAGCUCUCAACUCACCCUAACAGACAGGCCUGCACUGUGACAGGGGAAAGAAAAUCUCACUGGGCCUAACUUUCUGUGAGGCAUCAACUCAGGGCAGUUAUAGAACAGGAAGGGGUUGAGACCAUGAGGGUGGUGGAGGGUGAAUGAGGUGAAUUGGGGUGAAUGAGACAUCGCCUUACCAACCUCAGCCUGCCCUCAGCCAGCCCUUGCUUGCCUGACUUGCAACCAGUCCAAGGGGUGGCGAUGACUUCCAUCUUCCUCCUCUCAGUGUUGCCCCUUGCAGAACUCAGCAGGGAGGAGGAUUGAGGGGGGCAAAACUAUAUCCAGUUGGCUCUGCCUGUCAUUGGUUCUGGUGCCACCAGUGGGCAUUGCUUCCUUCGCUCAGUGGCGUGGCGUCCUUUGCUGGCACCUGGGGCAUGCAUGUGCACGUAGGUACAUGCACCAGGCAGGACCAGAGGCUGGGCACACAGAGGGUUCAUGGGCCAGCUGGCCCACCCACGCAAGGGAAAGCCCAGCCAUCCAACAUGGCCCUUGGCAAGCCCUUGGGGCAGCCAUUCAGCGAGGGGACCAGGGGCACAGCGGCAAGGCAAGGCCAAGCUCUGGGGCCCAGAGAUUCCAGUGGCAGGCAGGGCAGGGAUCUGUGUGUGGGCACCUGGCUUGUGCGCCCUCUAAAUGCACCCAGGGCUACGGCCCUAUGCUAUGCCCUUGGGCACCACCUACUGCCAUUGCAUGAGGGAUACUACCAACCUCCCUUUCAAGAAAAUAGCAUGCUACUGGUACAUGAUGGGAAAGAGCACGCUCUGACCCAGUGGGUUUUUUUGUACUGGCCGGUACUGAUCACCAGAACUAGGGGGCUAAGCUGGGCUUGGUAAGCCAGAUCCUUUUCUAGCUUGAGAUGCCAAAAUGUUGUUUUUGUAAGGUUUUCAAAACAUAGCGGGGCGGGGGGAUUUGUCUACAGUUUGUACAGUGGUUCCUCGGGUCACAGAUGCUUCAGGUUACAGACGCUUCAGGUUACAGACUCUGCUAACCCAGAAAUAGUACCUCAGGUUAAGAACUUUGCUUCAGGAUGAGAACAGAAAUCACACAGCGGCGGAGUAGUGGCAGCAGGAGGCCCAAUUAGCUAAAAUGGUACCUCAGGUUAAGAGCAGUUUCAGGUUAAGAACGGAUCUCCAGAACGAAUUAAGUUCUUAACCCGAGGUACCACUGUAUGUGUUUGGUUUAGGCUUUUUUUAUUUUUUUCAGAAGAAAUGAAAGAAAUGGAAAUUGAGGUGGGAAAUUAAAUUACUCUUAUGUUUACUUGACUCUUGGUACAAAACAUGGCAAUAUCCUUUGGGCUCAGCAAGCUGCCCUGAUGAUAUUGUGCAGAUAUAAAAAAAAAGUUUGUAGCAAAGCAGUUGGGGGACAUUUAAUAUUAUUCUGGUCUCACGGUGAGAAAAACUAGGAAUCUGUUUUCAAUGUGGCCUCACCUCUGAAAAUCUUUCCCACCCCCACCUUUAACAGAUCUUGGGGUGGCGUGGGGGGCAAGUGUAUGUGUUUUUGUUGGUGGUUUUCACACCCCAGAUUCUUAUGGCGAUUCCAGGUCAGUGUUUUGCAUGCCCUGACCCCGACAUAAUGGGUCUUGAUGCGUUCAUGUCUUUCUCGACUGCUUCCCAGGAAACGCUCAUCCAUUACGCUGCCUGGGUGUGUAAAAGUGUCCUUUCCCUCCCUGGCAUGGGGAGAGGGCUUGACAUAUAAUCUUGCCACACACAAACACACGAGUGCCGGUCGGUGGCCAGAGGGAGGGGUAAUGCAGGGACACACACGCCCCAGUAUGAGUGGGGCCACCUUAGCACUCUGAAUGCUCCCUGGCCGAGGAGCAGCGGUGGCACGAGACAGGCUGGAGUCCGCCCUCGUAAAAACUCCCCUCGGUGUCAGUUUGACUAAUUUGCUCGUCUUAUCGCUGGCAGGAUCCGACGUGCCCAUCGCAGGCACAGGGCCAUAAAACUAAUGUAGUGAGGAGGCAGGCCGCAAAAUGAUAGAUACGGCCCGUCGCUUGGAACAAGCAUUAGCUUUAUGAACCAGGGGUAAUUGAAAGGAAAUAUUUGUCAUUGGUCUCCGGCGGACGAGAAGUUUGCAGCAAACUUUGCGGCGACUGCCUCUGUUGGUCGGUUUGCCCACCAUCCCGGUGCGUAGGGACACAGGGUGUUAAGAGGCAGUAGUUACUGGGCAGUGGGGCAAGUUGGUCUCCACUUGCUAUCCUGGGCUUCGCUCCUUCUUUGUUCCUUCAGGAACAAUCAACCCCCCUAAUGGCAAGCUCAGGUGAGGUGGGCCAACAGAACUUCAGCCAGAACGGGGCCACUGAGAAACAAGAGGGGGGUAUCGGCAUAGCCUGGGAAACCCCGAAGUUUGCUAAACUACAAAAAAACCUGCAAAGUGGCGUGGGGAGAAAGUCCCAGAACAGCCGAAUUAAGACUGAGCAUGCUCAGUGGCCUGAAAUGUUGUGCAUCUGUUGUGGCGGGUGGGGGGCAGAAAACUGGGGUAGUGGCACAAUAGGGGACUCUGGAAGAGGGUGUGGCUUGCUGACUGGCAGAAACAAUGAACUGGGUAACUCCACGCUGCAAUGUUUCGUUGCCAGCCUCAUUUGUUUUGGCAGAGGUCAUGCAUGUGUCUUGUUUAGAACGAGCCCUAAAGGUAAAGGUAAAGGGACCCCUGACCGUUAGGUCCAGUCGUGGCCGACUCUGGGGUUGCAGCGCUCAUCUCGCUUUAUUGGCCGAGGGAUCCGACGUACAGCUUCCAGGUUAUGUGGCCAGCAUGACUAAGCCGCUUCUGGCGAACCAGAGCAGCUCAUGGAAACACCGUUUUCCUUCCCACCAGAGCAGUACCUAUUUAUCUACUUGCACUUUAAUGUGCUUUUGAACUGCCAGGUUGGCAGGAGCUGGGACCGAGCAAUGGGAGCUCACCCCGUCGCGGGGAUUCGAACCGCCGACCUUCUGAUAAGAAAGUCCUACGCUCCAUGGUUUAAACCACAGCGCCACCCGCGUCCCUGAGAAUGAGCCCUACAUAGCCCUAAACAAGGGGUGGGGUGCCUCUACUCACAAGCCAAUCUUUGCCCGCCAGACAGUCCAGUUUGACCCACGAGUCCAGUUCCCUGAAGAAACAGGCCCACCUGCCCAUCAACAGAUGUCAGCAGGAUUUCCUCUCUAGUCACCAGUGUGUGGAUUAAAGCCUGUUCCCUUCUCCUUUAAACAAGAGGGGGUGGCAAGGGGGUGGGGGGCUACCUUAUCCCCACCACUCACUGCUGUCGUCCACCAGUUUAGAGGAGAAGCAGAACAAAGGUGCCCUUUGAAGAUGCCUCACCCCUUUAAGGGAGCAAUGUAUGGUGGCAGUGUGUGGGGAGGACUCUUCUACCUCCACUGCUGUCCAUUCACUCACUUAAAGGAGCAGGGAGCCUGUUUCAAAGGGUGCUUUUGCAAAGCGCUUUAAGUCCAUCUCUGCACUCUUAUCUGAGUCUCCAUAGGCUCAGACAGAAGUGCAGGCACUGGCUGAAAGCUGCAAAGCACUGUCUGAAGCAGCCUAAACACCACAAGGAGGGGGGCUGCUUCAAAGAGUGCUUUGCAGCUUUAAGACAGUUCCCUUGCUCCCAACAAGAGUGUAGAUUCUGUCUUAAAAUGCUUUGCAAAAGUGCUAUUUGAAGCAGCCUCUCCACCCCUUCUUUAAGCACCUGGGAAGCAGUUUGGGGUCUGAUACAGGCACAAUUGAGCUGUCUUAAACCCUUUGGAAGUUUCCCUGUGUCCCCCUUUAAAUCUCCGACAUCUGAGCUUUAAGGGGGAGUGUGGGGAGAUCUCCCCACCUAUCAGUCAUUUGAUAUCAUAAUGACAUAAUACGAUUGCCCCCACUCACCUGUCAAAUUUGGUCCUCAGGGCCGAACCUGAGAGUGCUGUGGCCAGUGGAGCCAAAAAGGUGACCUCCCUAAAUAAAUAUCUGUUUAUUUCAUUAAGGAUCAUUAGCUCAACCCAACAGGUAUUUUUUUUGUGUUUGUGCAUAGACCCUUAGGGCAGGGUCUAACAGUAUUCAACAGUUUUUUUAAAAAAUCAUAUGAUAAAAGAACACUGCUAACAGCAGAUAAUAUAUUCUGUUAAAAAAUAUUGCUACCAAGAAAGCAAGAAAUAGAGAUGUUAAUUUAGUACUGCCACAGCCUGCCCAAAUCCUUGCCAGAAAAGCUAUGUUAAGGCUGCAAUCCUAAACAAGCUGGGAAAGGAACACAGCGAGACUUCCUUCCAAGUUGUCCUGCCUUGAUUCAUCCUGUAAAUGCUGGAGACGAUAGCAAGAUUUCACCUUUUCUUUCUUGGUCUUUUAUUUUUAUCCUUUUUUUUUAAGACCUCAAGCCCCACAAGUUUCCCAAGCAUAGGGUGCGUGACACUGUAAACAAACCUCGCACAUUCACAAACCUCGUCCCCACAUGUGGGCUCUAUACUAGACGGUUCCGUAGUGCAAGGGUCACUCGGAUCACAUCCUAACCAUAACAUUUAAACCAUACCACUUUAAGAGUCAUGGCUUCCCCCCGCCACACACACAAAGGAUCCUGGGAAGUGUAGUUCAUUAAGAGUCUCCUAACAACUUUCAGCAUCCUCAGCAACCUACAGUUCCCAGGAUUCUUUGGGAAGAAGCUGUGGCCCUUGAAGUGGUAUGAAAGUGCUUUAAACGUAUGUCGCGGGUGUGAUCUGUGUUACUCAUUAUUGAUCACUGUGGGCAUGUUGAAUUUUGCAACUUUCACAUUCCAAAAAUGAGGGAUUCCAAAAUGGUUGCAGCAUGACUUGGGAAUCCAAAAGAUAUUUGGGUUCAAUUAAUAUAAUUUAGUUAUGCCUAGUAAGUAAAACAUCUGUCAAAUUGCAUAGAAAUCGUUAAGAAUGAGCACGAAGUAAUUGCAAUUAUUAUUAUUAUUAUUAUUAUUAUUAUUAUUAUUAUUUAGCAUUACCUGACAUUUUCAGAAGGUAUUUCUUCAUCAGACUUAGACUUACCAAGUUAAAUGUCGUCCAGUCACAAAAUAAUAGCAAUUUUUUUAUUCCUCACACCCUAAAAUGUAUUUUUAAGACCACCUCAAGAAAUUUGCAAAAAUUAAGUUUCACCCCCUAAAAUGAGAAGGCCUAACCCUAUGUACAGACGAGAAUUUCUUGUAUCUGACGUAUUUGUGGACCAGGAAUCAGAGGAAGAACCAAACCAGGCUGUGCCCAGGCACUAUGCCAUUUAUGGCUCAUGGUUGCAUUGCAUAAACAAGCAAACAGAAGAAUUGAUUUAGCUAUAGGGACCUCUUAAGGAAGGAGAACAAACAUCCUUUUACUGCCAAUAGUUCCUGGUUUCUAGAUGCUGUGGCCAUCUUAUCACAAAUUUACCUUUGCAUGCUCACUUGGAAAUCCAAACGCGAACAGAAGCUAUACACGUGGUUGAGUUCCUGGUCCCCUGCAGGGUUCAAUGGCAUCUGAAUCUUCAGGAUGGCCGAUCCAGAUGACUUGCAGCUUUUCCCUGCAGAAGUUCCCCUGCAGAGAGCUCAGCAAGUUGGGGAUGUAUGCAGUUGCAAUAUUUGUGUGUCCCCGCGUGUCCAGCGAGGCAGUCAGGGAUGGGGGUGCGGAGAUGAAUGAUUGGAUACAUCAGCAUCCUUUCAUCUGUCAUCCUGAUGAGGCAAAGGAGCUUUAAUCGACUUUAAUAGCCAUCAAAUGGCAUCAACAACUUCUCCUAAUACGCAAAUCAAUUAGCAAGAUUGAUUGGCAGGAGCAGAGUGGUCAGGUGGCUCUGGGAGGCAAGGAAGGAGGGCUGCAGCCGUUUUGGAAAAUCCAGAGCGAUGGAGAAGACUUUGGAAACAAUAGUGUUGCUGUGCUGUGGUGCCCUGGGGACUCGUGCAGGCAUUCCUGUUACUCCUCGUUUGCCGAUGUAACUGCUGCAUUACUCUUUUUUUCAUUCGCUGCAAUCCUGUCUCCUUAGUCUGCGGCUUAGAAUGGACAAGUGGGAGCCUGCAACAAAAUGUUGCACUGGUGUCAUGCUGUUCGGCAUUCCAGCUAGGCACCCAUGCCCUUUCCCUGAAUACGCCGCUCCAUUUUCCCCACUCCACGUAACUCUGUAGUUCCCAUCUAUGGCUGCUGCUGCUGUGAUAAUGAUAUCUGGGUACAUGCAAAGGCAGGCUCUGGCGGAUGGAGCAGAUGAGACCAUCCAACGGUCAAGAAGGCAGAUACCGCAAGUGCCGUAGAGAAAAAUGAGGGGUGGAUGGGGUUCAUCAACCUGAGAAGGUAACCCAUGUAGGAGAAGGAAAACUCUGAUCCUCCAUUGUGGGAUAUCUUCAGGAGUAGAAAAGACGAAAGACUAAACCCGACACAUACCGUAUUUUUCGCUCUAUAAGACACACCUGACCAUAAGACGCACCAAGUUUUAGAGGAGGAAAACAAGAAAAAAAUGUUCUCUCCCUCUCUGCGCAGUGCCUCUCCAGCAAAGCGGGAGGAGAAAUGGAAGGGGCUCCGUUUCUCCUCCCACUUCGCUGAAGGGGCGCUGCGAGAGAGGGAAAGCUGUGUAGCGGCUCUCCACCGAAGCGGAGCCAGGAGAGCAAGAGGGAUCGAUCCCUCUUGCUCUCCUGGCUUCAGCGAAAGCUGCGCAGCCUGCAUUCGCUCCAUAACACACACACACAUUUCCCCUUACUUUUUAGGAGGGGGAAAGUGUGUCUUAUGGAGUGAAAAAUACGGUACCUGGAGUGGAGUUCCUAAGACUGUUUGACGGCACUUUGUAUGCCUCCUUCUGCAACAUCUGCCGCCAAACUGUUUGCUCUGCUUUCCUUUGGACCACAUCAGCAAGGUCAAGGGGAGUGGGUCUUGUUGUCUGAACAGCCCAGGACCUCCAGACACACUGCCCAGGCUUGCGCCCUGGGGAGGUCACUUCAUUGCUGCUGCUAACACAGCGGUUUGACUUCACCCCCAGAGACACACUCCAUUGUCUCUUGAGAAACCUCUUGUGGAAGAGGCACACAAAGAAUGGCCUCAGAUGGUGAUUGCAGGGUCCAGGCUGGCUCUAUGGGGAGAGGUGGUCCUUGAGGUAUUGCGAUCCUGAGCCGUGUAAGGCUUUAUAAGUGAAAACCAGCACUUUGAAUGGGGCCCAGAAACUAAUCGGCAGCCAGUGCAGUUGAUCAGUGUAGUACAGUGGUACCUCGGGUUAAGUACUUAAUUCGUUCCGGAGGUCCGUUCUUAACCUGAAACUGUUCUUAACCUGAAGCACCACUUUAGCUAAUGGGGCCUCCCGCUGCUGCCGCGCUGCUGGAGCCUGAUUUCUGUUCUUAUCCUGAAGCAAAGUUCUUAACCUGAAGCACUAUUUCUGGGUUAGCGGAGUGUGUAACCUGAAGCGUAUGUAACCCGAGGUACCACUGUAUCAUCAAACCAUCUUGCCCCAGUAAACAACCUGGUUGCCAAAUUCUGCACCAUCUGAAGUUUCCAAAUGUUCUUUAGAGGCAGCACUGUGUAUAAUGCAUUGCAGUAAUCUAACCUAGAGACUACUAGAGCAUAGUCAACAGUUGUUAGGCUAUCCUUGCCCAGAGAGGAGUGCAGCUGGGCCACCAGCCCAAUCUGAUGGAAGACACUCUGUGUCACUGAGACCACCUGAGCCUCAAGAGACAAGCUGUGUGCCUUCUCCUUUACUGGGACUGUAACCCCACCGAGAGCAGGCAACCUCCCAUCCCUUUCAUUUUGAGCAUCCCUCUGAUUGCUUCCGCCAAAUCACUAGGCUUCUGACUAACCAGCUAAGCUGAUUUGAGGAGUACUGGAUGGCUAGACUCUAACCAAGGGUGCCUGUGUUUUGUUUGACAGAUGAACCGCCCAAUCCAAGUGAAGCCAGCAGACAGCGAGGGCCGAGGAGGUAGGUUGCUCUUCAUUUUCAACCCAUUCAUCCAUGCUUGACUAACUAACCCUGAGGAUCUAUUUAGUGUCUCGCCUGGGAGCACAGUUGCACCACCACCCAGUAACGGCCGAUCAGACACUUCUAGCACUGCAGCUGCACUGUGCCAAAAUCCCCUCUGCGUUGCCCGUUUCCCUCUCAGUCAGCAGCAGAGAUGUGAGGUGUUCGGAAGCCGAGAGAUCAGUGCAGACCCACCGACCACCAUCUCCUCAUUAAAAUGAGUGAACAGGAUGAAGGUCCAUUAAUUUAAAUAAAUCUCUCCUGAACAAAACCACCUUUUUGUUCUUUCUGGGUUUUAGUGUUUGGUUUUGUUAAUUUAAACUGCAUUUUCCGUCUCUGUUUUCUUUUUGUGCAUCCACCUUGGGGGCCCUUAUUACAGCUUAGAUAAUAAAACGUUUAAUUUAAACAAAUAAAUACCAUACACAGAACAUAGAUGCUUUUCUUGCUGAGGCUGAUGCUCCAGCCUGCACCCUUUACCUCAGUUGCUCUGGCUAACACACUCUAAAAUUUCACCUGCCUUUAAUGUGGUUUGCCCCCUUCCCCAAAGUGGCUUUUCUUGUUAUUCAUCUCUCUCCCAAAAGUGGCUUCUCAAGAAAGGAUUCUGAGAGGUUUGCUGAUGGAAACAGAUUUCUGACAUGGGCCUCCUGUUUCCAAGGCUCUCGGCUGGGUGCUUGCAGCUAUAGCUCAGCUGGCAGAUCAUGAAACUCUUAAACUUAGGGCCAUGGGUUCGAGUCCUGCAUUGGGCAAAAUAUUCCUGCCUUGCAGAGGGUUCCAAAUGCUGCAAUUCUGUGAUUCUAUUAUCCUUUGCUCUCUUGUUGUGGUAGUACUUCAGCCAUGAGGGCUGCAUCCAGCAUAGCCAAUGGGAAGACAGGAAGAGGCAGCAGGACACUGUCAUUGGAUGGGGUGAACCUUGAGGGAUGGAUGGGAACAUGUGAUUGAUAGCUGGAUUUGUUUCAUGCCUGGCUGCACCUACUAGGUAGGCAUACAUUUUGGGUGCCACAGAUACUUUCUUCAAAAAACACACAGUGUUCAUAACACAGAGAGGCUUGUGAGGCAGUCUUUCUGUUAAUGAAAAUAUUGAUGAUCAUAGCACAGUCCUGCACAAUCUACUCCAUGCAUUUAAAGCACGUGACUUCCCACAAAGAAUCAUGGGAACUGCCGCCUGUUAAGGGAGCUGAGAAUUAUGGGAAGUCAUGCGCUGUAACUGUGCAUCGUAUGUGCUUUAAAUGCGUGCUGUGGAUCACAGUGGUGCAUCAACUUUAUACAUAAGAAAAGAAAUCAGAAUGCUGUGCCAUGGAUAGGGAUACAGCCACCUGCAUGCAUAAUGCAGAUUUUGCAUAUUUGCAUGCUUUUUUCCUUAUUUUGCAUAAUGUAUUCUGUUUCUGCUAGUCACAGGGAGGGACGAGGAACAGCACAAGGCACUGAAACUCCACCCCUUCCCCUGAGCAACCGAAAACAGUCAGCUGUCCAUUGGGCUUUUUGCAUUUAGCAGAUUUGCGUUAUAUCAAGCCUCUCUUCCAAUCCAUAGGGGCCAGCAGCUAAGCGGCUAGCUUAAAACAAUCGAAAGCUGGGAGUCUUGUGACAAUGGAUUUUGUACGUAAUACCACGGUUUGCACCUUUUCUAGUCUCGUGUGGAACUGUGGACUAACGAUCAUGAGAGCCAGCGUGGCCUAAUGGUUAGAGUUUUGGACCAGGACCUCACAGGGUUGUUGUGAGAAUAAAACAGAGAGAGGGAGGAGAAAUGUUUGUGCUACCUUGAGCUCUGUAGAGAAAAAGUGGGAUGGAAACGUUACAAUAAAUAAAUAACCUUCCUUACAUAAGCAAAUGAAGUCCGCCCCUUGUCAGGUUUUCUGUCCAUCUGGCUCUCCUUUGCAGUAGUUAUAGGCCAUCUAAAUAACAUUGCUCACAAACAUAAAACUAUCAUAGAAUUGUAGAGCUGGGAGGGACCAUGAGGGUCAUCUAGUCCAACCCCACACAUUGCAAGAAUGUUUUCCCAAUGUGGGACUUGAACUCAUGACCAUGAGUUUAAGUGUCUCAUGCUAGCUCAGUUGGUAGAAGCAUGAGGCUCUUCAUCUCAGGGUUGUGGGUUCAAGUCCCUCAUGGGGCAAAAAUAAAUAAAUCCUGCAUUGCAGGGGAUUCGACUAGAGAACCCUUGUGGUUCUUUCCAUUUUUACAAUUAUAUGUGCCUAUGCUAAGACACAUUAUUAAAACACAGUAUCAUAAAACAACAAAUUGCAACAUUAAAAAUAUAUAUUGCAGUGAGCACUUUUUACAGCUUACUGGGACUGGUAAAUGAGGCAAACCUCAUUUAAACAGUAUUUUGAAACACCAAGAUCAAAGUUUCUUGAAAGGCCUGGGAGAAUUUUCUUUUAAAAAGUCUUCACCUGGUAAUGCCAGAAGGACAUAGCAGAGGAGCCAGGAUGGCAAUGCUAAGGAUGUCCUCCUCCUGGGUAUCUGUUCAUUUAACUUUGCUUAGCCUCAGGGGUCCUUUUGUCCCCCCUCCCAGCCAGCCACAUGUUCUCAGUUUGAGACAUUUUGGUGUUGCGAGAGCCCCACCUGAGCUCAACCACAUCUGUCUCAACCACAUCAACCCCUUUCUUUCUCUGGCUGAUCUCAUUACAGGCUGGGCUGGGGCCAAUGCUGGGAUCUUAAAGGCCACUGCUCUGGUGCUGCCUUGCGGUGGCUCUGUCACUCCUGCCUGCAGUUAGACCCAAUUCCUCCCCUCGAACUGUCAGGCAGCCGUGGAUUAUUGCAUUUGAGGCGCAACACAAGUUGAGAUAAAGCGCCCUGGGAAUCAAUGAGGAGCUGGCCUCAGCCUGGUUCCCCAUUGAUUGAUGAACCUGUUCCUGCAUCAAGCACAAUUACUCCUGGGGUGGCGGGGGCAAGAGCCAGUCAGGACUUAGGUGCUGCUGUGAAACUGACACCCCCAGGUAGAGGAUGGCUGGAGAGGCAGCUUCUGUGCCUUCCCUCUGUGAGUUUGUUACAAAAGCCUGGCUAUAUCUUGUGGCAGGCAGUCAUCAAGAUUUGUUCUUCCACCUUUCAUGGUGGUUUGCCUGCUUUGUCUACAUUCCGUCACCCUCGUACCUACGGGACCGCCUCUCCUGGUAUGCCCUGCAGAGGACCUUAAGGUCCACAAAUAACAACACUUUGCAGCUCCCAAGCCGCAAGGUAGUUAGAUUGGUCUCAACUAGGGCCAGGGCCUUUUCAGUACUGGCCCCGGCUUGGUGGAACGCUGUGUCACAAGAGACUAGGGCCCUGCGGGACUUGACUUCUUUCCUCAGGGCCUGCAAGACAGAUCUAUUCUGCCUGGCCUUUGGUUUGGACUCAGUCUGACCCUUAUGUUUCCCUCCCCUUAUGGUUUUGAUUUAUGGGCUAGUAUUAAAAUGAGGCUGCAUUUUAAAUUGUAUUUUAACCCGUAUUUUAUUAAACUGGGGUUUUUUUGUUUGUUUGUUCCCCCCCCCCAUUAUGUUUUAUUGUAAUUUUAUUGGUGGUAGCUGCCCUGAGCCCAGCUCUGGCCGGGGAGGGCUGGGUAUGCAUAAAAAAUUAUUGUAUUAUUAUUAUUUUUUGGUCCCGUUGAGUUCUGUUUUCUCCUAAGCUGUUCCAGGAGAUGGGCCUCAGCAUGCAGAGAACAGAAAAGUCUAAUGGAGAAGUUUUAGGCAUUUCCUGUCUCUGAGCUCCAGGGCAGGCAACACAAGGUUAUGUCCAGAGCAUUUUUUUAAGCUAGAACUUGCUAGAACUUAGUUCCAGCACUUCUCAGGUGGGUUCCACUGCCAUUAUAAGUGAACAAGGGAGGCGUUCAUGGUGAGUUCUGGCCCCUCUUUUUCUGGAAGAAUAACACUGGUUAUGCUCUUAUCAAAUUGGUCUUAUUCUCAAGGUAAUUAGUUGGGGUUUUUAUGUAAAAAAAGGGGAGGAUGAGGACAUGGGUAUAGCCAGGAUUUAUUUUAGGGGGGGGACAGGCAUUAUUUUGGAGGGGGCAGAACCAAGUUAUUUGCGACACAAUCGGUCAGUUAGUUAAGUAUUUCUAUUUCUUUACUUGAUUUGGGGGGGGGGCAGCUGUGCACCCCAGUACUCCCCUGGCUACCCCCAUGGAUGAGGAACCUGUGGCUACCCAGAUGUUGGAUUCCAGCCUCCAGGAGCUCCCGUCCACAUGGCCAAUGGUCAGAGAAGAUGUGAGCUGCAGUCCAAUGACAUCAGGAGAGCCACAGGUUCCCCAUCUCUGAUUCAGAAUACGUAUAUCCUGCUCUCAAGGCAUCUUACAAAAGAUUUGCACAAUGCAACACAGACUGGGCAUAGUUUCAGCGAGAGAAAUAAACAUGCCGUCCACAUGAUUACUCCACUGGCAUUUCCUGCCUGCGUUCCCUGGUGUGACCCUUUAGCCUCCACCUAGUAGACAGCAGAGCCCACAAAUGGCCUCUGUGCUGGCAAAGCUACUUAAAUAACACAGGCGGUGCCCAGAGAGAAAAGAAAUCCUGAUAACACUUUACUGAGGAAACUGAUAAAAAACUGUAUAUAAUUUGAGCAGAAAGGAACCUAAAGUUUUUUUUUCUUUCCUCGUGCAUAAUAGGGAUAAAGGUAAAGGUAAAGGGACCCCUGACCAUUAGGUCCAGUCGGGACCGACUCUGGAGUUGCGGUGCUCAUCUCGCUUUAUUGGCCAAGGGAGCCGGCGUUUGUCCGCAGAUAGCUUCUGGGUCAUGUGGCCAGCAUGACUAAGCCGCUUCUGGUGAACCAGAGCAGCGCACGGAAACGCCAUUUACCUUCCCGCCGGAGCGGUAUCUAUUUAUCUGCUUGCACUUUGACAUGCUUUCGAACUGCUAGGUUGGCAGGAGCAGGGAUCGAGCAACGGGAGCUCACCCCAUCACGGGGAUUCGAACCGCCAACCUUCUGAUCAGCAAGUCCUAGGCUCUGUGGUUUAACCCACAGCGCCACCCGCGUCCCUGCAUAAUAGGGAUACAUUCAACCAAACAUAAUAGCAUGUGUAACCUCUCUAGAGAUCAUGCCACUGUGCCUGCUUGCUCAGUAGCAUCCUCCUCCUCUUGGCUAGUUGACUUUAACACUAACAGGGUUAACCCUUCAGUUACAAAGUGAAUGAUCCUUGCUGCUGCAGUUCCAACAGCCUGAGGCAAGGGAGUGGGGGCUGAGCAGCUUUCCCUCGCUGGCACUUGGCAGUUGCCAGGCAGUAGCUCCCUCUGAGGGCUUCUGAGGCAAGAGGGGAGGCCAACCAAGCAGCUGGAACUCCUGACAGCCAAUGAUUAGGGAUGCUUGAGGAAUUUUAUUUCUGCAAAGUGACCUAAUCUGCACCUCCUCAACUAAUGUGUGGUUCAGAACUUAAUUAUCCAUUGCACUUCACUCUUCUCUUCCUUUUGUGGUACUGUUCUCAAAAAAAAAAAGAAAGAAAGAAAGAAACCCAAAAAACACCAUGCCAAAAUGUAUUUUUAAAAAUACAUAUUUCAGGAUAAAAUGCAUUUGGAAGUGCAUGCAUUGAGAUAAAAUACAUCUUUAAAUGUGAACAUAGUGUCUUGCGAAAGAACAAUGUCAAACCAGAAUUGAUGAUCUCCUUCUACUGGGCCACAAUAGAAAGUGUCCUUUCAUACUGUAUUACAGUGUGGCACGCUGGUUUGACAGCCACGGACAGGAAGUCCCUACAGAGGGUGGCGAAUACAGCACAUGACAUCAUGGGCUGUCCCCGGAGUUUGCUAGAUGACAUCGCAGGAGGCAGCUGCCUCAGGAGAGCGAGGAAAAUUCUUAGGGACGACUCACACCCUGGCCAGCAUUUCUUUAAUCUCCUCCCUUCGGGCAGGAGAUACAGAAGUAUAGUCAGCCGCACCAACAGGCUAAAGAACAGUUUUUAUCCGUGGCUGCUGGGCUGCUGAAUGGGGGGGGGGGGGAAAUAGUGGUGUAAUUGACUUCCGACAAGCACACAGAGAGCGAACAAGACUGAGUGUAUGGGGGGGCUUGUUUAAUUUCACUGCACACAGGUGGUGUAGUGACAAUAAAGGUUUAUUUAUUUCAUUUAUUAUUUAUUUAACAUAAGAAAGAAGAGCCUGCAGGAUCAGACCAGUGAGCCUUCCAGCCUAGCAUCCUGUUCUUGCACAGGCCAAAAAUCUGCAAGCACAGGCACCCUCUCCCCUCCUGUGGUCUCCAGAGCAGAGCCAUUGUGGCUGGUAGCCAUCGAUAGCCCUCUCUCCGUGAAUUUGUCUAGUCCUCUUUUAAAGCCAACGGGCAUUCAGAGUGUGUUGCUUCUGACCAUGAGACAAGAGUGUAGCUAUCGUAGUUUGUAGCCACUGAUAGCUUGAUCCUCCCUGAAUCUAUCCACUCCUCUUUGGUUGGUGGAAAUCGCUGCCUCCAGUGGGAGUGAGUUCCACAGGUUAACUGCAUGCUGUGUGUCAAAACUCCAUGUCCCACAGUUCCUCAGUGAUUUAGAUAUUUAGAAUCAUGGGCUAAAACAGGCCACAACUUUAUUGGUUACAGACGUGAGCAAUUUGGCUUAAGCUUUGGGUGAAGCCCGGCUAUAUCUCGACUCCCGCCCGUCUGCAGGGAGUCAAAUUAAGAGUAAACCACCAGAAGGGGGAGCCCUAUGACUUACAUCAAAUAGGGGCACCUUCAGGGGUCCCCAUUGGGGUCGUGGCAUGACCCUGGCCCAUGCCCGGGCUUCGGACAGGAUCCACACCCCCAAAUCUCUUUAACAGAAUACCCUUAAUGAGGAGGGGCAGGUGGAGGCUACAACCUCACCUCCAUUAAACAAAGGCUUACCCAAUGCCUAACCUUGCAAUGUUGCGACGAUCUCUACAAGGUAGGCAGAAACCAAGUGGCAGGUGCCAAUUUGCCAAGUGGAAAAAUUCCUACCCAGCCCCAACAAGGUGGCUGACAUUUGUCUGUAGCAAGGUCAUGCAUACCAAAGUUUAGAAAGAGGGUGCAUGGGCUGGGAGAUCCAGCAAGGAGGCAAGAGAAGGAAGCCACCGACCGAUCCAUAGUUUAAAUCACCCACAGCUACCCCCACCGGCAUAGAUUGGCUGAGCGGGGAUGACACGGCCGGGGCAGGCGCAGAAGGGGGCAUCAAUCCCCCAUCCCCGAGCCGGGUCACCACGAGGGCCCAGAUGCCCGGCCACAAUGCUGCCCACCACAAAAGUGAGCCGUCUUACUUGUCAUGAAUCGUCUAAUAGCCAGCUUCAUUGGGUGCCCACGAGCUCUGGAGAUAUGCGAGAGGGAGAUGAUGGCCAUGUUCCACCUCCACCAUCCAAGGCGAUAAUGCUUUCGAAUACCACUUGCUGGAUUCUGCAGGAGGUGAGACUGUUUACGUGCUCAAGCUUUUCAUGAGGGUUUCCCAUAGGCAUUUGGUUGGACACUGUGAGAACAGGAUGAGGGACUAGAUAGGCCAUUGUCCUGAUCUAGCAGGGCUCUUACAUUCCUAUGGUCUUCAUAGAAUUGUAGAGUUGGAAGGGACCCUGAGGGUCAUCCAGUCCAACCCCUGCAAUGAAGGAAUAUGCAGCUGUCCCAUAAAGGCAUCGAAUCUGCAACCUUGGCAAUACCGGUACCAUGUUCUAGCCAACUGAACUAUCCAGGCUUCUUAUUCUCUUUUUUAAAAGCCCUAAAUAAAGACUGAAGAGCAACAGUGAAACCAAUUACAAAGAGACCCCACACAGUUUUGCUAAUGGCAUGUGGUAGGACAGAGUUGAGGAAAGCAUGAUACAGAGAAUAGAAAACCAUUCAAUUGAACAACUGCUGGAUUAUAAACAAAGGCUUAACAGCAACGCUUGAAGCAACACACUGGGACCACCAGCACUGUACAUCCAAAGACGUCAUCCUCAAUAUGGCUUGGUGCUAUGUUCAAAUUUGACUCCUUUUACGGAUACCUUUCAUGUUGUUGUUUAGUCGUUUAGUCAUGUCCGAUUCUUCAUGACCCCACCCCAUGGACCAGAGCACGCCAGGCACUCCUGUCUUCCACUGCCUCCCGCAAUUUGGUCAAACUCAUGUUAGCAGCUUUGAGAACACUGUUCAACCAUCUCUUCCUCUGUCGUCCCCUUCUCCUUGUGCCCUCCAUCUUUCCCAACAUCAGGGUCUUUUCCAGGGAGUCUUCUCUUCUCAUGAGGUGGCCAGGUAUUGGAGCCUCAGUUUCAGGAUCUGUCCUUCCAGUGAGCACUCAGGGCUAAUUUCCUUAAGAAUGGAUAGGUUGGAUCUUCUUGCAGUCCAUGGGACUCUCAAGAGUCUCCUCCAGCACCAUAAUUCAAAAGCAUCAAUUCUUCGGCGAUCAGCCUUCUUUAUGGUCCAGCUCUCACUUCCAUACAUCACUACUUGGAAAACCAUAGCCUUAACUAUAUGGACCUUUGUCGGCAAUGUCUCUGCUUUUUAAGAAGCUGUCUAGGUUUGUCAUCGCUUUUCUCCCAAGAAGCAGUCAUCUUUUAAUUUCGUGACUGCUGUCACCAUCUGCAGUGAUCAUGGAGCCCAAGAAAGUACCAUUCAUACCUGGUUGUAUUUCUGAGCAGACAUUUCUACUGACCACAUUUAAACUACUCCUUUUGGCACCUGGUUGUGGGUCUUUGUUGUUGUUUUUUCCGGAAAGGAUCUUCAUAAGUGACGGGCACUGAAAGGAAGGUGUAAAAUGUCAUGACAACUGCUGUAACUGGGUCAGGAAAACAAUGAUGUGCCCUCUGGUACAGCACCAGCAGUAGCCCAUCAAUGAUAGAAGCCCAGCUCUGCUGGUUCUUCCUCCUUUGCCGGUUUUGAGCAUCUUCACCAGCGCAAAGCACAUGGAAUUAUAACACGAGCUUAGGUAAAUAGUGUAUGAAGAGGAAAAAGAAAAUAGCCAUUCAAAGCAACUUAUCAAGCUGCAUUAGAGAAAGCAUGCACUUCAUGGUUUAUAAAACAGUGAACAUUUGAGCAAUUAAACUCAGCUUGUGAAAAGGGCCUAGACUAUAGAAUGUUUUGAUGCAUUUGCCUUGCCGAAGCCAAGCAAGUCUGGCCUGGGGUAGGGCCUGGGUGAGAGACCACAUGGAAAACUUUCUGUACCAUUGUAAUAAAAAGUGAACCAUGAAGCAGAGUAGAACAUUGGGGGUGGCCCUCACACUGUGCUGCACUGGGUCUCAUGGCCUCAUUGACUCAGAACCCGAUGAAGCCAUUCAGAUGCUGAGUCCCUGCUAGAGGCUCUCAAUAUCCUUUGCAAACUACAGUUCACUGGACUCUUUGCAGUGUUGGAAGCCAUGACUGUUAAAGUGUUAGAACAGUGCUUUAAACGUGUGCUGUUGGUGUGGCCAAAGUAUAUGGUAUGCAAGUGAUUUUGACAGCUGAGACAGAAAAUAAUCUCUCCUCUUCUCUGAAACUAAAAAUACAAUAAUAUAAAAUUUAAAAAUCAGUGCUUUUGUUAAGUCAAAAGGGUGCCAGUAUCCCCAGAAAAAAGCACUGUGAAUAACUAACACUUUGUUGUCCUUUCAUGACACCCAAAACCUGCCGUCUGAGGCAGCCGCCUCACUUUGCCCAAGGGUAGGGCCAGCCUUCCAGCAUCCCAGGUAUGCACUUUACUAGGGUUGCCGUACGUCCAGAAUUCCCCAGACAUAUCUGGAAUACUGUACUCAGAAGCAGCGUCCGGGUGGAAAUCGUAAAAAUGCCCAGGGAAAUCUGGAUGUAUGGCAGCCCAUGUUGGCAGUGUCGUUUUUGGCGAUUUUCCUUAAAAUUAGCUCAACAACUUUGGGCAAAACUUUAAAAAGCUCAAUUAAUUUGCCCCCCACCGCUGCCCAAAAAGCUGUUUGAAAUAUGGCAAGCCUAACUUUACAGGGUUGAGAUGCACCUGUUGCUCUUUCUUUCAGCCAUCUUUUCAUCCCAGAGGAACUUUGCAGAGUAGAGCAGGAAUUUGGGUUUUUUGAACCAGAGCUGUGAGCAACACCCUCUGGUUAUUUUUCUCCCUCCAUAUCUGAAUCAGCCCUUCCCAUAGAAGGAGAAAGACACGUACACACAAAUGAGCACACAUUCUGCUUUCCCAAGUGAUAGCCAGUAAAAAGUAAUCAGAGACUUGAAAAGCCCAUAGAGCUGAUUGGAGAAAUAGGAAAGACUGUCACAUUUCCAACUUCCUUCCUCCGAUCUAUAUACUUCAGGAUAAAGGCAGCCACUCUCAGCACCUCAUGACCAAGUGGGCAGGGAGAGGGGUCCCAGAGGCCUCAUGGGUACCAGGGAAAGACCUCAGGCGCAUUGCUGUGCCUGUAGGUGCCACAUUGACAAUCCUUGCAGUAGAAGUUGCGAGUGCAGCAUUUGCAGCGAUAAACCAAGAGACAGUUGGAGCAGAUUGUACUCUGGAGAUAGGAGUCUUUGCAGCCCUUUCCAUUAGCCAGAAAACUGAAUCAUAGUACAAGUAUAUUGAGAUGUUUGGAAAAUGUUGUUCUAGUUACCUGUUGUUGCUUUUAGAAAACUAUUGAAGGCUUGUCAAUAAGCUCACCAGUAUACCAUAAUCUGGCCUUGACAGUGUGGGUCUAACACCCAAGCUCAGCUGGCUGUGACCCCCUUCCUCUGCUCUUUCUGCAUCUCAAGAAGCUGCAGGGAUUGUGGCCAGUGGAUGACUAGCACCCUCUAGGGGAAAUACCAGGCCAGUGGCUCGCCCUAGAACAAAGAUUGGCUUCGUGCUUGGCAUCAAAAACCACAUUGCAAAACUUUUUCCAUAGUCUGUUCAAACCGAACUCUACAAUCAUGAGAGAUGGACUAGGACUUUUAAUUAAAACUUAUACAUACAUUAUUUUAGAGGUGGACCAUUGCUCCAAAACUUUCUCAGAUUGACUUUGGAGGAUUUUCUGUGUUUUCCUGGGGUGGAGGGAUGGAAAGAACGUUCACAUCUCCAAAGUUAAUACAAAGAUAAGAAAAAGGUUGCAACAUGAACACCAGGCACGUCCCUGAGCAAACCACAAUUGGUAAACCGAGAACAAGUCUUAUUGCAGCGCAUGGUAGCGCAGCAGCAGCAGCAGCAGCAGGAAGAAUGAGUUGCUGAUGGGAUUUAAAAGUCCAACAGCAUCUGGCAGGAAACUCAUAGGAAUAAGUGAAUCUGCCUUUCCCAUUUUUUCCAGUCUUCCAUUCAGUUCUACAUAUUUCCAUAUCAGUUUGGGGGGGACGACGACAAUUUUUAAAGGUUCUCACGAAAAUUCAUUAGCAAAUUUCUCCUGAUACAGUGGUACCUCGGGUUAAGUACUUAAUUCGUUCCGGAGGUCCGUUCUUAACUUGAAACUGUUCUUAACCUGAAGCACCACUUUAGCUAAUGGGGCCUCCUGCUGCCGCCACACCGCCGGAGCACGAUUUCUGUUCUCAUCCUGAAGCAAAGUUCUUAACCUGAAGCACUAUUUCUGGGUUAGUGGAGUCUGUAACCUGAAGCGUAUGUAACCUGAAGCGUAUGUAACCCGAGGUACCACUGUAUACACAUUUCUGCAAGCACUUUUCACUGACAUAAUGCAUUUUUGCAUGCUGUUUUCCGUAACGUAUGCAUUUUGUGCAUAGUUUGCCCUGGCAUAUGCAUCUUCGUACACAACCAGACUGGAGAAUUUCACUGCAAAAUCUGGGGAAGUAGAAAUCUCAGAGGAUGACAAUGUUUCCUUUCCUGUAUUGCUUUAAGGAGUGUGGGUUUGGUAGGUUGCCCUUUCAAUGCAAACCGAGCCAAAUCAUUCUGAGCAGCACUCAUUCAUUAAUUUACUGCAGUUAUAGUCUAUUUUUUUCCACAAGGAAUUCAAGGUGGCAUACAUGAUUCUCCCCCUCCCCAUUUAAUCUCCACAACAACCACCCUGUGAAGUAGGUUAGGCUGAGAGGCAGUGACUGGCCCAGUGUCACCUAGUAAGUUUCAUGAGCAAGUGGGGGGGUGCACCCUGUUCUACCAGGUCCCAGUCCAACACUAACCACUAUGGAACACUGCCUCUCCUUGCUUUAAUGGCCUACAUCAAACCAGACAUAGGUAGAUUUUGGCAAAGCUCUAAUGCCCCAUUUCUCCUCUCUCUCUCUGUGCACCUUCUUCCCCAUUUCCUGUGGCGCCUGUCUGCAGACAAAUGCACACGAGGAUCGGUAUUUUAAACCCAGUGAUGUUUUAUUCCCAGGGUUCAGUUGCUUGAGCAGGGUAAAUAACAGUGUAUUCAGAGAGAGAUGUAGUUAUUAAACACGACUCAGCUGGUGCCAGCAAAAGCUCCGUGCGUCCCAAAGGGAACUGGGAAAUAAAUUACCCACUUACAGAAUGUAAUUGGUGAGGGAUUAAAAAUCAAUAGACAGGCAAGAACAAGCAAGCUGCCUCAGCCGGGCUCUGUGGAAGAGGAGAAAUCCCAUUGCAAGAGGAUGGCACUCUCGUUGCCCAAGAGCACGUGCCCAAGAGCACAGUUUCUGGCUAUCUGGGGGCUCCUCUGCCUUUUAAGAGGUCAGGGGCAAAGAGAUGUUUGAUAGGUAAAACGUGCUGUGGUAGAAUGGACAGGCCUUUCCGCCCAAGUCCCACAGGCCCACUGGAAUGGACUGUAGGAUUUAGAUGCAAGAAACCUUAGAUUCAAGGCCCAGCUCAGCAGUGCUCUAUCCCUUUGGCCCUGCACUGUUUUCCCAGAGGAUCAGAUGAAAUAUACCAAAAUAUGCCUCUAACUCUCCUGGGAACGAAAUCAUUAAAAGUGCAGGAGGCCACUUUGAAGUAAUAGUUCCCCAAUUCGUCCAGCACAGUUGCAUUGGUUUGUGGCCGGCCUUGUGAAAAAGAGCAAGCCCCUCUUUGGCUUUUUGAAAUGAAGCAGAACUGGAAUGAAUGCAGACAAAAGGGAUAAGAAGGAAUACAGCCUUCGGCAGGGCUUGGAAGAAUGAGUAUAGACAGAACUGGAUCGAGGUCUGAGGGGGCAAGGGGCAAAACGUCCUUUGGCAGUGGGCUCAGGUGGGUUUGCCCUGCAGUAAUGGCAUGGCUGUGAGCAACACAGGGCAGCCGUGAUUUCCCACAAUGCUCCAGAGUAAUGCUACAUCAAGAGCAUUGUGGGGAAUUAAAGGGGUGGCUUCAGUCAGCUGCCACAGGGAGUGCUGGGUCAGAAAAUAAUAAUAAAGAGGAUUCCAACAUAAGCAUUAGCUGUGCACCCUGGUGGGGCAUUUGAACUCUGACAGCUGCCCCAAGAUGCCAGGUGCAGAUACCAGCCUUGAGGAUCUGUCAGUUUCAGCUUCUCAUUUUUCUAGUCUUCACAUUUCCUCAUCUCUUUGCAGUUUUUUGAUUCAGCACCUCAUGAAAAUUCUUAUUAUUAAUGAUUUUCAGUUUUAUACAUUUCAAUAAUUUUAUAAUCAUUUUAACAUUUCAAAAUUUGACUUCCUUCCCCCACUUUCUGCAUUUCCUUAAGCUCUCUUUUUAUGUACAGCAUUGUAGGUGCCCAGUCAAUCAUUGCUUUAUUAUUAUUAUUAUCAUUAAUAAUAAUAAUAAUAAUAAUAAUUUUAUACAUUUCAAUAAUUUUACAAUCAUUUCAACAUUUCAAAACUCGACUUCUUUCCCCCUCUUUCUGCAGUUCCUUAAAUUUAUUUUUUAAUAUUUUCUGCAUAUCCAAAUUAAUUUGCUCAUUCAUUCAUCUACUUUGAAUAUAUACUUUUAUAAAACUGCAGGUUAUUACAACAAUCCUGCCAAUGUUCUUAUCUGUUUACAGUUUAUUUGUAAAUAUUCCAUAAACCAUUUCCAUUCUUUUAUAAAAGGUUUGUUAUCUUGAUUUCUUAUUUUUCUGUUAAGUUUCUCCAUUUCUGCAUAUUCCAUAAGUUUUUGAAUCCAUUCUUCUUUCUUCUUCUUCUUUCCCUUUUUGGGCAAGUAUCAUUCUUGCCACUGUAGUCACAUACAUGAAUAAAUUUCUGCACAGUUUGGAUAGUUCUGUCCCUCAUGUAAAUUCAGCAUCAUUUCAUUGCAAACUGUUCCUUACACAUUUUUCUAUGCAAUUUCCCCAAUACAGUAUGCACUUUUUUCUUUGCGAUUUCCCCAUAUAUAAUGCAUUUUUGCAUGUUAUUUUCACCCACAUGUGCAUUUAAAUGAACACUUUGCCCCAGUAUAUGCAUUUUUGUAUGCUGUCACCACCCUGAGACCGGCAGGUUUAGGGCAGUAUACAAAUUUUAAUAAUAAAUCAUCAUCAUCAUCAAUUUUUGUACAUGCUACUUGGCUGGAGAACUGAACUGCAAAAUUUAGAGAGGUGCAAAUUUUAAAAGAUGGCUCAGUUUGCAUAUUGUUUCAGAAGAUGCAGUUUUGAUAGGUUCCCUUUUAUUUAUUUUAUUUAUCCAUUUUCAUAAACUUAGUAUACACACCUUACAUUUUCAUUCUCUAAUUUCUUAUCAAAAGUCUUCCCAAGAGGUUCCCUUUUAGAUGUGAAUUGAAUUCCCCCCCCAUCCCUACAAGAGGGUCCCUAUUUUUAUCUAUGAAGUGUUGGACAAUAUCCUUAAAGUCCGCCGCUUCCUCAAAUUUCACGUUAUCAUUCCCUUUUUGGCCAGCAGAGCAGCAAGAAUUUGGCUCGGAGCAGGACUCCGGCUUAGGCCAUAAGUGAGGCAGAAAUUCGAAUCCUCUCUGAAGAGGCGCUUGCGGUGUGGAGAGAAGUGUCAGGGAAAUUUAAGCUAAGCCAAAGACUACAACGCUAUACAGGGACAGGUGUUGUUGUUUUUAAUAGAGAUGGUUUAUGUUUAACUAGACAAUGUAUGAGCCCUGGUCUCUUAACUAAUUUUCCUAGUGCCUGACAAAGCGUCCUCUGUGCCCUGCUGUUAUUUAUUUAUUUCCUGGCCUGCGCACUCCGACAGGCCACCUUAUUCCCGUUGUCAGACGCCAUUAGAGCCCAGCGCUGGUGCGAGGGCCGUGGAAGACAGAUGCCGGCAAUAAUCGCGAAACACUCAUUAUUUACCAUCACUCCAAUGAUGUUUAAGUUAUUUAUGUCCCUUGGGCAGGGCUGGCAGCGGAGGGUUAUUUGGGUAGUCAAUCAUAACCAUGAAACGGCUUGCUACUUUACUUAACCGUCUCUCUUUCUCUCAGAGCCUCGGUGCCUCCAUCUCUGUCUUUCUCAUUCCAAGUACCCCUUUAUUCCCCAUUCCUUCUCAUCAACCUCCACCCCCACCAUCCGCUCCAUCUUUCUCCACAUGUUCCCAUUGGACCUCUCCCUCUUUCUCUCCUGCAAACUUAGGAAAUGAAAUAGUGCAGGACCCCAGUGAUCACCGCCUUGUACUUUGUUUUAAACUGUUUUUGUUUUUUUAAUUGUAUUUUUAAAUUGUUAUAAUCCACUCUGGGACUGUAUGGUGAGGUGUAGGUAAGGAAGUGUAACAACAACAACAACAAUAGGUAAAGGUAAAGGUAAAGGACUCCUGGACAUCUAAGUCCAGUCAAAGGCAACUAUGGGGUUGCGGCACUCAUCUCGCUUUCAGGCCAAGGGAGCUGGCAUUUGUCCACAGACCUUUACCUUAUUGUUUAGACCACAGUGCCACUUGGGCUUGUCGAUCAGAAGGUCAGCGGUUUGAAUCCCCGCAACAGGGUGAGUUCCCGUUGCUCUGUCCCAGCUUCUGCCAACCUAGGAGUUUGAAAGCAUGCCAGUGCAAGUAAAUAAAUAGGUACCGCUGUGGCAGGAAGGUAAGCAGUGUUUCCGUGCGCUCUGGUUUCUGUCACGGUGUUCCGUUGUGCCAGAAGCAGUUCAGUCUUGCUAGCCACAUGACCCGGAAAGCUGUCUGCGGACAAAUGCCAGCUCCCUUGGCCUGAAAGCGAGAUGAGCACUCCAACCCCAUAGUCGCCUUUGACUGGACUUAACCGUCCAGGGGUCCUUUACCUUUACAAUAAUAAUAAUACUAGCAGCUUUUUUUUGUUUUCAUGAUGAGGUGCCAGUGCUCCUAUAUUGAUAAAAGUGCUGUGGAUGCCCGCACAAAAUGGCAGCCAUGGGCAGCAAAAACAUAGAUGAUAGUACUCUGUACAAGUGAGUACUGUCACAAAAAAGCCCUAAUGAUAAUAAUAAUAGUAAUGAUAAUAAUAAUAAUGCAGUUAAAAACAUUCCCACUGAGGUGUAGUGGGGCACUGCCUCAUUUAUGCUAGUGGGCCAAUCACCACUGAGUGAAUGAGGGCAAAAAUUUGUUCUCUCCUGCUGCGGAGGGUGGAACUUGUUCUAAUGGGCUAAAGUUGUAGGAGGGCAGAUUUUGGUUGGCUCUUGGGUGAUGGUAAAGGUGACCAGUUACUUAAAAGGAUGCUGGGCUCUCUCUCAUUGGAGGACUUCAAGCAGAGGCUGGACAGUUGUCUAUAGGGGAUUCUGUACCUCUGGCCUCCCCCAAGUCCAUGAAUCGAGGAGUCCGUAGCAUGCAGACAUAGUGAUGGCAGACACUGCACCCACUGGAUUUCUCCUAGUUGCUUGACAAUAUAUACAGUGGUGCCCCGCAAGACGAAUGCCUCGCAAGACGGAAAACCUGCUAGACGAAAGGGUUUUCCGUUUUGGAGGUGCUUCGCAAAACGAAUUUCCUAUGGGCUUGCUUCGCAAGACGAAAAUGUCUUGCGAGUUCCUGCGGGGUUUUUUUCCUUCCUCCCCCCUUUUUCCCAAGCCGCUAAGCCGCUUAUCAGCUGACCCCGCUAAGCCGCUUAACAGCUGAUCCGUUAAGCCGCUAAGCCGCUUAUCAGCUGAUCCGCUAAGCCCGCUAAGCCGCUAAUAGCGCUAAUCCGCUAAACCGCUAAUGGGCUUGCUUCGCAAGACGAAAAAACCGCAAGACGAAGAGACUCGCGGAACGGAUUCUUUUCGUCUUGCGAGGCACCACUGUAUACCCAUUGUAUUUAAACAGAACAUCUAAGCCACUGACAAAAUGUUAAAACAUCUUCAGUAGACAGCAACUAUGGAAAUACCAGAGGAGGCCCACAUUCUAUAAAGCACUACAGUGGUACCUCUGGAUACAAACGGGAUUUGUUCUGGAGCCCCGUUCGUAUCUAGAAGCAAAUGUAACUAGCGAUGGCAUGUCUGUGCAUGCGCGCAUUGCUUUUUGUCACUUCUGCGGAUGCGUGUGACAUCAUUUUGGGCAUCUGCGCAUGCGCAAGCGGCGAAACCCAGAAGUAACGCACUCCGUUACUUCCGGGUUGCUGCGGAGCACAACUCGAAUGUGCUCAACCCGAAGCACAUUCAACCCGAGGUAUGACUGUAUUAGCAACAAAACAGAGCAUCAUCUCGAACACUGACAUAAACAUGGCAUGUAAGAAAUCAGCUAUGAAAUUGCAAGGAAAUUGUAAACGUGAUACUGUCCUGGCCCCCCCUGCUGCAUGAAUGACUCAAACUUGGGUUUCUGUUUCUACCAAAAUCUUGACGGUGAAGAUGAGCGCAGUACAUAGGGAAGGCAAGGGUGAAAGGCACAUGGCUAAGCAUGAGCUAAGAUGCUGACCCAACAAGACACCCCCUGUGCCUUCUUUUUAAAGGAUGGGACAGGCACUUAGUGUGGCAAAUGGUCCGAGUCCCCAAACUGGGCAAGCAAACAGGCAUUCCUCUUGGUGAGUUGAGCUUACAAGGUCUUUUUGCACCAACAUUGGCAUCUCUGUGUCCUUGGAGACGAAGUUUCAGCUGAUUUAUGCUCAGCAGCCUCCUUCUUCAACGGAAGCUCAUCACUGAUAGCAGAAGGCACCAAAGGUCAACAGGGGAGAAUGGGCUGGGUGGUCUCGUGAUGCUGGAUUAGAACGCCCCACUUGGUCCCUCCUUAGGAUCCAGCUCACUAUCCUCCAGGCCAGCCCCCCCCCCCAGCCCUAGACUCUUAACAGAAGAAGAGUUUGGAUUUGAUAUCCCGCUCUAUCACUACCUGAAGGAGUCUCAAAGUGGCUAACAAUCUCCUUUCCCUUCCUCCCCCACAACAAACACUCUGUGAGGUGAGUGGGGCUGAGAGACUUCAGAGAAGUGUGACUAGCCCAAGGUCACCCAGCAGCUGCACGUGGAGGAGCGGAGACGCGAACCCGGUUCCCCAGAUUACGAGUCUACCGCUCUUAACCACUACACCACACUGGCUCUCUGACACUUCUUAGGUCCCACCAAUGCUUCUCCCAUCCUGCUGGGUCCCACCCUAUGGUCCCUCGCAUCCCUUCUUUGUGUCAGACACCCCACCCCCAUGACACCUCUUUGGGACUCGUGACAAAUUCACAAUGCUUGCAGGCUGAGAACAGGUUGCUAGGCUUGGUGGGUCAAGGUUGUUCUUAUGUCCUGAUGUACUCAGAAAUACAUCCCAUUGAGUUCAGUGCAAGUAAGUAUGAUUCAGAACAGCAGCCCAGACACAAAGGCCAUUCGCCCGUCUGGCAAGCCCUUCAAGGGUUCAUAGUUGUCGUACAAAGCCUUGGCCUGGACCAGCCGCCAAGUCAAUAAGCCCCCACCUGUGCUCCCGUUCUGCCCUACUAAUCGUGUGUGGCUUUGCGUGGCUCUUGCUAAUGAGGAGUGGUUUGUUUUUAGAAGACAGGAAGCUUUUUGUGGGCAUGCUGGGGAAGCAGCAGAGUGAGGAUGACGUCCGGCGACUCUUUGAGCCCUUUGGCCAGAUUGAAGAAUGCACCAUCCUCAGAGGCCCCGAUGGAGCCAGUAAAGGUGAGGAACAAGAAGCGGCGGAGAAUGGCAUCGGCAACACUGGAAAGGGGUGGCACAGCUUGCUUUUUCCUACUAUGGGGAAGGGCCGUAGCUCAAUAGUAGAGCAUCUGAGCUCUGCAGGCAGACGUUUCCAGGUUCCAUCCCUGCUGGCAUCUGCAGGUGAAGUCUGAAAUCCUGUAGAACGUCUGCCAGUCAGUGCAGACAAAACUAAGCUAAAUGGACCAGUAUGAGGUACAACCUUGUAAAAGGGAAUGGGGGAAGUUAUUCAGGGCUGAGAUCAAGACCCUCCCUGCAAUGUCUGCCACGCAAGCAUAUCUCUGCCAGCUAUUAUUUUGCACAGGAGAAGCCAGGAUAUAAAUAAUAAUAUAGAGGGGUGGCCAAAAGUAGUGGGUCCGAAUGCUGGGAUCUACCUGUUCCAAUCUGGGUCUGGACUUGCCUUUUGCUUCAGCACAUAUUCCCUAUGUAAUAGUAAUAAUAAUAAUAAUUUAUUUGUACCCCACCCAUCUGGCUGAGUUUCCCCAGCCACUCUGGGCGGCUUCCAACAAAGAUUAAAAAUACAUUCAAAUAUCACACAUUAAAAACUUCCCUGAUGUCUUCUAAAUGUCAGGUAGUUGUUUAUCUCUUUGACAUCUGAUGGGAGGGCAUUCCACAGGGCAGGCACCACUACUGAGAAGGCCUUCUGCCUGGUUCCCUGUAACUUGGCUUCUUGCAGGGAGGGAACUGCCAGAAGGCCCUCGCCACUGGACCUUGGUGUCCAGGCAGAACGAUGGGGGUGGAGAUGCUCCUUCAGGUAUACUGGGCUGAGGCUGUUUAGGGCUUUAAAGGUCAACACCAACACUUUGAAUUGUGCUUAGAAACAUACUGGGAGCCAAUGUAGGUCUUUUAAGACCAGUGUUAUGUGGUCUCGGCGGCCGCCCCCAGUCACCAGUCUAGCUGCUAUUUUCCCAUUGCCUGAUACUUGCUAGUAAUAUGCUCCAAUCCUUCUGAGCACCUACAGUAUUAUUAUUAUUAUUAUUAUUAUUAUUAUUAUUAUUAUUAUUAUACUUCCCUCCAUCAUAAGAUCUCAGAGUGGUUCACAGAAUAAGAUGCAGGAUAAAACAAGUAAAUAAUUAAAACUAAACAGCAAAACAAUACCCCUCCUUCCCAUAGACAGAUUUAAAAGGCUGUGGAAUAUUAAUCAGUCAAAGGCCUGGUUGAAGAGGAAUGUUUUUGCCUGCUGCCUAAAAACAUAUAAUGAAGGCACCAGGUGAACCUUCCAGGGAAGAACAUUCCACAAAUGGGGAGCCAACGCAGAAAAGGCCCUUAUUCUCUUGUGGCUAGCCUCUGGACCUCACGUGGAGGAGGCACACGAAGAAGGGCCUCAGAGGAAGAUCACAGGGUCUGGGCAGGUUCAUAUGGAGAGAGACAGUCCUUGAGGUAUUGCGGUCCUGAACCGUUUAAGGCAGCCUUUCUGUGGGUAUUGCAGUCCUUUACCCUGGUUUUGACAUCUAUUGUCAGGUGUUUAAAGCGAUUUUAACAUUGCAUUUUCACUUUGUGGGACCUACAGUGAAGGGUGGGUCUGAAAUUAUUAUUAUUAUUAUCAUUAUUAUUAUGAAAACCCACUGAUUAAAAGGUUGCAGUCCUAUGCACAUUUACCUGGACUAAGCCCCAACCAGGCGUAGUGAACUUUAUUUCUGAGCAAACAGGCACCUAACAGAGCUGCAAAAACAAAACACAUGCUCUGUGUUGUCUGUUGUGAAUGCCCACUUUCAAUUGGUUUUCAUUUAUUAUGGAUAUUGCUGUUGAAUUGCCUCUUGUUUUAAACUUUUGUACAUUUUAAUUGCUGAGAGUCACACUGAGUCCUUUUAUUGGGUGGGGAGAAGCAUCGGCCCAAAAUUUAAUGAUUUGCAACCCUGAAACACACAGAGGAAGAAGCAGCCUCUCUCCCUGUUUAUUAUGGGCAAAUCUGGCCACAUAGGCAGGUGCACGCCAUUCUCAAGUGACAGGGCUAUGCUUGUCUUUUGCUGGUGGAACAUGGGAUGCCGUUCAACCCAAAAGCAAAAUGUGACCUGACCCUGCAAUAAAUGGCAUGCAUUGACUUACAGCUGGGAAAAAGAAUCCUAGAUCAGCCAGACUUUAGGCUACCGCUUGCAUUUCCCCACCUUGACUGGCUUUGCCAAUAUGGAGAUCCACUCUGUGUUUAGUUUUGGGGGUUUUUUGGAUCUGCCUCUGAGCUGACCAUUGAUCCUUUCUUUCCUCUUAGGAUGUGCCUUUGUCAAAUACGGGAGUCAUGCAGAGGCGCAAGCCGCUAUCAGUAGUCUCCACGGCAGUCAGACCAUGCCGGUAAGUGCUGGCCAAAUGGCCAAAUCAGUGGGUUAGAGAGUGGUGCUGAUAAUGCCAGGGUUGCAGGUUCGAUCCCCUCAUGGGACAGCUGCAUAUUCCUGCAUUGCAGGGGGUUGGACUAGAUGAUCCUCAGGGUGCCUUCCAACUCUACAAUUCUAUGGUGGGGGAUUGGUUUAGGUGUUCCCUGUGCUCAGCCAGAGGGCUAUGCAGAAGACAUCCACACCUUUGCCCUUGUUCUUAAACUUCUACUCCUGUGGUGUCUUGCGUGGGAAGAAGUUUGCUGAAGUUUCUCUUCACCAUAAAGCAUCUGAGAUAGUGUCAGGGAAUCCAAGGGCAUUGCUGAGGAUACACCAUAUAUUUAAACCACAUGGUUCCUCAAAAAAAGAGAUACCUGGGAAUUGUCAUUUGUUAAGGGUUCUGGGGAUUUGAGCUCUCCGAGAACUGCAGUUCUUUAAAUGUUUUGUGGUUUGUGCACAGUCAUAGAGAACAUAUUUAUUUGAAUAUAUGAGGCAUCUAACUUUGUGUAUAUUGAUACAAAAUGACGAGACCCACAUAUCCUGGAUUAAUUUUUAGAGUUGAAUUUAGUUACUCACAGGCUUUUGUGCUUCCUUGAUGCAGUUUGACAGAUGAUAGAUAGAUGAUAGAUAGAUAGAUAGAUAGAUAGAUAGAUAGAUAGAUAGAUGAUAGAUAGUUCAGAAAUUUUGAGAGGAAAUACAUAUUUUAUGAGAAAAAUACAUUGAAAUGCACAUGCAAGUUUUACUUAAAUCUUCAUUUUCGUGCAGAUACUGGGGGAGGGGGGGAAUUGCAGAUUAAUGCAGAAACGGGAUGGCUCAAUGAAUGAACACCUGCAAAAGUGACAUAGGCUGAACAUCACCUGAUGUGCCCAGAAUGACUGCAGCUCCUAUCAUUCCUGACUGAGGCUGAUGGGUGCUGGAAUCCAGUAACAUCUGAAAGGCCACAGGGUCUCCUGCAUUAGGACCAGCAGAUAUCAACCCAGAUAGCCUCACUGUGGCUAUUUGGAUCUAGCCAUUGUGCACCCUGCCCUUCAACUUCCUGCCUGCUGUGGGACGAAAGCUAGAGCAUCCUCAUGAGCACAGCUGCAAGAGGAGGAUGGUAGACGAAGGAACUAGCAAAGUGGGAGAGAGCAAGCACAGCGAUCCUUAACUGCUCUGCACCUUUUGGUUGUAGAGGUUGGCACUUGGUGACCCUGUCACUUCCACAAUACCAAAGAAGAGGACAGGGACUAAAAGGUCCAUCAGGAAACAGGGAAUAUUCACAUGGCAGUGGAGCCUGGCUCAUUUGGGGGAAUUGAGGCACUGCCCCACCAGUCUAAGACUCUGAAGCAAGUAGACCAGCCUUCUCCAACCUGGUGCCUUCCAGAUGUUUUGAAUUUCAACUCCCAUCAGCCCCAGCCAGCAUGGCUAAUGGUGACAGAUGGUGAUGACUGUCAUCCAAAAUGUCUGGAGAGGGAAGGCUGGAGUCUGCAGUACUAAGCUAGAUGCACCACAAUAUGGUGGGGAAGUUUUGUACGCCCUGCAGAUAGAGAAGAAAAACAGAGGUGGCCAGCUAACUGCUUGGAAGCUAUAUUGAAAUUAACAGAUAAGCAGUGCUAGGCUCUUUCCCAGGCUGCUCUCAAGCAACCAGAAGCCUUUGUCAUUGGCCCUGUUCCUGUGUUUUCAAUCACAGCUUAACACGCAGCAAUUAAGCAGCUGGAAUUCCCUCCCACUCCCCUUUAACUCAUCAUCUCAGCUCACCCACCUCUGCAGAGCAUAAAAAAUACAUCUAUGACCCAUUUAUUAUUGUGUUUUUAUUCCACCCUUCCUCCAAGGAGCUCAUGGCACAAGGGUUGUAUUGAACAAAGUUAUAUUAGAGGUUACCGUGCACACACUUUUGCUGUGCAGGUACUGGUGACUAGGCAAAACCUCUUUUAAACUGUUUUAGCAGAGUUUAUCUUCUUUCUCUCUCACACGGAACAAUGACAAAGUUUUUUAAAAGAUGACUGACCAAACUGUGAAGUCUCGGUCAAAAUAUUUUAUUCCCAAACCGGUUACAUGCAUUAAGGUUGCAAAGGAACUCUUUCGACUGUUAACACAAACAGUAUACUAGGAAACAAAAGUCUUAUCUCCAACACAUUGUAAACCACAGCAACAGUCCUCCAACAGACUUCAUAGGCAACACUCUUCUGACAUACAUUUGCUAUCAGGUGUCUGCAAACACGAAGCGGGAGUGGUCUUUUUAUUAGCACUUGGCACUAAUUAAGAUCAGAGUGCCACUCCCAAAUUUAAAGGAAAAGCUCUGGAUCCUUCUAGAAACUUUUACUUGUUUCUUUGCAGAACGAUUCCCUUACACCCCCUCUCAGUCGCACAGAAACAAAACAGUAUUAUGAACAUAUACAAAGUAUUUGCACACCAUGCAACACAAUUCCUAACUUCUCAACUAGUUGUGCAUGUCUUUCAAACAUAAGCAAUUUUGUAAAUACAUCUGCCACAUUUUGCCUGCUUUCACAAUAUUGUAGCUUUUUCAGAUUUUGCUUCACAUUUUCUUUUACGUUUUGAUAUUUAAUCUCCACGUGUUUUGUUCUACCUUUAAACAGUUCAAACUCCACCAUUGCAAUGACUGCCUGAUUAUCCUCCCGUACUUGUACUGGAUAAUUACAUUUUACACCUAAGUCAUUGAGAAUCUGUACAUAGUACUUCAAUUCAUUACAUAAGUCUGAUAGAGCAGUGUAUUCAGCUUCCGUGGAGGAAGUGGCUACAAUCCCUUGUUUCCUGGACUUCCAUUCCACCAAAGAAUUACCAAACUGAAACACCAUCCCAGACACUGAUUUUUUGCCCAACCACUAUCAAUGAAUGAACUUCUGAUCCUGAAGAUGAUAAUUUUAAACAAUAGUCAAGUGUAUUUUGUAAACGAAAAAUGCAUUUUAGUCCUUUCCAUGUAUUUUCAAUAGGAUUACUUACAAGUCUACUCAGAAUUCCAACAGAAUAACAAAUCUGAACUGCUCCAUUGUGAAAUAUACAAUAAACUUCCAAUAACAGAAUGAUACGAUUCUGGAUUCACAGGCUCUGAACUAUCCCCUUCAUUUUUGAAAAAAACUAUUUCCAUUGGGGUUUUCACACCUUUACAAUUCUGCAUGUUGUUCCUUUCCUCUGGAACCUUCUAGAAACUUUUACUUGUUUCUUUGUAGAGUGAUUCCCUAACAAGUUAUCCCCUUCCUGCAAGGAAUUCUGCUUGCUCAACAGAACUUUUCCUCCCUUUCCUCACCCUGUGCCCCUGCUCAGAGGGGGGUGGGGUUGCAAGAAAACCCAGACAAGAUGGGGGGGCACAUGGAGGAAGGAGAGGGAAGGGGAGUUCCCUUGUACGAGGCAAGCAGAUAAACUUUGCAUGAACAGGAUGACUAGUUGAAAUUUGCUGUUCUCUGUCAUCUCCAUUUUAUCCUCACAGCUGCCCCAAUGAGAUAGGUUGGAUGAAAAGAUUUCAAUUGGCAGUAAGUUUUAAAGAGGGUUUUGGUCCUGAGGACCAGUCAGAGAGUCCCGAAGAACUGAAUUUGGCCCCCAGGGACUGAGGUUCCACACCUCAAGCAAUAAAGCAAUUUCUCAGAGACAGUGUCUUAUGGAAAUAACAUUUUCUUUCCUUAAAAACAAAACUAGACAAGCAAUCUCAGGAGCCGCUCACAGCCAUAUAGAAAAGGGUAGCCCCACAGAGCAGGCCCCCACCCCUCACAAGACAGUGUUUUUCUCCUUAAUCCAAUCACCGGCUAAUUUAUCCUCUCUUUGAUUGGAUCAGAAUCUCGGGGAUCAAAUCACUUGUUGUAAAAAUAACGCAGGGCCCAUCGUUUAUUCUGAUCAGCAGCUGUGCUCUCUAGGCAGGUGUUAGGAGGUAAUUCAAUCACUGGCUUGAGAAAACUGCCAUUUAAUUAACAAUGAAGGUCACAGUUCUAAAUGAAGGCGAAAGAAAGGGGAAAGAGCCCAGGGAACCAGCCGUGAUUAUAAAAGAGGUCUGCAUUGAUCAGAGAUUGCUCCUGGCAGGGAAGCUGUGCUGAAGAUGAACUCUGAUCUGGUGUGGUUGGUUGGAACAGCAGCAGCCUUUAGAGAGGGGGGCCCCUCACGCACGCACAAUGGUACGUGCUAAUCACAAUUAUCUCACUCUAUUGAAAUCAAAGAGAUGGGAUAAAUACUCAGAGGAGCAGAGGAGAUGCUUUGCUGUUUCUGAAUCUCCUCACAUCCCGCUAAGGUGACUGAGGUUAAAGAAAUACAUUUUCAGAGGUUCAAAGUCCAAGUGCCUUAUCCGUCCCUCCUCAAAAACUUUUUUCCAGAAGGACUUCUUCAUCUACACCAUACAUUUAAAGAACUCUUAUACCACUCUAAUGGUCAUAGCUUCCCCUGCACACAAAGAAUCCUGAGAACUGUAGUUUGUUGUGUGGAGGAAAUCAUAGCACUGCCAGGCAUCUCCUGCUAACAGUCAGCACCCAUAACAAAGUACCAAGGGGGCCAGCAUUGUUUGUUCAUGAGCACAAGAGCUCUUGUGCUAGUGGAUGGCAGACUUUAAAGGUUGUUCAAAGGAAGGAAUCCAGUGCAAUUGCACUAGAGGAAGCUUAUUGCACUGGAGCUGAUUCUUCUUGUGAAAUCUUUUGCAGAAAAUCUUUGGUAAUGUUUUCCCUUGCACUAUGAUGCCCCACAGCACAACAAAUAUAUCACUGCAUUGGGUACAACCUGUGCUGGAUUUCAAUGAAUUCUUUGUGCACUGUCCUGGGAAACUUCAAGUUGAAGGAUGGCUUACAAAUAGAAUAAAUUACCGUAUUUUUUGCUCUAUAAGACACACUUUUUCCCUCCUAAAAAGUAAGGGGAAGUGUGUGUGCGCGUCUUAUGGAGCUAAUGCAGGCUUUGCACGGCUAUCCCAGAAGCCAGAACAGGAAGAGGGAUAGCCUAGCCUGACAUCCCUCUUGCUGUUCUGGCUUCGGGGAUUCAGAAUACUUUUUUUCAUGUUUUCCUCCUCCAAAAACUAGGUGUGUCUUAUGGUCUGGUGUGUCUUAUAGAGCAAAAAAUACGGUACAAUACAGAGGAUGCUGAUUUAAAAGUAGUCCCAUAUUUGUGAACAUUUGUUGAUCAUCACUGUAUUUGUACAAGUACCAAUAACUCUUUAAAAAUAAAAAAUAAACCAGAACAGCUAAAUGAGAAGUGAGAAUGCUCAAUGGCCAGAAAUAUCAAAAAAAGAAAACUACAAAACUAUGAGGGAGGCAUGGAGAAUAGAGUGCUCAGCUGGAGGAGGAGGCCAGCAUAAAUGCCUGCCUGCCUGGAACAUGGAAAUACUCGAACGUUGCAACAUUUUGUUGCAGGUUCUGCUUAUGAAUCAGCUGGUUUUAAUUUUUCCACCUUGGCCAUGCAUCCAGGAUGACUGGUUGCAAAAGAGGAGAGAGUUUCUGUUGUGGGAGGAUUUUGGUAGAUGAAAGAGGUCAGAGGUCAGUGCUUUCUUUUUAGGAAAAAAAGGUGCUGGUACUCACCAUGGUUGUCACAGUAAGUGCCACACUUUUAACGUGGCGGGGGGUGGGGGUGCAGCUGCUAGUACUGUGUACUCUUGAGUACCCCCAGAAAAAAGCACUGUAUGCAGAGGUUUUACUUUAUCCAGUUUGCCUGACCCAGAAGUAAAUGGAAGCUUAUUUGCUUGUUGUGUCCUUUUAUUUACAAAUGUCUUUCUAAUUUAUUUAAACCCUAAUUUUGUAGAUGGUUGACUGGUGACCAUGGCCGGGGUAGUGGGAGCGGGACCAGGGGCAUGGGCAGGGAGCUCAGGAGGCCAGGCCAAAAUCCCCAGAGAGCCAGUACCAUGUAGUGGCUAAUGUGUUGAACUUCCACCUGGUGAGACCCUGGUUCUCCUCCCGCUGAAGUGAUCCUGGGCCAAUCACUCUCAGCCUAACUAAUCUCACAGGGCUGUAGUGAAGAUCAAAGGACGAUUGGCCAUGUAUGCCCCCUGAAUCACUGGGGGAGAAGGGCAGGAGAAAAUAACACCAGUAUGGUUUUCAAAUAUUGGCAGGUAUGCUUGUAAACCAGUGUCCUUCCAGGUGUUCUUGGGCUCCAGUUCUCAUCGUCCACACCCAGCUUGGCCAAUGGGCCAAGGGUUGGGGGUUGUAGUCCACAACAACCAUCUUGCUACAUGCAAGUGCCAGGAUGGCUCAGUCGGAAGAACAUGAGACUCUUAAUAUCUGGGUUUGAGCCCCAUGUAGGGCAAAAGGAUUCCUGCAUUGCAGGACUAGUUGACCCUUGUGGUCCCAGCUCUGCAAGUCUAUGAUUCAGUUUCUCAAAGGAGCUAUUCAAACAACUUUUUCAGCACACCUGUUUGGCUAGCCUAACGCCUGCCUGUGUCUCUCUAGCAGAAAUGAUGUGCCCUAGUUGUUAUCCUUAUGCCAUCAUCCGUAUUGCUUGUCCUUGCUGGGGGGUGGGGGGAUGUGAAUUAUGUGCCAGCUGCCACCGCUUCAUACAGGAGCAAUGGAUACACUCUGCCCCACUCUCUCUGUUUGUGCCUCUGUUUCUCUGUCCACUCUGCUAGGGAGCAUCGUCCAGCCUGGUGGUGAAGUUUGCUGACACAGACAAGGAGAGGACCCUUCGGCGGAUGCAUCAGAUGGCAGGACAGCUGGGGAUCUUCAAUCCAAUGACGAUCCAGUUUGGAGCCUACGGGGCAUAUACGCAAGCGGUAGGAGAUGCUGCAAUCCGCUGCCAGCCCUAUAAGGUGGACGCAUUUAGAACUGGACAAGCCAGAGGGGGCUAGCUUAGCUGUAGGUGGGCGGUGAGCUCACACUGGAUGGCAGAGACAGCUUCCAAGGACGACAGCUGGUGCUCCUGCUAUGCUUUGUACCACAAUUCCUAUCAGCCCCAGCCAGGGUGGAUGAUGGAAGUUGUUCUCCAAAAAUCUGGAGGUCGCCUUCUUGGAAAAGCAGGUUUUGCAUUAACUGGGAAGACAAGUCAAGAGGUCUGAUGGGCACAGGUGGCUUGCUGACUCCUGUGUAAGCUGAAAGAUUAGCUGGGAGCUGAACAGAGUGGGAGUGUCAACAGUGGAGAGAGAUCACCAAAGAAAAAGGCCUUGCCAGCUCUAAGAGCCCAGAAAAGAGGUUUGGAGGUGGAAGAUAUGAAGUGUCAACCUCUGGAGGAGAUGCUGCUGCUCUUUGUCCUGAUAGCUGUUCCAAAGGAAACUGCUGCCAGUAGGCGGAAGGCUGCAGAGUCAGAGGCAAACAUCACAGUCCUCUAUACAGUUUUUAGCCAAGCUACGUGAUUAGCUCCAAUAACAUGUAGCCACCAAGUUGGAAUGGCUUUAAAAGAAGGUUAGAUAAAUCAAUGAGUGAUAAGGCUAUUAGGCAGAAUACAUACAUACUAUGUCAGAGGCAGUUCACCUCUGAAUAUCACUUCCUGUGAAACCCAAGUGGAGAGAGCACUGCUGUCACUCCCAAGUCCUGCUUGCAGGCUUCCCAUAGGCAGCUGCUUGGCUGCUGUGAGAACAAGAUACUGGACUAGUUGGGGCCUUUGGCCUGAUUCAGCUGCAGGACUCUUCCAAUCAGUCUAGAGCAGAUAGAGAGGGGUCUGGUGAUGAGAUCUAAGGCAGGCUGGUGUUCCUGUUAUGGAGCAGGCAGGCAAGUGGCCACAUAGCUCAGCUUGCACCUUCUCUCACUCAGAUGCAGGUGGAACAGAGGACACAGGGCCUUCAGCUUUCCUUGCUGUGCAGGAGAGAGGGCUUUGGCAGGUGCAGUUUGUCGGGCAAGCUGAAAUCUGCACUUCUGCACAAGUCAUGAAGGUGCUGGAACCCCGUGCUUUUCCCUAUUACUUAGACUAAGGAACCAUGCCUGAAACAACAACAUUAUUAUUAUUAUUAUUAUUAUUAUUAUUAUUAUUAUUAUUACAACAAUUCAUAUACCACCCUUCAUCUGAGGAUCAAAGGGCGGUUAACAGUAUCAAAAGACAUAACAUAAUUGGAGAGAUAAAAUUGGAUAUGGAAAUAUCAUGAGAGACAGGACUGAGAAUUCGGAGUUGCUUUGAAGUUCAGGCCGUGGGAAGCCGUAAAACCAGAACUAAAUUUGGAAGACAGUUGGAUUUUUUUAUUUUAGUUUUUUAAUUUUAUUGGAUUAUGAUUAUGAUUUGAAUGGUUUUAUUGGAAAAUUAAUAAACGCUCUAACAAAACAAAACAAAAAGACAUAACAUAAUAACAAACUGUGUCCCCCACACACCCAGUUUGAAAGGCCACAAAUUGUUUAACCAGCCAAAGACCUGGUUAUGGAGGCCUGAAGAUAUGUAAUAGAGACGCCAGGGGAGAGCAUUCCACAAACAGGGAGCCACUGCAGAAAAGGCCCGUUCUUGUGUUGCCACCCUCUGGACCUCUCAUGGAGGAGGCACACCAAGAAGGGCCUCAGAGGAUGAUCUCAGGGUCUGGGCAGGUUCAUAUGGAGAGAGGCAGUCCUUGAGGUAUUGUGGUCCUGAACCAUAAGGCAUUUUAGGGCAACAUCAGCACUUUGAAUUUGGCCCACUAACUGGCAGUCAGUGCAGUGUGCCAAGGAUUGGCAUUAUAUGAUCAAGCUGUUUUGCUUCAGUAAGCAACCUGGUAGCUGGAUUCUGCACCAGCGGAAGUUUCCAGUCCGUCAUCAGAGGCAGCCGCAUGUAUAAUGUGUUGCAGUAAUCUAGCCUAGAGGUUAGGGCAAGCCAGGCCUCUGUUGGUCCCUGGACUGAAACAACUGCAGCACCAUCUCUGGCCAUUCCAUGGGCAGCAUAGCAGAAUAGCAGGUAUCCGAUUGGAAGCUCCUUUUGCCUGAAAGCUGCCUUGGUGGUGCCUCAGGGAAAUAAGGUGCCUGGGUCCUAUUGCCAGCCUUCUCCAACAUGGUACCCUCCAGAUGUUUCCAACACCAACUUCCCUCAUCGCUGAUGGUUGGCUGUGCUGUCGGGGGCUGGUGGGACUUGUAGUCCUGCAACACCUGGAGAACAUCAGUUUGGGGAAAGCUGUUGUACACAAUACUGUUAGACACAGUACUCAGCAUAAGACAUCUUCCUACAUUCCUGCCAUGCCCAGUGUCAACAGCUGGAAAAGGCUCUUGGGUAACAAAGGCAAAACUAACUUGCACCUUCUUGUUUCUCCCCUUCUUCCUCCUCCUCCUCUGUGUCCUCUGCUUCCUGUUCUUGCUUGUUCCUUCUCCUCCUCUCUCUUCCCCGCCUCCACUGCUGCCCCUCUUGCUUACUCCGUUUCUUUUCCUUCUCUCUGCCCCCAUGCCUGUCUUUCUUUCCUUAAGAUAAUGCAGCAGCAGGCAGCUCUGAUGGCUGCAGCACAAGGAACUUGCCUCAACCCCAUGGCGGCCAUUGCGGCGGCACAGAUGCAACAGAUGGCGGCGUUUAACGUCAGCGGGUUGGUUGCUGCUCCCAUGACACCCUCAUCAGGUAUUUGCCACUAGGGAUGGUAGAGAAAUUCAGCUCAGUUCACAUUCGAAGGCAGACAUACAGAACAGACAGUUUCCAAAACAAAAAUGGACCAAAACAUGGUCAGAAUUCAGAGCUCACACUUUUUCCAAAUUUUGCAAUGCAGUUCUCCUGUGAAGUUACGUGUACAGUAAUGCACAUACUAGCCAAAGUGUGCGUACAAAUAUGCAUUUUGGGACCAAACUGGCAAUGACCAGGACUCACUUGCUCUUGAUGACUGCAAAACAGCCCAGAUGAAGAAGUGGAUUGGUUUUUAACACCUGACUUCAACCAACCAGAUUCCUACCUGUUCUAGUCAGAGACCUCACCCAUCCUCUGUGUCUGAGAAAUAGCCAGCAUCAAAGGCCAUCUCUAAUUUGUCUCUUUCUCCCCAACUUCUUGGUGGUCCAUAGGUACAAGCACACCUCCGGGGAUCAGCACAGCACCUGUUCCCAGCAUAGCCACACCCAUCGGGGUGAAUGGAUUCAGCCCUCUCCCACCACAGACCAAUGGGCAGCCAGCAUCAGAAACUAUUUACACCAAUGGAAUCCAUCCAUACCCAGGUAAGGUUUUUGGCCAAAAUAAUAAUAAUAACGGAGGCAGGAAACAAUGGGUGUGCUGUUCAAGCUCCCUACCAUUUGGCUGCAGGAGGAAAACUAGUCCUUUGGGACCCCAGGAGGACUUAAAUGCCCAGCUGGCGCAGUAUAAAGAACAAACAGGAAACUCAUCCCUGUCUCUCUAUGUGCAACUAUGCCCCUAUGUUGAUGCAUAUACACUUUGGGAGGUUAUAUAUCAUUUUAAAAAAGCAACCUUCCUUAGUCCAGUCUUGUAACUAAGCUUGCAAAAGUUACUACCCUGACCUAUUUUUGCUAACAGGCUAGUAUCCUGUGUCCUAUGCUGGAUGCCUUGGAUAGGAAGCUUCCUCUUUCUCAGCUAGCAUGAAAAGGCAGGACACCAGCCUCUUAGAAGUCUAGUAAAAAAGAAAAAAGCUUUCUACAAAGCAGGCAAAUGGAAGAGGAACAGAGCUGAGGGAUAGGUUCCCUUUCUCUACAGCCAGCGGAGAAAAACCAAGAGGACUGAUGGAGGAGGAAUGGAGAGAUCCUUCUGUCCUCCACCUCUGCUUGCUCCCUUGAUAGAAUUCAAUGCACUCACCUGCAUGGGAUUUCUGCUCACCUUUGGCUACCAAGUAGUGCACGGCUGCCUUGGUUCCUAAGCCAGUUUCACAGCUGGUGUCAGUCACAACUAGAGAAUUUACACAGUCCAAGCCUCUGCUGCCUUUUUCAGUUGAAUGGUAGUUGAGCUAAAACUAAUUUCCAGCAACCUUCUAACGAUGCCAUUGCCUUAUUGCAGACUUUCCCAACCUGGUGCCCUCCAAAUGUUGUUGGGCAACAAUUCCCAGAUAGCAUGAGCAGUGGGGAGCAAUGAUGGGAGUUGUAAGCUAGCAACACCUGGAGGGCACCAGGUUGGGAAAGGACUCCUUAGCGGAUGAGAUCUCAGGGAGCUGUGUUGCAUCCACAACCUGCAGAUUCCCUCCAUUGCUCACUCUGAGCUAGAUAUGAGAUUUUAGGGCUCAUCCAGCUUGUCACGUGCCUAGAAAACACAUGUCCAGGUUGUUUUCCACUUGCCCUGUGCUUUCUAGGUACAGAUCUCCAAGCUGUUUGCAUUUUCUUUGCCCUGGAAAACCUGCUCUUUAGCGCUAAAUCGAAGCAAACGACAAUCCCUGGAAAACCCUAUUUGUUCCUAGUCAGCUCUAAACUGCAGGUUUCCCCAGGGGCAGGGGAAGCAAAUGGAGGUGUGGGCAAGUCCUUAGAGUUCCUCUUUCCACAGAGAAGGGCAGCAGGCCUAUUGUCAUAGAGCAAAUGUUUGCACUGGACCCAGCCUGUUGUUCUCAGAUAUGUGGCCAUUAACGGUAACAAAUAGGGCAAAAGUUAGAGGAUCCAAGAGGUCCAGGAGGAUGAGGAGCUGGAUCAAAGAACCAGAGUCAUGUCAUGCAGUUUGUGUAGUUUGCUCUCAAGUAGUUUGUGGCACAUGUAGCUAGACUCUGAGGAGCGACAGAGGAAGAGGAAUGUAAUGGGAAGCCAAGGAGAUAUCUCGAGUGGUUUGCUGCCUGCCCCAGUGAUUGUGCUGCUCUGAAAGCUGUUCUCCUUUAGUUGCACUUGCUUACUCUCUUCCUUCUUCCUUCUUUUCUCUUCCCAGCUCAAAGUCCCACUGUGGCAGACCCCCUCCAACAAGCCUACGCAGGCAUGCAGCACUAUGCAGGUCUCAAACAUUGCUUUGCCUGUCCUCCUCGCCUCCCCUCUCUCUGUCUGCCUUUCCCUCUUUCCCUGCAUCUUUCCAUCUUUCCAUGGCAUCUUUGUGAUAAUGUUGAGCAUGAGCAAAAGAGCCAGAUGCAAGGAGGAUGCUGUGGGGAUAUGGAUAAAAUUUCUCCACUCCUCCUUAAGGAAUCCUGGCUUCUCCAUUCUGUGGCACACCUGAAGUAGGAGUGGGCAGCUUUGGGGGAACGUGUCUUAUACUAGGAAGGAAGGGUGGUUCUUGGUGGAAUAUAUCAGGGCCCAGCUGCUGCGGGUUUGGUGUCAAGAAACACGCCAAAGAAACUAGGAAGGGAGUGUUUGAGAACAAGCAAACACAGGAUGUCUUGCCCAUGAGAGCGGCAGAAUGUCAAGCCCCUACAGCAGAAAGAAAACUCCACAUGUCCAGAAGCUGAAACACAACUUACCAUAAUUUUCGCUGUAUAAGACACACUUUUUCCCUCCUAAAAAGUAAGGGGAAAUGUGUGUGCGUCUUAUGGAGCGAAUGCAGGCUGCGCGGCUAAUCCAGAACAGUGAGAGGAAUCGCUGUGCAGUGCUCCCUCUUGCUGUUCUAGCUUCUGGCUUAGCCGUGCAAAGCCUCUUCAGGGCAUGGGAAGCCUUCAUCCUGCUGCCCUGAGGAGGCUUCGCGUGGCUAUCCCAGAAGCCAGACCAGCAAGAGGGAUCGCUGUGCAGCGCUCCCUCUUGCUGUUCUAGCUUCUGGCUUAGCCCCUCUUUCACGAGCCCCCGAGGAGAAAAAGCCUGCAAGUGCCGCAUACACAUUCCACAUGGCUCGUGAAAGGGAGUGCUGAGCAGAACCUGGGAUGCAUACAGACUCUGCUCAGCGCUCCCUUUAAAGAAUAUAUUUUUUCUUGCAUUCGCCCUUUAAAAACUAGGUGCGUCUUAUGGAGCGAAAAAUAUGGUAUAUGAAGCCCCAAAAUAGCCACAAUUGAGGCAACAGUCUGUAGCAGUGGCCCAUUAUUUGUCCUAAUGGUGACACGUGGUCCUUUUGUGCCCAUGGAUGGUACUGCUGGGCUAGUCAACUGCUAGUCUGAUGAGUGGGUGAAAUGAAGGGCAGGGCUUCUUUUCCUGUUAUGUAGAAGAGGGCAUAUCAGCAAGAGCAGUGUGUGUUGACCCCUCAACCCAGCAGAAUUUAGUCCCAGUCUGAUGGAUGGAACCAAAACAAGCUUCCCUUCAACUCUGUAGUCCCAGAACUACCGGGAGUUGGCAGCAGGCUUCCUGCAGCUGCUCUUUCUCUGCCCAAAUGAUGGCACCAAGUUGGUCUCCCACCUUGCCAUGAUUCUCUUCCCGGGACACAGAGAAUGCGACCUCCCAUUGGCACCUUAGCUCCCUGGUUGAUGGAUGGAGCCAAACUGUAGUGCUGUGCUGAAAGUUUCUUCUGCGUUUCCCCCCAACCAUUUUCCAUCAGAUCAUGGGAGAAGAAAUGGCAUUUGAACAUUAUCAAAGGAGAAGUACAUUUUUGGUGACAUUCAUGUGCCUUUCUGCCCAGGCUUCCCAUGACCUGUAAAAUCAGACCAUCUUGUUGUUUGUUGUUUGUUUUAAUUCCCUUAAUUCUUUUUUAUAUAUACUUUUAUACUACUGUUUUACUGGUUUUAUGUUGCAUUUUUGUUUUUAGGGUAAUAUUUAUGGUUUUUAGGUUGUACACCACUUAGAGAUUUAAAAAAUACUAAGUAGUUUAUAAACAGUUUUAAAGAAAUUAAGACAUUUGUAAUGUGCGAGGGUUUUGUUGUACCUGCCUUACUUACAAGGGAGUUGACGAGUGUUAGUGGCUGUUUAUUCUUCAUGGGUGCUCACACUUGGUAAGAACCCCCUUGAUGUCCAUAGGUGGGUUUUCCUGGAAGCAUAAGAAACAAGAGAGGCUGUCUGCUGUUCUCCUGACAGAUGUUCAUUGUUAAUUGUUCUUAUGUGAGGUCUUUUUCUUAACCUUUUAAAGAAAUCAAUACAGAAAAAAAUAAGUAAGUGGAAGGGAUUCCCUUUUUCAGAAAAUGAAAUCACACCAGUCUCCACAGUGUCCUAUGCUUCAGUCAAAACCCCGAAGAAGACAUCAAGAGGUAUCUCCUCCAUGGAGAUUUCUCAGGCCAGGAAGGACAGAGAGGUUGAAAAGUGCUGGAAAAGUUUUUAAAGGACAGAAAAACACCCACCACCCUCAGCUACCUUGCAAUUAUAAGGCAAUCUCAACUUCACACACACCCAGAUCCUAGACAUUGCUACAAAUGAGGCAAAUGAACUAGAGGCCUCAUUUUCAGAAGCAAACCUUUGAGAAAUGGAGAACAGAUUCCACUUCUGCUUUCCUUCAACAAUGCAGUCCCAGGGCAAGUGGCAGCUAGACCCCUUUUUUCUGCCAGGGAAAGGUGAAAGCAAUUAUGCACUGCAAGCUGGAGGUCAGGCCUGGAAACGAUACCUGAGAGACGCACUGACAUGCCUAGUCAGCCACAAACCAGCAAGUCCCCUGCACUGGCCAGUGAUUAGUUUAAAUGAGAAUACCAAUUCAGGCAAACAGUAUACACAUCCCAUUAGAAGGCAUGUACAACCCUGCAUGUCAGGCUGCAUCUAAGGCAAGUCCUUGGAACAAUAUGUUGGAACAUGAAGAAACAGCUCGUAGAAUGUGAAGAAGAGAGAAUGCUUGGGUGGACCUGCCAGAAUCUCUACAGUCGUAAUGCACUGGGGCACCCAUGGUUCAGAGAAGAGGAAGUCAAAGCCAAUGUUGCUGGACUUCCACUCCCAUCGUCCCUGGCCAUUGACUCUGUUGGCUGGGCCUGAUGAGAGUUGGAGACCAAUAGCAUCUAGAGGACACCAUUUUGGCUGCCCCUGCCAUGCUUUGCAUGUCUGAAAUCCCAUGAUUAAUCCCUGGCCUUUGCAACUCAACGCUCUCACGUAGCAGGGGACAGGAGAAACAUCUACCUGACACCCAGGACAGCCACUGCCUGUCAGGGUGGACAACACCGGGAUAGAUGGACCAACAACACUAGUGUAAGGUGGCUUAAAUACGUUCAUAAUUUGGUGUGCCUAAAAUGCUCUUUGUGCUAGGCUUCACGCAGCUCCAAAGGUUUCAUUCAGACCUCCUGAACCACACAAGCAGCCUGUGUCAUGUACUCUUUGGGACUGUUCCAUGAGCACAAGCCAACUUGAUUGUGGAGGCAGCAAAGCAAUCUUUUUGUAUGUAAUCUGUGCAUACAUCUCUGGAAUUGAGUCAUGCUCAGGAUCCACUGCUGAGCAUCCCACUUUUGUCCCCCAUUGGUUUUGCUUUACCAUACUUUUCUCAGCACUAGCAGGAGGCUCUGUUUGCCCUGACCAUUCUGCUUUUGUGUGUUCCAGCAGCAUACCCAGCCGCCUAUGCACCAAUCAGCCAGGCCUUCCCCCAGCAAGCUCCCAUCAUCCCCCAGCAGCAGAGAGAAGGUAAGAUGGGUUGUGGGCAUUUCAGAGAGCAGGGAUUCCCGCAAUUGCAGAGUCAUACUGCUGGGAUCGAUAAUGAAUUGCUUUGUGCAUGACUGAUAUCACCAUUGCUAUCCAGGAUGGGGUGGCCUAACACAAAAUAAAUAACCAAGAUGAACAAAUGUAAAAUAAGUGGUUUUUUGUUUUUUUUUAAAGGAUUUUCCCAUCCUUCCGUAGAACAAACUAUCAAAUUUAAAUGCAACUCUAAAUGUGCAAAACACUAAAAUAAUAGCUGUAUUUCUGUUUGUGCUCAUGUCCUGCUUGCAGGCUUCCCAGAGGCAUCUGGUUGGGCACUUUGAGUACAAAAUGCUGGAUUAGAUAGGACAGGGGUAAGGAACAGGACCAGCUGGCAGGCUGGAUCUUGAGGUUCCCCCAUCCAGCAUGAACCACUUUGACAGGUGGGUGGAGCCACCUGCCUUUCAACCACCAUGGCAUCAGAUGAGUCAACUUGUGAGCCCACUGGGAGUGAGUUUCUGGUUCUCUUCUGCCUUCUUUUGCAGCCCGUCUUGAACUCGACAGAUUAAAACAGAUAUGACAGCUGAAUACCUACCAUGUGAAUGCAACUCACUCCCUAAAAGACUUGUGAACAGGAAACCUGACUAUCCAGUGCUGUUCUUUUGGGAUUUGAUAGGGAGAAAGAUGUAUGCCUGACUAGUUCAUAUAAUGCAUUUCGAUGCAUGUUUGGACAAAAAAAAAGCGCCUUUUCUUGCAGUCCCCUUCUUCCUGAGAUCUGUAAUGUACAAACUGACAGCUACAUAAAUGGUCUGGUGAUGAUUAGAUGACAAUAUGCAAAUAUUGACAGAACGGCAGGUGGCUUGGAUGAUUAAAUCAACAUGCGGGUUGGUAGAAGGGUGGCAGAAAUUCAGCAAAGAGAAAAUAGAAACAAGACUACAAAGAAGUGUGAAUGAGGUGAACACAACAAAAAGAAAGAUGGAGAGUUGAGUUGGAAGGAGGCAACACCAGAGUUCUGAGUAUGAGGAGGAGGUGCUGAAUGAGUCAGACCUCUUGGGGAUGCAUUAAUGAACAAAGGAACAUGCAGGGUGGACUCACAGUCCUUGCCCCCGUGGUUCUCCAUCACAUCAGAAAGCAGAAUGUUGAAACCUUCUCCUAUGAAAUAAACCCCUCGCCAACUCUCACAAAGCCCUUCUGCAUGGCUGGACUGUGUCCUUUAAAUGUGGCAAUGCUCCUUGCUUGCCUCCAGAUGUUGUGGACUGCAGCUCCCAUCAUCUUUGACCAUUAACCAUGCUGGAAGAAGUUGAUGAGAGGUGUGGCCCACAACAUCUGAAGGGCACCAUUGUUGGCAACCCCUCAGUCAGGAGAAGAAAGAUACAUCUCUGCAUGUGCCUCCAUAGCUGAAUAAGUGUGAGGACAGAGGCCUAGAUAUGUUGAGAGGUAUGUAGAAAUACAUUUCCUUGUUUCCCCUUAGAAGUAGAUGGAAUCGGAGCACUUCAGGCAUCAAAUUCUCCCACAGAUGAGUUGGCACUAUAGUUCUAAACCAUGAGGAUGAGUGUGCAGAUUACCAGAAGAAAGAGGUUGUAAGAGCAACUGUCUCUGUCUUCAGCUGAUCCCAUGUGGUCAUCCUCCUGAUCCCUGAUGUGGUCUCUCCACUAGCAGGAGAUCACCAUGUCCCUAUGCAGUUUGUGGGUGUCAAGAAAUGCUAGUAGGCAGCUUUCAUAAAACUAGGGAGGUUUUACAAAAUAAAUGAGUGGGUAAGCAGCAGCACAUUUCUGAUUUAAGACAGGGGAACUGCAAGUUGCAGAAAGUUAAUUUGCUGGGCUGAAAACUUUUGGUCUCAACUGCAAUUGCUAUUGAUUUAGUGGUUCGUUUCUAUUUGCCCGAACAGUCAUUUCUGUUGACUGUGCUGCUUCCAGUUGUUCAUCUGACUGAUCAGCUGAGGCUCCUUCCCUUUGGCAGUAGGAUUAGAGCCCCCUCCAGACCGGUGGCGGCUUCUUCUUCUUUUGCAGGUGUAUUCGGUAAUAUACCACUGACACAAUAAUAGCACUUUGAUGAUGGACUGACACUGGGCUGUCCACACAUCAUUCGGCUUUAUUAGUUGUUAUGCAAAGAUUCACCAAAGUUGUUGAAUUAUUGCCAUCUGGAGGGACAACUCUAAAAACAACAAAAGCAGGACAAAAAACAGCAACCCUAGAACAUCUGUGGCAUGGAAUGUUUUGACAGGAAACCAUGGGGCCUGUACCUGUUGCAAAAGAAGCAGUAUUACAGCCCCCAAAACUUUUACAGGUGCAAGUGGUGAUUGUGUAUAACUGCCCCCAUAGCCAUCAUGAGUAUGAAUUCUGAUGAAUUCUUAAUAGAGGACAUCUGGAGGGGCCCAGUGUAAAAGCCAGGAAGGAAAGGAUACAGAAAUUAUCCCCUUAUAUCUUAAAGACUGACCCUGAUGGUAAUAACAAGACUCUUCGGUGUGGAUCUAAGGGUUCGUUCAACACUUCCACUUGUCCCAUGCCUAGCCAGCAUGGGGCUGAGAAAUUUUCUGCUUCUUGCAUGCUUUCCAGGUCCAAGCGAUUUUGCCAUUGUCCCACCACUUACCUCAGAAAACCCGCUCUUUGGUUAUAAAUCGGAACAAACAACGAUCUGCAGAAAACCCAACUGCUCUUUGUUCCUGUUCUGUGCUAAACAACAGGUUUUACUGGGGGAAAGCAGUGGGGCAAACAGAAGUGUAGGUGAGCUGUUGGACUGCAGCUGAACUAGAAAUUAUUAUUUGAGUAAGGACACUCUGUUAUAUAGCCAUUCUGAGACCAUGUUCUGACAUUCUCGGAAAGAACUCUCUGUAUAACUGGGAUUGAAUUGAUUUUAAUAUACACCUAGAUAUUUGCUCAAGGUGUGUCAUGAUUCUUUUUAGCUUUAUGUUCUAGCAAGCUGAUGGAUAUUAGAAAAAAACACAAUUGCAAUGAACUGAUUUUUAAAAAGACUUUUAUCUGCUGAACUAGCAGAUAAGCGAACUGCAACAAUCAGUGCAUUGUGAGAAAGUAGCCAAACAUGUUGCGCAUGGCCUCUUUGCUGCUAACACAUGUCUUUUCCUUUGUGUGUACACCUUUGUCAUUAUCCCAGGUCCCGAAGGCUGUAACCUCUUCAUUUAUCACCUGCCCCAGGAGUUUGGGGAUGCAGAACUUAUGCAGAUGUUCUUGCCUUUCGGCAACGUCAUCUCUGCCAAAGUCUUUGUUGACCGUGCCACCAACCAAAGUAAAUGCUUUGGUAAGUAGCUGACGUGCUUCCUUUGAGAUUUUAGGAACAUAGGAAGUCAUCCUAUACUGUGUCAGAACAUCUGUCAGUCUCGCUCAGUAUUGUCUAUGCUGUUUGGCAAUGGCUCUCCAGGGUUACGGUCUCUCCCAGCCCUACCUGGAGUUGCCAGGGAUUGAAUCGGGGCCCUUUUACACAUGCUCUGUCACUGAGCCGCACAUCCCUUCUCCAUUGUGUUGGUAGCUGCUGAAACAUGUGUGUUCUUCCUGCACUUCGCACCACAAAUAGAUGGCAAGUAGGAUUUUGCUAUAUAAGGAACUCUAGCUCCCAGGAGCCAACAUGCAAUUCUGCACAUUUCAGAAUAAGAUGUGACAGAAGGGGAGAAUAAGGAGGGAUAAGGUUGACUAUUGUCAGGCAUCAUCAGGGGUCAGACUCCAGGCAGUGGAGUUCCAGGAUCCUGGGCAGCUGUCAUAAGUAGAGCUGGAGCAGAUUCAUGACCCAAAAGCAGCAAUCAGGGAAUGGGAACAGGAGGUCAGGCGGGUCCUCAUACCUGAGACAAGUGGCUCAGACCAAGGAGCAAGCUCUGAAGCUAGGAUUUUGGGAGGUGUGAUAGACAGGUUCAGCCCUUGGGGGACAACUGAUGGGACAAUGCUCAAGCAAACUUGUACCUGCUUUGGAAGGGAGGGUAACUGCAGAGAAGAAAGGCAUUAGCAGGGUUUUUUUUAGCGUUCCUCAAGAAUACUUGCAGGGGUGGAAUUGGAAUUGUUUGUGUAUACUCAAGGAACACAACCCACCCCCCUCAUAAUUUCAAGGCGAGUUAAAGGAAUUGUGUCCAUCGCUAGUAUUAUAGGCAACAUCCAAUCAUGAGGUUCACCCAUAUGGUUUGUUUCCACUCCAACAUCUGGAGAAACUUCGCUGGUUGGUGCUUGUAUAUGCCACCACUGUAAUGUAAAACCAGGCCACCUGGAAGCACUUUUUUGGCAAUUGCUACAUUGCCCAAGUGUAAAAAAAAUGGUCUUUGAUAAUGAUACAGUAGUUUAGGAAUGGGGCAUUCCGUCUUGGUUCACAAGGCUAUCAUGGGCUGUUUCAUCCUUUUAGUGCCAUAUAUCUGAGCAGGGGUAGUCAACACGGUGCCCUCUAGAUGACAGGAAGCUGCCUUUUACAGAUUCAGACCAUUGGUCCAUCUAGCUCAGGGGUCAGCAACCUUUUUCAGCCAUGGGCCAGUCCACCAUCCCUCAGACCAUGUGGUGGGCCGGACUAUAAUUUUUUGGGGGGGAUAUGAACAAAUUCCUAUGCCCCACAAAUAACCCAGAGAUGCAUUUUAAAUAAAAGCACACAUUCUACUCAUGUAAAAACACACUGAUUCCCAAACCGUCCGCGGGUCAGAUUUAGAAGGCGAUUGGGCUGCAUCCAGCCCCUGGGCCUUAGGUUGCCUACUCCUGAUCUAGCUCAAUAUUACCUGGACUGACUGGCAGCAGCUCUCCAAGGUUUUGGGUGGGGGACAUUCAUGGGCCUAGCUAGAGAUGCUGGGAAUUGAACCUAGAACCUUUUGCAUGCAAAGCAGAUUUUCUACCACUGAGCUAUGGCCCCUUCCCAUAAGCUGUGGCCUCAGCUCCCGUCUGCCCAAGUCAGUGUGGAUGAUAGUCAGGGAUUAUGAGAACUGUAGUCCAACCACAUCCGGAGGGCACAGUGUCGGUUGCCCCUAUGGAAAUGUUACUUACAUAUUGUAUCCAACUAAGUGCUACUCAGAAUAAACUCAUUUAAAUGAAUGCUCUAAGUCUGUUAACUUCAGUGGGUCUACUCUGAGGAGGAGUGGGAAGCAACCCUUAUUUUCUUACAUUAUUAGCGUGCCUUCCUUCCGUCACAAAACCAAUUGGUUUAGCUUCGUUUCAGCAAGGUGGGGGCCUCAAGUGCUUUCAGAUCAUUUCCUGGGACUGCAUUAGGAACAAUCAGAAGAGUUUCUAUAAACACACUGAAAAUAUCCAGAAAGUGGAAAAAAAGGCCAUUCAUUAGAGGAAAGAGUACUAGUAAUCCACAGUACAAUGAAAGCUAAAUUGCUCAAUGUCUACUUCACUUUGGUUUUCGCCAGUGAGAUAAAUUGUGACCAGAUGAUUAGUAGAAUCGAUAUAAACAAUGAGGGAGGGACAAAGGUUAGGAUAGGCAAAGAUCUGUUCAGAGAAUAUUUGACUAUCUUAAAUGAUUAGAAGUCAGCAGGUCAUGAUGAAUUGCGCCCUGGGAUGCUGAAGGCAUCUCCAAACCACAAAGCAAUCAUUUUUGAGAAAUCAUGCAUGACAGGUGAGGUUCCAGUGGAAUGGAAAAAGGCAAACAUAAUGCCCAACUUUAAAAGCAGGAAUUUAUAGGCCCAUUAACUUAACUUCUCUCCCUGGGAAGUUACUAAACCAAAUCAUAAAGCAAUUCAUUUGUAAGUAUCAAAAAGAAAAUGGAGGGCCAAAUUUACUAAUAUGCAGAGUAGGCACUAAUCUAAGGCCUCAAAUUAGAAGACCCCAUACAAAAAUGCAACGGAGGCGUUGCUUUGCAAGCAUAAUUUGCACCUCAUGUUGCUGCAAAUAAAGUCUGACCACUUAAUUUAACUUACAGCCACCAGCUUGGGAGUUUCGGAAGCCAAAGUUCAUUGUCUAACGUAGCCUGAAUAUUUCUUAGCUGCAAGGCCCUGCACGUCUGGCCAAAUCCAGCACCAGCAGUUGAGAUCAUCCUACACCAGCACACCAGCAAGGUCCACCACUUAUGCCUGUCUGUCCGCUACACACACACACACACACACAGCUUAGUCUGAGAACUACUCUUUUCAUUUCCUGCAGUGUCACUGAUGUAGCAUCACUCCAAUGCAUUGUGGAAGGUUAAAAUGAACCUCCUACCCACCGAGGGCUGCCUGGUGCUCAUCAAAGGCAGUGCUGAUGCCUGCACCACUGCCAGAUUAAGCCUGCCAGUGGGCAGAUGUAAAGGCGUGUCUUCCAGCGGGCACUUUGCCUCAGAUCUGGAGCCAGCUGUGAAUCUGGUACCUAGCCUCGCCCACACAGCUGAUGUAAUGGCACCAUAGACUACAGUAGCCAUUCCUGCAACCUGGUGCCCUCCAGAUGGUUUGAAGUACAAGUUCCAUCAGUCAGGGAUGGUGAGAAUUGCCGCCCAGAAACUCUGAAAGACCACAGGUUGGGGGAAAGCAGACCGCAACAAUGCAUUAGGCAUGGGACUGGCUUUGCAGACUACCUUGUUCAAAACAGAGCCACUAAGCUAAUGUCUGGAACACAGCAUCGGGAUCACAUCCUGCUGGUGCUUAAAGAGCUUCAUUGGCUUCCAGUCCUUUCCCAAAUACAAUGCAAAGGGUGGGUGCUUACAUCUUAAGACCCUAUGCAGCUUGCAACCCGGAUAAUUGAGGAGAUGUUUUCUCUCGCAUCAACUUGCCUGUAUGUAAGAUCUUCUUCAGGUAUGCCUCCUUAGGGGAAGAGGUGCAUGUGCAAGGGGCCAUAGCUAGAAAGGGUCUCUCUCCUCUCCAUCCAUCAGCUUAUGCACCUCUUUCCCUAGGGAGACUCACCUGACACCUGUGGCAAUGUCUUUCCUGGGUUUGCUUUUAGCAUGGCCUUUUCUUGUGUUUGUAUUAGUUACUGUAAAGUGCUCUGGGAUUUCUUAAUGGAAGGGCAGUAUGCAAAUAUUUCAAAUUAGGGGUUGGCAACCUUUUCAGGCCUGUGGGCACUUCUGAAUUUUUGAGUGAGUGCUGUGGGUGCCACGCACCUCCAGGGCCACUUCUCUCUCACAUCCCCUGUCAGUCAUUACUUAUUGAAUAAAUGUUGUGGCUAUAGAUUUAAAAAAAUAAAAAAAUUAAGCAAUGCAACUGUUGCUGGGUUUUUCUAAAAGGUAUGCAGACUUUUGUCCUGCACUGGAUCCUUUAUGUAUUAAGAUCAAAAAUAAAGUAAGGGCUUGCUCAAACACUGCUUCAGCUUAUUUUGAUGUUGAAAGGGCAAACGAAUUAUACAGCCAUUUCAGCAUAUUCUCAAAUGGUUAGCACAUCCUUCCAAACUUUUCAAAGUCCCGUUGAGUGAGUACAUGUCAAUACAUUAUUUUGAAGUGUGUUAGAAACAUUCUGCAGACUACUAAGACCCUGUGAAGUUAACUAGCAGGCCAUGAUUAUAAGAUAAUGAUAAUAAUAAUAAUAAUAAUAAUAGUAAUAAUUUAUUAUUUAUACCCCACCCAUCUGGCUGGGCUUCCCCAGCCACUCUGCGCGGCUUCCAAAAGAAUAUUAAAAUACAUCAAAGAUGUUCUCAUUGCAGUGAAAAAAGAUGGUGUAUUUUGGCUUUAAGGCAGGCACCCCCAACCUUCGGCCCUCCAGAUGUUUUGGACUACAAUUCCCAUCAUCCCUGACGUCUGGUCCUGUUACCUAGGGAUCAUGGGAGUUGUAGGCCAAAACAUCUAGAGGGCCUCAGGUUGGGGAUGCCUGCUUUAAGGUUUUCCUCCGUGUCCACACAACACCCCAGGUGACCCAAAACCAAACCUAGACUCCAUGAGUUAAAUGGAUUGGAUUUCUUAAAUUUUGCUUUCAAUGACCAUUGUUAAAGAAGAAUCUUGUGUGGCUGGAAAGUGAACAGUGGCCUAAAACAGCCUUCCCCAACUUAGUCCACUUCAAAUGUUUUGGAGGACAACUUCCACCAGCCCUUUGCAAGCCCAUCCAGCCAUCACCAUUAAGAGCAGCUUCCCCCAACCUGGUGCCCUCCAGACAUUUUGAGUAACAAACUCCCAUCAGCCCCAACCAGUAUGGCUGUGCUGGCUGGGGCUAAUGAGAGUUGCUGUCCAAAGCAUCUGAAAGGCACCAGGUUGAGGAACCUGCUCUUAAGCAACCCGCUAGCUCCGACAUUCAAAUGUUUUGAGUUUCUCAGGAUCUAUUUUCUGUGAAAGGCUUGCAGUGAAACAGCAACAUGCAGGGAGGGCUGCUGCUGUCCUUGGUGCUGAACUGUGUCCUUCCUUUCCUUCUCUGUUCUCACCCCCUGUCACCCCACUUUCCCCCUUGACCCAUCCCAGGUUUCGUCAGUUUUGACAAUCCAACUAGUGCUCAGGCAGCCAUUCAGGCCAUGAACGGCUUCCAGAUCGGCAUGAAGAGGCUAAAGGUCCAACUAAAGCGGCCAAAAGAUGCUAACAGACCCUACUGACCCGUGUUCACCUUGGCCCUGAAAGCAGGUAAGACAUUGGCAGGCAAGACUGUCCCAGCUACACUACCAGCAGGAAAAGGGGUUAGACUUCCUCAAGCUUUUGCCACAAGGCUGGUGUUAAACCUGGAGGAAAAUGGAGCGAAAAACCACAAAUGGUGUGUCUAGUUCAAAACAGCAAAUACAGUGCAUUUUGGCCCAGCCCAUGUCCAUCGCAUGAGAAUAAGCUAAAAGGUAAUAAAUGAUGCAUAGCCUUCACAUAGGGGAUGGACUAACCCAAAUAAACUUUCAAUGGUUUAUUAUUCUAAUAAUGUACACUGUCAAUGAUCCUUAUUGUUUGUCUUUAGGCAUAGAGAAUGACCCCAAUCCAAAUAGAAUGAAUUUAUUUUAUUUAUUUAUUGACCUAAUGUAUCAGCCAAUCUUCGUUACACAGUAAUCCCAUGGAGGUUUCCAGCAUAUCUUAAAACCAUAAUACAAACAAACCAAACCAUAGGAUACCAAUAAGAUAAAAACUAAUAUAAAACCACAGUAAAUGAACAGAUAUGAGACAGAUAUGUUCAGGUCCCACUCUCCAGACACAAUGCGUUCUCAGGAAAUUGUUUGUUAAGUGAGUGUUUGCAUAACAAGCUGGUGAUUUCCAUUAUUUCCUAUGGGAACAUUUCUAAUCUGUGAUUUGUCCAUGCUCCCUCCCUGAUCUCUGCCUGAAACUGUUGCAGCCAAUCAGCAGAAGCCAAACAAAGAAAAAACUUAUUUGUUCAAUCCCUCCAGCUCCCUGAUUUGUCCAAUCUCUCUCCCUCCCUCCCUGGUCUUCUGCCCCAAAUGGCCACCAGCCAGCAGAACACAAACAACUAAGGAAGUGGGCAAACUUUGACUGUUCGGCUAUCUGAACCAGUUGUUCAUGUAGCAAGGUUCGGGCAUAAUUUUUUCUAUUCAGAUAACAGAGAUUUUGGAUAAUGAGUGUUCCGAUAGCGGGACCCUUGUGUAUCACAUUGUUUAAGUUGAGUGUCAUAGCUGAUCCACAAAUAAUCUGCACCCAAAGUGGUUCACACAUAGAAGAUAGUCUAAAAACAGUGGUACAAUAUCAGUACAUAAAAAUAAAACGUAUAAUAUCACUACACUGAAAAAAAAUAACAACAAACAGUUCAUUUAACAUGCAUCAAAAUUUAAAUGAGCAUAAAAUUACCAAUAGGUCAAGUCAUCCAAUAACUUCACAUCCAAAAGCUUUCAUAGUUAUGUACAAAGAGACAAGAAUAGAAUAUCUGUGGCCAAAACCUAAAUCUGUAAAUAGGAAGGAAGGAAGAUAAUCUAACAUGUCUUCAGACCAAUGAAAGGGUAAAAUCUAAAGCAUGAUUAUGUGGUUCUAUUGAAGUCAAUAUACCCAAGUUGCUGUGUUCAAAAUCAUGGCAAGAGGACCAAACAGAAAACAUGUGUUUAUUUGUUGAAGCCAUUAUUACCCUGCCUUUUGGCCUGAAACAGACCCUUGGGGUGACUUAAAGGCUAAAAUCCAACAACAUGCCACCCUUAAAAGUCCACCUCAAAUGCUAAUUAAAUCAAAUGUUUUGAUCUGAUUGGGGUAGUCUGAAGUCAUCACGAAUUUGUUUACCACCUCCUGGCUCGGUACAUAGUUUGAGGGGGUUUCCAGGGCGAGGCGAGUUGCAUUCACAAGCCCCUCGCCACUGCAAAAAAGAGAAAAGAAACACUCAAUUUAACCAUAUCAUGGCAGUGUGUAAAUGAGCUGCAGAGUUAAACUGAACCAAAAGAUCCACACGAUGCAUUUAAAGCAUGCCUAAUGCACAUUGAAGGGACGCGGGUGGCGCUGUGGGUUAAACCACAGAGCCUAGGACUUGCCGAUCAGAAGGUCAGCGGUUCGAAUCCCCGUGAGCUCCCAUUGCUCGGUCCCAGCCUCUGCCAACCUAGCAGUUCGAAAGCACAUCAAAGUGCAAGUAGAUAAAUAGGUACCGCUCCGGCAGGAAGGUAAACACCAUUUCCGUGCGCUGCUCUGGUUUGCCAGAAGCAGGUUUAUCAUGCUGGCCACAUGACGCGGAAGCUGUACACCGGUUCCCUCGGCCAAUAAAGCGAGAUGAGCGCCGCAACCCCAGAGUCAGCCACGACUGGACAUAAUGGUCAGGGGUCCCUUUACCUUUACCUUUAAUGCACACUGAAAUCACAUAAAUCCUGGGAACAGAGUGAAUGUAGCUCUGUGUGAGAAAACUACAGUUCCCAGGAUUCUUUGGGGGAAAUCAUGAGCUUUCAAUGUGCUCUUACUUUCUGAGAGUAAGAGCAGUUCAACAGUGGAACGGACUGCUGUGAGAGGUUGUGGACUCUCCUCCCUUGGCGGUUUUAAAGCAGAGACUGGAUGGCCACCUGUCAUGGAUGGCUUAGUUGAAAUUCCUGCCUUGCAGGGGGUUGGCCUAGAUGAUCCUUGGGGUCCCUUCCAACUCUACAGUUCUAUGGAUUAUGGUUGGGUGUGCUUUAAAUGCAUGAUGCAAAUCUCCCCAGUUUUUGCGUGAGUCAUGGCUUAGGCUGUAUGAUUAUUAUGGCUACAAUCUUAUACCUAGGUAAAGGUAAAGGGACCCCUGACCAUUACGUCCAGUCGUGGCUGACUCUGAAGUUGUGGUGCUCAUCUCAUUUAAUUGGCUGAGGUAGCCAGUGUACAGUUUCCGGGUCAUGUGGCCAGCAUGACUAAGCCGCUUCUGGCAAACCAGAGCAGCGCACGGAAACACCAUUUACCUUCCUGCCAGAGCAGUACCUAUUUAUCUACUUGCACUUUGACAUGCUUUUGAACUGCUAGGUUGGCAGGAGCAGGGACCGAGCAAUGGGAGCUCACCCCGUCGUGGGGAUUUGAACCGCCGACCUUCUGAUCAGCAAGUCCUAGGCUCAGUGGUUUAACCCACAGCGCCACCCACGUCCCAAUCUUAUACCUACUUAUCUGGAAAUUCUGUGGAAUUAACUUCUCCGUAGACGUGUAUAGAAUUGCAGUGUAAGUUGCACACCCACUGCAAGCAGUUUGCAAGAGUGAAAUCCCACAGAGGGCUGCAGGAUGCAAUAGCAUGAGAACAGAUCUGUUGGAACCAACCAGAGGCCCAUCUGCUAUUACAGCAGGGGUGAGGAAGCUGUGCCCCCCACCACACGUUGUUGGACUCCCAACUCCCACCAGCCCCUGCUAACAGUCAGGAAUGCUUGGAGUUGUAGUUCAACACCUAGAGAGUCAUGGAUUACCCACCCCUGGCCUAUGGGAUGCCCAGAAUAGGACAUGAAAGCAGUAGCACCCUGUGCUCAUCUUCCCCAGCAAUUCAUUGGCCUACUGAAGGAAGCUAUUUUCAGGCUCACCAAACAUUUAAAACACUUUUUCCCCACUUUGGCAGUCAUGGCUCCCCUGCAAAGAAUCUUGGGAACUGUAGUUUGUGAAGGGGGCUGGCCUCAGAGACCUAGACUUCCCAGCACCCUGCACAAACUACAGUUCUCAUGAUUCCCCAUGACUGCUAAAGUACUUUCUCGGUGCUUUAGAUAUACCAUGUGAAUAUGACUUCAGAGGACUCCUGCUCCAUUUUGCAGCUAUCAGAAGAAGCAAUGACCAUUAAUACUGAGAACUCGCAUCAAACCGAUUCAUCUUUUCUUUUAUAUUUUUGUUUCCUCCAACCCAUCCACUACUUUGUCUCUAACCAGACCAGGCCAAUCAUAGCUCCAAGGAUGACCCCACAGUUGCCUAGCAACCCUCUAGCUGUUAUGGGAGACCCAAACAAAAACUCUCCCUCCCAAAUUAUCUGAAACUGUAAGUGACUUAACUAAUGUUGUCAUCGUCCUUCUCGAUGACGCCAUGUGGCCGGUUGUAAUCUUGUUGCAUGAACUUGACGUUGAUCUUUCUACAUCUCUGCUUUAUUUUUAUUAGUUCUUCUUCCCACCCCUUCCUCCUCUCUUUUUGGCGGUUGUGCAGUGCCAUAUUGAUGCCCAUGGUGGAUAGUUUUUGGAGUGCUGAUUGGUCAGUCUUUUACUAGUUGUGGAUUUUUUGAGCCCAUAAACUCUACUUUGUCCUUCUUUGUACCUCCUUUUCUCUUUGUUGUGAUGUGACAAUUGAUGUGUGUGCCCUCUAUAUUUACUGUGUGAUGAUGAUGGCUGAGUAACUCAGUCCUGCACAAGAAACACCAAGUUGUGCUAGCUCUCCCCACCCCCCACCCUCCGGGCAUCCCAGCAUAAUUUAGAGUCUCUAUAUUACCCCAAUGCUUGUGGAAAUUCAAGCAUUCCACAUUCUCAAGAGCAUGAAGGCUUCACUGCUAAGGAUUGACAACAAAUGCUCCUUGAUUGUUGGAAAACACAUGUUUUGUAUGCAAAACAUCUCAAGUUCAGUCUCUUCAGUCACAUCUUCAGCAGGGUUGGGAGAAACCUGUCUGAACCCUUGAAGAGUCGCUUCCAGUGAGUGUAGGCCAUCUUUCUUCAAUCCUGUGUCCUCCAGAUGUCUCUGCCUACAAUCCGCAUCAUCCAUGACCAUCAGCCAUCCUGGCUGCUUCUGAUGGAAGUUGUAGUCCAAAACAGCUGGAAGGCACUAGGUCAGGGAAGGUUAGUGUGGAAAAUACUAAGUUAGAUGGACCAGUGGCCUGACCUGUUGUAUGGUAGCUUCUCACGUUCCUGAUUGGAGAUAAUGAACCCAGAUCGCCUACUCCAGGAUAAAAGAUAUGUAAAGCAAACAAAGGCCCUGUUCUGUUUCGUUUUCUUUUUGCAUAGAAAAGGUCCUAGUCCUGAUUGCAGGCAUGGAGUGUGGUACCUUAGCAGAGGAGCAGGAGAGUGUUACUGGUGUAGCAUUUCACGAGAGAGGACCCUUCAUUCAGCAGCAGAACAUAUAAUUUUAAUGCAAAAUAUCCUCAGUUCAGUCCUUCAAAAUUCAAUUAAAAGGACCAGGUAGCAGGGGUGGGAAAUAUUCUGUUCUGCUCAAGAUCCCUGGAAAACCACUGCCAAUCAGAGUAGACAAUAUACUGGACUACAUAGACAAAUCUUCUGACCUGGUCUAAAUCCUAUUAAAGCACACAUUGGAAGCGCAUGACUUCUCCCAAAGGAUUGUGGGAACUGCUGUGUGUUACUAUUGCUGGAAGUUCAUAGCUCUGUGAGGGGGGAAACCACAGUUCCCAGAAAUCUUUGGGGGAAGGCAUGUGCUUUAAAUGUAUGGGCUGGAUCUGCAUAUAUGCUGCUAAUAGGGCAGGAAUGCAUCAAGAACGAAAGCUGCUCAAGAUGGUCACCAGUUCCAUCACAUAGGGAGCUCUUGGCUCCUCCCUCUCUUCCUCAGGUCAUGCCCCUCCCUCUUGGCCCCACCCCUUUAAACUAAGACAAAUCUCAACCAAUAUGACAUCCCUGGCCUCCUGCAGUUGCUAUGCUAGCUUCUAGCAGCAGUUAUGUGAAUUUUGGCAACAAUACAUUGACCAUCUUGCUCCAUAAAACUUGUUCUGUAUAUGGAGCUGUUGGGAUAAAUUGCAUUUUUAUUUUUAUUUUACACAGGCCCUGCUCUUUUAACAGCAGCCUGACACAGCAGUGGAAAGGGGGGAGCUUGUUCAACAUGAGCUUCACGUCUGGGAUGGGGGGUGGAGGGGAAAGAAGAAGUGGUUGGAAAUCAAGAACCCUCACUAUGCGGCAUAAGUGUAUUACGUACAGAAAACAAGAUAACUGGUGCGGCAAAGUGGUAUUUCGCAGUGUUUAAGGUUGCUAAGUAUGUUUAUUUCGCAAGCCACAUUGGCCCAUCUAUCUCAGUAGUGUCUACACCAGGGGUAGUCAACCUUUUCAUACCUACCGCCCACGGAUGCAUCUUUCUUAAUGGUAAAAUAUUCUUACCGCCCACCAGUGCUCGAAGGGGGAAGGAUUCUGCUUGUGCUGUAGAACCCCCUAACGCCCACCUAGAAUCCUGAAACGCCCACUAGUGGGCAGUAGGGACCAGGUUGACAACCCCUGGUCUACACUGACUGGAAGCAGCUCUUCAGGGCUGUUGGGAGUGGGAUGCCCACAACAAAUGGAAGGCCAGACCUAACCUAGAACAUUUCAGAAUUCAACCUUUUCUGGUACAGAAUUGGGAUGUCAUUUGAUAUAUAUAUAUUUUUACACACUGAAUAGAGAUGGCCCUGACAAGAGCUUCCUUUCUCUCCUAAUGCCAUCACUCGCUCCUGGGGAUGGGGCUUCCUGCUAGCUCCUUGCACCGCCUGCCUCUUCUUAACAUCCCUUCUCUCUCUUGCAGAUGGGAUGCCAUGCGGCGUACGAAGAGUAUUCCCCUUGUCCCACGUGCAGUAUCCA